AUGCUGUCUGUUUCUGCAGUCAUUGGACAUUCAACGUCUACCUUCUCCAUACUCAAUGCUCAUGUAUUGGGAUUAUACAGAUACCCUCAGGUGAGAAGGAUAAUUAUAGCAGUUUGUGGUCCUGAAAUACAUUGAAAUGUUUUAUUUACAUUACAAAGCAGAAAAGGAAUUAGAAGCAAUGCUGUGAUGUUUAUUCUCUCUGUUAUAUUAUAUUAUAUAUUUUGAUAGGUGCACAAUCACUGUGCCACAUUCCAUAAUGAACAAAUGUGUUUAACACGUAUGUUACAUACUUACAUUACAUAUAAUAUGUUGUAAUUAAAUAGUCAGACUAUAUUUAUAUUCAUUAUAUAUCAGAAGCUUUUAUAAUCUCAGUAAAUGGUAGACAUUGCACUAUUUAUGUUGUUUGUCACCUUAGAUUAGUUACUAUUCAACCAGCUCUAUCUUGAGUGACAAAACACAGUUCCCCUCAUUCUUCAGAACUGUCCCAAGUGAUUAUUUCCAGUCCAAGGGGCUGGCACAGUUAGUGCUACACUUUGGCUGGACGUGGAUUGGGUUAUUGGCUGUAGAUGAUGACUAUGGACGUCAAGGCAUUCAUAUCACUAUGCAGGAGCUCCUCAGGGGUGGAGCUUGUGUGGCCUUUUUAGAAUAUAUAACAGCUAACAAUAUGGAACACAUUUACCAUGUGACAAAAAAAUUUAAAGAAUCCACUGCUAAGGUUGUCAUUUCUUUUGUCCAAGAAACUGAUAAAAUGUUACUUUUGGAUGAGAUGCUGAGGCAAAAUGUAACGGAUAGAGUUUUUGUGGCCAGUGAAGCUUGGUCAAUCUCAAACUUGCUAACGGUGGAUAAAUAUUUUUCACUACUUUCUGGAUCAAUUGGCCUCUCCUUCCAUAGCACAACAAUUCCAGGUUUUGGAGAGUUCUUGAACACUAUUCAUCAAAACAAAAAUAGGCAAGAUCCAUGGACUAAAAUAUUCUGGGAAUUGGCUUUUGGGUGUAAAUUUUUAGACAGGACAAGCCUUACAGAUUCACUGGAUAAUUCAACAUUUUGUACUGGAAAUGAGAGUCUGGAGAGUAUUCUGGACAUCUACUAUGAUUUAGCCAGCUCAAGUACUGCCUACAACCUUUACAAUGCAAUAUUUGUCAUCGCCAAAUCUUUACAUGAUAUGCAAACUUGUCAAAAGGGUAAAGGACCAUUUACUAAUGGAAGCUGUGCUAAUCUUCCAAACUUUAAACCAUGGCAGGUAAGGAUCUUUGUUGGACACAUAACCGAUGAAGGAAAACGUUUGUAAGUUCCAUGUAUGUGAAUGCCUCUAACCUGGUAUGAUUAUUGUAUAUAUGAUGAUGAAUGCAAAGUCCAUGCCAAGCAUAAAAGGCCAAAAAUCAAGCAUCCCACCAUGGCCUAUCUCCAUCCACUUCCAAACAUUUCUCAGAGUGCUCCCACCAUGUUUAAGCGAUAUCUUCACACUACCUUUUGCAAUAUCUUCACACUACCUUUUCUUUCUUCUGGUCCAAAUGGACAGUUUGUAGAAUUAGGGUAGAGCACAUGGAAAAGGGAAAAGCAAAGGGGACAGAAUAGGUGAAUAUUUUGAAACAAAAUGGAAUGGAACACAGAACCAGGCACUGGGGUGAUCACAGGAGACACACCUGAAGUUAACAUGGUGCAAUUAAUAACACAAGACAUAGGGGACAGUACAAGAAACAGAUGAGAGCUUGUGGAAAAGUACAAAAAUGCGAGGCGUAAAACAUGGCUCAAAAAUAGAGGACUGACUCAUAUAAGCUGUAUCUUGGAAAAUGGGUAUCUGAAAGACAGAAGAUGGGUGGAAGAAAGAGUCAAUCAGUGAAUUUGACAAAAUUGACAAACAUUUAAAGAGGUUUAGAUAUGUUGGUUUGCGACAUAUUCCAGGUGUGGUUGAUAUGCAUAGGGGGGGGCAAACAAAUGUUAAGAUGGGAUUGAAAACAUAAAAACUUAUAUUUACAUAAUUUACAUAUUUCAAGUAAAGGGACUUACAGUAAAUUCCAAGGGCUUGCAUGCAAGUAUUACAUUUACAAUAUAUAUAUUAAAGCAUAUGGUACUCUUGUUAAGUUGAAGGUUACAUGGAGAUUCCCAAAUGACAAUAUCAAGGCAUUGUGUUUUAUGUCACAAGAAAGGGAAAAAGGUCCAGGAACUACCAAGGCUUAAAUAGGCAAAUGUCCAUUAUGCAUUAUGUUUUAAAACAUUAUAAGGAUUUUUGCUGCCCUAGGCAAACAAAUAUUUGCCAACCCCCCCCCCCCCAUAUGUUCUGCCCACUAUGUGACAUCACAAUGCCCCACCCAUAUGAUCUGCCAUAUGGACCAAUGCCAGUUCUGCACAAACUGAAAAGGCAGUGUGUUUACAUUAAAAAGCCUGCAGGCACAGGCUAUAGACACCAGAACCACUACAUUAGUGGCCUUUUAAUGUGAGGUAAAUUAGAGAUUAGUGCCACUAAUAAUAUAUUGGAUUGCCUACUUACCACCAGAUGAGGACAAGGGGAUGACGAUGGGCUCAGGCUGCAUUCUGGCUCCACAGGUCUGGUGUAGAAGAGGCUCUCUGGAGGCUGUUUGUAACUGUGCUCACAACAAUUCUCACAACAGCUCAAGGUCUGGGCCCCCAGGUCCUGACUGUGAGUAUGCCUACAAGGCCCGCCCAUAAGUCCACCUACAUGUCCCACCCAUGAGUUAGCUCUCAUGGAGUGGAGUGUAUGUGUUAUGUGUUGUUGUAAGAGGAUGUGAUGUAUGUAGUGUAUAGGGACACCAAUUUGUGUAAAGGAUGUAGUGUGUGUAUAGGGGAUACAGUGUGUGUUUGUGUGUAAGGAAUGCAAGGUGUGUUUCUGUGUAUAUAAUUUAAUGCAGUGUGUGUCUGUAAGAGGUACAUUGAGUGUGUAAGAGAUGCAUUUUGUUUCUGUGUGUGUAAGACAAACAGUGUGUGUGUGUGUGUGUGUGUGUGUGCGUAAAGGAUGCAUUGUGUGUUUUGGUGUGUCUGUGUGUGAGUAGGGAUGCUUUGUAUGUUUCUGUGUGUGUGUAUAAGGAUGCAUUGUGUGUUUCUGUGUAUGUGUAAGAAUGCAUUGUGUAUGUGUGUAGUGUAAAAGACAGGGUUUGUGGGGUAGGAUAGGGGCUGAGAGGGGAGCGGCUCUUUUUUAUAGUGUUCUUCCCUCCUAUCAAUUAGUGUUCUCCCCUCCUGUCCCUUAGUGCUCUCCCUUGGCCCCUUGUCCCUUAGUGAAAUUCCCUCCCCUCCAGUCCACUAGUGCUCUCCCCAGCUGUCCUGUCCCUUGGUGAUAACCGCUGUACCCUAGUGAGCUCCCCUACCCCUCCAUCCUUAGAGCUCUCACCUGCCCCUUCCCCUGUCCCUUAGUGGUCUCUCCCCUCUCUUCCCAGUCCCUCAGUGUUCCUCUCUCCUCCCUGUCCCAUAGUGCUCUCCCCUCCCUGUUGUUAGGAUUACUAGUUGAUCCAGCACAUAGAAUUAUAUCACACCUAGGACUAAAGGUAACAUCUUACCGGGCCUUAGAAUGGCCGGACUUAACGUACCAGAAAAUAGUCAGAAUACUUGCCGAGGUCAGGGACACAGAAGGAGACACAACAAUGAGGGAAAGCCAAAGUUCAAGGAUACCAGAAUACAGGGAAGUCAAAACAAAGCCAAAGUCAAUAACCAGAAAUAAACGCUCAGGAUCACACUCUCGGAUCACCAACUAAAGGAAACCAUGAUAGGGCAAUGAGUGAAAGGAGUAAUUGGUUUAAAUAACUGUCUUGCAGAUCCAAUUGGCUGUAACUGGCCUUUAACCCCUAAACGUGCAUGCAUAUGCUGCAGCAGUCAGGUAUACCAGCGCCGGCACCUCCAUCACUGCUAGAAAGGCAAUUCCUAUUGCCUACACCACAAGGUGAGGUUGAAUAUGUGACACAUGUCCCUUAGUGGUCCUCUCCAGUCCCCCCUUGGUGGUCCUCUCACUCCUCCUCCCCCCUUUAGUGGUCCUCUCACUCCCUCCUCUCCCCCUUAGUGGUCCUUUCACUCCCCCCCAACCUUAAGACCCUUAGUGGUCCUCCUUCCCCUCCUCCUUAGUGAACUUCCUUCUUCUCCUUGCUUAGUGGUUCUCCUCCCCCAACCCCUUAGUGGUCAUCCCUCUCCCCCCAUCCCCUUAGUGGUCCUCCCUCUCCCCCUCUUAGUGGUCCUCCCUCUCCACCAACCCCUUAGUGGUCCUCCCUCACCCCUCCUCUAGUGGUCCUCCCUCACCCCUCAUCUAGUAGUGCCCCCUCAUCCCCCUGGUGGUCCACUCCCUCACCCCUCCUCUAGUGGUCCUCCCUCACCCCUCGUCUAGUAGUCCCCCCCUCAUCCCCCUUAGUUGUCCUCCCCAUCUUCCCUCCCCCCUUAGUGGUCCUCCCCCCCUUAGUGGUCCUCCCACCCAUUGUGCCUCCUACCUAUGUAGUGUGGCGGUCGGCGUGGACCGCAGUACAGGAACUUCUGUUUCCUGUACCCAGCCGCCAACGGACUGACAGGAAGAGCUCCCUAAGUGGGCUGUGUGCUUCCCUCCUGCCGGUCACUUAAAUCUGGCGCCCCCUGGGCCUGUGCGCUCUAAGCGACUGCCUAAGUCACCUAUAGGACGCGCCGGCCCUGCUUACUACAUUCAAAAUUCAUGAGUGAAGCUAAGGAAUGGAAGAGAACUCUUCUUUGAUCAAAAUUGUGACCAACCCACAGUAUACGAUAAUGUAAACUAAUAAAAACAAAAAGAGAGGAAGGUUGCGCCAAUGAAGUGGUAAUAAAAAAUUUACUAAAUAAGUAAUAAAGCCAACUUAAAUCUUUCUUUAAAUACAAAACUGGAAAAAAAUUCAAAAUAAAUUUGCAAAGAAGACAGCCAAACUCCUUGGGGGUAUGAUAGGGGGAAUGUUCUCAGUACCAGGUCAGGAGAAGUCUAGGGAUCUUUGUGGAUAUACCAGGAAGCAGAAUAAACAACCAAAUGGUGUAUGUCACAACAGAGUUUUAUUCAAAUGAUAUGUACGUAGAUCUUAUGUAAUCCUACUAACAUUUAAUAGAGCUUUUACCAGCCCUAGUAUGACUGGUGUACAGUGGUACAAUCCCCACUUAUUGGAUACAAGAGUAGUUGUGGUCAGCAGAUAUCUCAGUAAUAUGGAGACUGUAAAACCCAAAAUAAAAAGGAAACUACAAUAGUGGUCUCUGUAUAAACAAAAGUAGGAGUGAAAUAAAAAUGUAAUAUUACUCACAUUUGAUUGAGCAGACAAACCACUCAAUAAAUAGGCGCGGGUGGUAUGGUCCCCACCUAGGAUUCUUAAGUGAGAUCCUUAGUGGGAAAAUAGACUUGAUGCCAGGCAAUAAAAUAUAAACCAAAGCAGUAAAAAGAAAAGUGACACAAUCACAAUGUAAAAGUAGCCAAAAUCACUUUAUUAAAACAGCUUUAAAAUAAAUCAACAACACGUUUCAUCAACACAAGGCUUUUUAAGAAAAAUAAUGCCUGACAUUAUUAUUAUUUAGAAAAUUGGGCAGACUAGAUGGGCCGAAAGGUUCUUAUCUGCUGUCACAUUCUAUGUUUCUGUGUUUCUACAUACAUGGAUUUAAAUAGGAGAUGUAACACAAGGAUAAACGUAAAUGAUAAUAUCAACACUUAAUGUUUUAAAACAUUAUAAUUUGGGGAUUUUAUCAAGCUAUGUCAAUUUUGUUCUAGACCACGGUCUAUCACAUGAUGGUGUAUUACCAAACACACAUAUUGAAUCUGACCAUUUAUUUAGUGAUAUUUGUAUUAAACAAUGUUGUAUUUUUAUUUUAUUUUUUUAAUUCAACAUUCUGAAUGAUAGAUUAAUUUUUCUGGUUAAUAGCUGUCUUACUACAUCCAAAAUUCACGAGUGAAGCUAAGCAAUGGAAGAGAACUCUUCUUUGAUCAAAAUGGUGACCCGCCAGCGAUAUACGAUAUUGUAAACUGGCAAGUGAGCGCAGAUGGCUCCAUGAAGCACGUGAAAGUGGGCAGCUACGAUACCACAACAGCAGAUAGAAAUCCCUUUCUUAUUAAUGCAAGUGCUGUGAUGUGGGCAACUGGCAAAGGGCAGGUAAGAUGCUAAAAAUGAAUAUUUGUUUUUACUAUGUCACAUUUAUUGAGAAUUUUCAGUAGUAUCUAAGUACAAACAAUAGUAUCAAUAGCCACUACAGUGAUUAUUAUUAUUAUUAGAUUUUAUAAAAAGACAUCAUAUACCAUGGCACUUUAACAAUUUUUAACAAUAAAUGAGACAAUUAUAAAAUGUUACAGGAAAAAUCGGUUGAUGAGGACCCUGCUCAAACGAGCUUACAAUUUAGAGGUGUGAUGAAACGAUUCUACAUAUAUAUAUGUAACAGAACCCUACCUUUUGCCUGGGAAUAUUUAUUACUAACCGGCCCUUUAACAACUGACCAGGUACAUAUACAACAACAGAGACUGUAAAUACAAUGGAAUAUGCUUACCUGGUUCAUGUGGAUUAUUUUUAUCACAGUUCGGGACUUUUUACCAAUAUUCGUCUAUUUCUGCGACCCAUGCGGUAGAGACUCAGCAGGCAUAAAUACGAAUACAAACUACCGAACACCGGACCACCCUGAUAUUCAAUUAUGUGGUAUUUUACCUCCCAGACCGGCACAUUCCAUUCGUAUGAGAAACGCACAAACUCUUUGUUUCAGUUCCUAGGUGGCCGCCAUUUCGGGACUUUUACACGUGUUCGCGGCCAUCUUAGUGCAUGAACAGCGGUGAUUUGCCGUCGAAUGUCUGGAACUAAAAUCAAACACUCGAGUAGGCGAACAUCGCUAAAUAGGGUUCUUAUAUUUUUGGGAGUCCCAGGCCAACUCCUUGGUUUUGCACCUCUAUCUGUUACAGGUGCCUCAUUCCAUGACCCUAUUUAGCCUUGACUUGCAGAGAGUCCCAGGAGGAAGUAUUUCCCAAGUAAGUGGAUUAAUCUCAUAAGAGCAAGCAUUAGUCUGCUAGAGUAGGACCUGCCAAGAAUGGGGUACAUUGACGGUGUUGCAGGCUUAUGCAAUAUAUGAUCAUAUAAUGUAACUAAACCCCCAUCAUUUUUUGCCUAGGUGAGGUGUUUUUAAAUAAAACUAUUACAAUCUCUAAGAUUUGAAAGCAUUGUUUAGUGAAUAAGCGAGUGCGCUGGAUUGUGUAUUUUAUAUAUUUUGGCCCCAGCAGCACCCUAUAAUGUAUGCAUGUUCAGGUAAGUGCAGCCCUCUUGGUUUCUUAUCUUACAGCCUGAAUGCAAGGAUCCACAGCAAAAUAUAUUGCCGGGUGCAAUAUUACAUCUGAUGCUCACCUUAAGGACUUCUCUAGGGCUGCACUGUUUCUAUGGAACGUCCUUCCCCUCUCUGUUAGACUUUCACCCAUUCUCCACUCCUUCAAAAAAUCUUUGAAAACUUUCUUUUUUAGGAAAGCAUUUCAAUGAAAAAAUGUGAAUAGUUUCCCUCCCCGCACCCUGAUUCCUCUGCUGAAAUUGUCAUUAAAACAAAACACUAAGCCCUCAACGAACACUAUCCUCGCAACCUACUUUUCUACCCCUACUCUUACCUCACUCUCUCUAGCACGUAAGCUCCUUGAGCAGGCCCUCAAUCCAUCUGUUCCUGUGUGCCCAACUUGUUUUGUUACAAAUACCUGUCUGUUAGUCCACCCAUUGUACAGCGCUACAGGACUUGUUGGCGCUUUAUAAAUAAUAAUAUUAAUCUGAAAAAUGCCUUAUUACGCUUGUAUAUUUUCAAUUACUUUUUGGCAGUGUUUCUGAGGAUGUCCUAGAUGUUGAGUCAUUGACUUUUUGGUGCACCUUUUCACUCCCCACACAAAAAAAUUAAAACCGAAUGAACCUAAAUGCAUGUUCCAAAAAAUUAUAAAUAAAUAUUAUCACUCUGAUCAUGAGCAUAAAAUGUUAAUAUAGUUAACAGUGCCAAAACCACAUAAUUAGUUCUGUUGUUUUUACAGUUACUCCUAGUGUUUUAUGAAUUUAUCUAACUCCUUUGAUGUUAACUGAUUUGACAUUUACUAGUUAUAAGCCCAGCAUUACUUGAUCAUUCAGCAUUCGGUAUCAAGGACAUCACAAUAUUCAUAUUCUCAACUAAUAACUUGUUGUACAUUAUCCUGCAGGUUCCUGUCUCCGUCUGUACUCAGAGCUGUCCAGCAGGAUUUAGGAAGGUGUUGAGGAAGGAUUUGCCUGUCUGUUGCUUUCAAUGUGCUCAUUGUCCCCAGGGUGAGAUUUCCAACAAGACAGGUGAGUGUAUUUAUCCCCUUCACUACCGAGCACUUUUUGAUUUAAAUAAUAUUAGCAUAACAUGUAUUUAAAGCAAGGGUUGAUUUGCUAGCAUAUAAUUGUAUACUAACAUAGCAAAUAUUUGAAUAGAUUUCUAUGCAGGCACACUUAAAAAUUUAAAUUAUAUACAUGCACACAUAGUUACAUACAUAGUUUCCAUAAAGUUCAGGCUUCCUCACAUCUGUUUUUUGCUAUUUUGCUGUUGAUCUAAAAGAAGGCAAAAGACCCAGUUUGAAGCACUUCCAAUUUUGCAACAAACUAGGAAAAAAAAAUCCUUCUUGACCCCAGAAUGGCAGUCAGAUGUAUCCUUCAAUCAAGAAGCUAUUACCCUACAUUGAAAGAUUAUAUCAUUGAAUAUUAUGUUUUUCCAAGUCUACAUCUAAUUGCUCUUUAAACAUCUGUACAGACUCUGAUAAAACCACUUUUUCGGGUAAAAUAGCUUUCCUUUGUUUUAGACAAAAUCUUCUUUCUUCCAGUCUAAACGUAUGACCUUGUGUCCUAUGUAAAGUCCUGUUUGUGAAUAGAUUUCCACACAAUGGUUAGUAUUGGCUCCAGAUAUAUUUGUAUAAUGUUAUCAUAUCCCCUCUGAGGCAACGUUUUUAUAAACUAGAUUUAAAUUGAAAUAUAUUUAAUGAACUUUAAAAUAUCUGAUUUGUUGUAGGAUUUUGUCUUUGUGAUAUGAAUAUAGUAAUUUUUGUAUUAGUUUAAAUUAAUUUCAUUUCAAACUACUUCCAGACACAAGAACUGAGAGACCCUAUGCAUCUAUAUAUCAAUUGUCACCACAUAUGGUUCUUGUUGAGAUAAUGAUUGAUGAAGGUCUGUUGAUAAUUACCUUUGACGCAAAAUAGUCUCUUUCUAAAGGCAUUCAUUCAAUGUAUAUAGAAAGUCCUUUGUGUAAAUAAUAUAUUGCCCCCCAAGUAUAAUCAGUUAUAUCAUGUAUGGCUUUAAUCAUAGAUUGGAUAGAAGUUACUAAGCCACUACCCUUUUCUAUGAUGGGCAUGCAUUUUAAAGUUUUAAGUAACCUUAUGUGUACACCUCCUAAGUAACUGAAUUUUAGAAAUAUAAAAAUUUGGCAGUUAGAAAUUCCCCACCAAUGCUUUUUAACAUCAACAAUGGAUAUGAUCUAGAAGUGAAUACACAUUGCUGUAUUGGUCUGGAUGUAUGCCAAUACUUUGUGUUAUUUUCAGAUUGUGUGUAUGUUUGAAUAAAUAUAAAUUUUUGGCUCCAAGACACUUUGAUUUGAUUAUUGGAACUUUGAUGUGACAAACAAACUUCUCACGAACAGCUAAUUUUCUACAUAAAUGUUUUAACCUUUCUUCAUAAAUAAAAUGUUCCAUUCCAUUUAUUAAUUUUGUAGCUCGUCCUCUGCACUUUUCUAGUGCCAUAAUAUCCUUCUUUAGAACCGGUUCCCAAAAUUGUACAGCAUAUUCAAGAUGUGGUGUAACCUGUGAUAUAUAAAGAGGCAAAAUUGUAUUCCCUUUUUUACAUGACAAUACCUUACUGGCCUUAGCCACUGCUGAUUGGCAUUGCACAUCAGUGCAUAGUUUGUUGUCUAUAACAAUUCCCAAAUCCUUCUUGUGUGUGGUUUUCCCUAAUUCACUACCAUUUAGGGUGUACGUUGCUUGUGCAUUCUUUACCCCGAAGUGCAUAACUUUGCAUUUUUCUACAUUAAAUUUAAUCUGCCAUUUGAGUGCCCAAUCCCCCAGUCUAUCUAAAUCCCUUUGCGGCAACAUAAUAUCUUGCUCACAUUGUAUUACUUUACAGAGUUUUGUGUUGUCAGCAAACACAAACACAUGGCUUUUAAUUCUUAUUUCAAGAUCAUUUAUAAAUAUGUUAAAUAGAAGCGGUCCCAAAACAGAACCCUGAGGGACACCACAUACCACUUUUGUCCAGCUUGAAAAUUUACCAUUAAUGACAACUCGUUGUACUCUAUUUUUAAGCCAAUAUUCUACCUAAGAACAAGAAUUUACAUCUAGACCAAUGUCUUCAAGUUUGAACACUAAUCUAUUGUAUGGAAUCGUAUCAAACGCCUUGGCAAAAUCCAAGUAGAUCACAUUCACAAAAAUACACAAUUUGUAUUUUUCAUAUUUUUGUUCAUACUUUAUAAAAAAUAUUUGGAAAAGAAAGAACUUUAGACAGUAUACUGUGUCCUUUAUCUUGCGAUAUUUCACACAUGUUUUGAAAUGUUAGUAUAUAAACAAAAGUGCCUGUGACAAAAAUAGGUAAAUAAAAAUGGUCAAAUAACCUUGAUUAUUAGUAUUUCCAAAGACCGUAAGGGCAUUACUAGCAGUACACUCUAAACACAUAGCACAUUCAGUUCAUUUACUAAUUUCCCCUCCCAGACUUUAAGAAUGCUAUCACCCAUAGAAACAUCUAGUACUGUUUGAAAACAGGGGGUCAGCAGACAGUUUCAGCACCUUAACAGGCAUUAUAUCAGUGUCUAGUGGCUUCUGAUACAGAAAUGUAUCCAUCUACAGGCUGGUAAUCAUAACUGAAGUAUGAGUGAUGCUUUAUGGACUAUACUUUACAUGAAAAUAAAAAUGUUUAUACUCGGUUUUUGGUAUUGAAGGGGUUAAGGAAACAUUAAAAACAAAAAUGUUGGUAUACUUAGUUUAUAGUAUUCAGACAUACAGAUCUUCUAAAUAUAAUAUAAAGGAGCUGAUGAUAAAUCAAGUCAGACUUAGAACAGAUAACAAUAAAGUAUUUAAAUAUCAUAAAACAAACAUAAUAAAAGUAAAAAUAAAACACAAGUAUGUAUUAAAUAUUGUUUGUACUUGUUAAAAGGACACUCUAGGCACCAAAAUAACUUAAUCUAAAUGUAGUUGUUAUGGUGUCAGGAGGACCUCGGAGGCACUCUUCCUUCAAGGGAUUAAACAGUUCUUGAAUGAUUUAACCCCUUUGUUGCCUCCUGCGACGAUGUCUAGUUCCUCCCCAGGCGGUCAGCAACUUCACUCAGGUACAUUUCUUUCUAAGCCAGUUUUGUGAAUGGUGAAUUACUGAUUGGCUGAGUGCGUCAGCUGACGACUCUCAGCUAUUCAGCUGCGCCCCUGCCUGGAGGUACUUCCUGAAUCUAAAAUCUAAAAUCUAAAAUUUUAGAUCUAAAAUUGCUAUAGCAGUUUGCCGCCUGGGAUGGAGUGGGCAUCGCUGUUGGAGGCAACUUUGGGGUAGAUGUGUUUGAGAAAGGAAAGUGUACAUCCAGGGGCCUCCUGGCACCAUAACAACUCUCUUUAAAUAAAAAUGUUUUGGUGCCUGGAGUGUCCCCUUAAGAUCUAAUGACGUGACACAUUUAAAUGUUUCCAUUUAAAAACUUUCUUUCAGACUCACUUGACUGUUUCAAAUGUCCAUGGGAUAAGUGGCCCAAUGCCCAGAAAAACAUAUGUCUCCUAAAGAACAGAGAGUUUCUCUCCAUUGAAGAGCCUUUGGGUGCUGCAUUAACUGCUACAGGUGUUCUCUCAUCUUUGCUACCAAUUUUCAUCUUUGGACUUUUCAUGUGUUACAAGAACACCCCAAUUGUCAGAGCAAACAACUUCUCUCUAAGUUGUCUUCUCCUAAUGUCAAUGUCCCUCUGUUUCCUCAGCUCCUUAGCUUUUAUAGGCUACCCUAAGCCUGAGAAAUGUAUUUUAAGGCAAGUUGCAUUUGGAACAGUCUUUACACUUUGUGUCUCUUGCAUUUUAGCCAAGACAAUCAUGGUAGUUUUUGCAUUCAUGGCAACGAAACCUGGUAGCAGUUUAAGGAGAUGGACCAGACCUUGGCUCUCCUACAUGAUUAUUGCAUUAUCCAUCUCUUUACAAUUGAUGUUGUGCAUCACAUGGAUAUCAUUUUCGCCUCCUUUCCAAACAGACAAUAUCCAAUCCCAACCAGGAAUUAUCAUUGCUGAAUGUAAUGAGGGUUCAUCUACAGCUUUCUGGUGCAUGUUGGGAUAUCUUGGUCUCCUGGCCACCAUCAGUUUUAUUGUUGCCUUCUUGGCCAGGAGACUUCCUGACAGCUUCAAUGAAGCCAAGUUUAUCACUUUCAGCAUGUUGGCCUUCCUCAGUGUCUGGGUGUCCUAUAUCCCUGCAUCUCUUAGUUCAACUGGAAAGUACACGGUGGCCAUGGAGGUCUUUGCCAUCUUAUCUUCAAGCUGGGCCAUGAUGGCUUGCAUGUUUGCACCAAAAUGUUUUAUUGUUUUGUUGAGACCUGAGAUGAAUUCAAGGGACCAUCUCAUGGGAAAGAUUAAAACAUAAAACAAAAACAUUUCAUCUGGUGGGAUUUGGCACAUCAUACAUGUGAAAUUUAGAAUUUAAAUUUACUAAAUUAUUAAUGCAUGUCUCCAAUUAAAGUUUCAUUUGAUUUAUUGAAUAAAAUAUAUUAUGUGUUUGUCUUUCUCUUAAUGACAACUAACCGAACUGGAAAAAGCAAACAUAGCUGUAAAAAAUAAUAAUGCAUUUUACAAGUUUGGAAUUGAAAAGGAUACAAAUCUCUGUUAUGCCAAGGGACUAUCAAAACUGAAAUUAACCCUGAGAUUAUUUUGCAUUGCUUUAUUGUAAUAUUAAACCAGUUUAAAAAUUAUACAGAAUAUUAAACUACACAAACUCCAAAUGAAUUUUUUUGAAUUCAAUGCCUAUCAAUAGAAACUUCAGCUUUUGUUAUGAGCUAUCAACUAUUUAUUUUAGUAAAAUGCAUCCUGCACUAAUAUUUUUUUUUCAAAUGAAUUAUAAUAAAGGUUGUGCAGUUUCAAUAAUCAGGUACAGUUCCAGCGUAGAUGUCAAGUAGAAAACACACAAAAAUAAAUGUGUAACAAAUAGAGAAGGGUUUGCCUUCUAGUGUCAUUUUAGCUAACAUAACGGUUAAUAUAUUUAUUUAAAAUAUUGCUAUUAGUGAAUCAAAAGGUAAACGAAAAGAAAAUUUGAUAAUAAAAAUAUCAAUAAUAUAAAGAAAAAGGUACAAAGAGAAAACUAUACCAGAUUAUCCAAAAACAUAUAAGGUAAUAGGUGUUUAUAAAAAGAAAACAUGUAUGUAAGAUUAAUUAAUAUAUCAAGAAGGUGCAGCGCACCUUCUGAAAAUUCGGUUCUGAAAUUCGGCAGCAUCUUAUAGUUGGUAGUCAAGAUAUUCUAUGUCCACAUUAUGAUAUGCUCCGCCUACCAUUUUGGAAUAGGUAUAUCCUCAUAUGCGACAGUGGGCAAGAGUAAAGUCCAUGUAACAGAAAACAAUGAAUAAAUUAAUAAAUACACAUGAAAUAAGAGCAAUAGAAGAAUAUAAUUCAUAGAACCAAAUAUAAUAUAGUGGCUACAUGUACCACAAAGUAUCUAAAAAAUAAUACAUAAAAUCUUAUAAUAAAACCUACUUCCCAAUAAAAUAACCAGCAGAGAGGUAACUCCAGUGCCAACAUCAGAUAUAGUUGUAUAUUUCAAAAUCUAUGUUUAACCCUCUAGGGGACAAUAUUUCUAAUACAAAAAUCCAUCUAAUUUCAGCUUUAUUAAAACUUUUCAAGAAAUCCUCCAUGGUUUAUUCACUUUCUGAAUACCUACACAUUUUAAACAUUCAGGGUUCCCAUUAUGAAUUUGUGCGAAAUGAGCUGACACUGAAUGGUUCAGGACCUUAUUUCUAAUAUUCCAAAUAUGUUCUCCUAACCUUACUUUUAGUGGCCUUGUGGUUCACAAUCACAUGUUAAAAGAUAAAUAAUAUUAAAUAUUAGUAUUACAUGUGAUAAAAGAUUCAAUGUCACAUUUUGUAAUAGUAAUUUUAGAAACAAACUCACUCGUUUUUUUAUUUAUUUAUUAACGUUGUCCUUGUACAAGCUUGACAACAGCCACAAUUUAACCCCUUAAGGACUCAGCUUCAGAAGCUGGACAUACCCUUAAGGACACAAGCAAUUUUUUGCUGUUUGUGUUCAACUGCAAUUUGCAUCUCUUUCGUUUAUUGUACCGACACAUAUUAUAUACUGUUUUUUAGACAACAAAAAGGGCUUUAAUUUGAUGUGACAUAUAAAUAUAUAAAUUCUCAAUUAUUAAAAAAAAAAGCAAAAUAAUGGGGAAAAAAACAAAAAAAAUAAUUUUUUCUCCAAUAUUUUGGCAAUAAUAACGUGUUAAUAAUAUGUCCAGCUUAGGAAAAUUAAUUCAAAAUCAAUUAAUUUAUGUGUCUUGAUUUACAAAGUACAUACUAUGUGUAGGAUUUCAGUUUAUUUUGAAAGUUACAGGUCCCAAACUACAAGGUCUAAAAUAACAUUUAAAUGUGAAACAAUUUUAGAAGUUGGUAUGUUUGGAAGUUUAAUACCCAUUACAGGAAACAAAAUUGCCACACAAAAGUAUAUAUUUAUAUAAAGUAGACAUCACAGGCUAUUUACCUAAGGUUAUUUUGACACUUUUUAUGAAGCCAUUUCACCGCCAAUCUCUGCUAAAUAUUGGAGUAAAAUUGUGUUUUUUUCUUUAUUUUGGCAUAUACACAUAUAACAAGGUUUUUGUAAUGUGUAUUUCGUAAACCUGGUGUGUACUAUCCCUGUACAGAAUUGUGUGCAGCUAUAUCUGCUAAGUACAACGAUACCCCCAUUGUAUACCUUUGCCCCUAUUCUGUGAAGCUACAAUGCCAUAUAGGAGACCAUGCUAUUUCAGUUUCUAUAGUUAGAAUUUUCAUAGAUGGUCAUAUGUCUGAUUUUGUGGCGUUAUAGCCAUUUGACUGUUCAAAUAACCCCACAAAUGCCUUUCAUUUGAGAAAGCAGACACUCCAAGGUUUCUUAUUAGGCAUAUAUUUUAUCUUAACUUGCCACCAUUUUUUCACCAAUUUAUUUCAAAUUUUGUGGUGAGAAAAUUUUUUUUUAAAUUUUUUUACAUGCAUGUUGCGUUUUCGCUGGGUAUUUCUUACAUUUGAUAAGUGCCACUGUAAUAAAUUACCCCUAUGUAUGCUCAGUUACCUCUUAUGAGUAAAACAAUAUGCCCAAUGUAUGACCUAGACACUAUUUUUUGAAGUUACAGUGCUGUAAAAGAGACGUGACAAGUUCAGGUUUUUAAGUGUGAAUUUACAUGGAGGGUUUUAAUGGGUCGGUAUUCUAUUUGGAAAUAUGUUAGCAGGCUGCUUUUUCCAACUACCCCAAAAGGCAUACUAUUUCUUAAAGAAGACGCCCAAGAGUAUUUCAAAAGGCAAAUUUUGAACCUUAGCAUGGGAUCAUUUUUCUGCUAGCUUGUAUCAAGUGUAGUGGUAAUAAUAAUUUUUUUUCUGCCUUUUUGACACACAUAGUGAGUUUGCACAGUAUAUUUUGCAAACCUUAUGUGUGCUACAGCUUUAUAAUACUUUAUAUGUUGCUCAGCUAUGUUGUCUGAGUACAGCAAUACCCCUGUAUGUACCUUUGCCAGGUAUAUGUGGAUGUUGAAGGGGCACAUUUCAGACACAGCCAUUGCAGUUUUUUUCAAACUUUGAAUUUUUACGCUGUGUCGUUACCCCACUUUGGAGUUUUUUAUCAGGCUAUAUAUUCCAACUAUCCCAUAAAGGCAUACUAUGCCAGGUAUAUGUGGACAUUGAAGGGCACAUUUGAGACACAGCCAUUUAAGAUUUUUUCAAACGUUGAAUUUUUACGCUGGGUCCAUACCGCACUUUGGAGUUUUUAUGAAAGUUAAAGGAACACUAUACUCACCUAAAUUACUUUAGCUAAAUAAAGCAGUUUUAGUGUAUAGAUCAUUCCCCUGCAAUCUCACUGCUCAAUUCACUGUCAUUUAGGAGUUAAAUCACUUUGUUUCUGUUUAUGCAGCCCUAGCCACACCUCCCCUGGCUAUGAUUGACAGAGCCUGCAUGAAAGAAAGACUGGCUUCACUUUCAAACAGAUGUAAUUGACCUUAAAUAAUUGUAUCUCAAUCUCUAAAUUGAACCUUAAUCACAUACAGGAGGCUCUUGCAGGGUCUAGCAAGCUAUUAACAUAGCAGGGGAUAAGAAAAUCUUAAUUAAACAGAACUUGCAAUAAAGAAAGCCUAAAUAGGGCUCUCUUUACAGGAAGUGUUUAUGGAAGGCUGUGCAAGUCACAUGCAGGGAGGUGUGACAAGUGAUUUAACUCCUAAAUGGCAGUGAAUUGAGCAGUGAGGCUGCAGGGGCAUGUUCUAUACACCAAAAUUGCUUCAUUAAGCUAAAGUUGUUCAGGUGACUAUAGUGUCCCUUUAAUUAUUCCAACUACCCCAUAAAGGCGUACCAUUUCUUAAAGAAGACACCCUAGGGUAUUUCAAAAGACAUAUUUUGAACCUUAGCGUGAAAUCAUUUUUCCGCUAGCUUGUACCAAGUGUAGUGUUAAUAAGCAUUUUUUCUGCUUUUUUGACACACAUAGUGAGUUUGUACUGUAUAUAUUGCAAAUCUUAUGUGUGCUACGGCUAUAUAAUACUUCCUAUCUUGCUCAGCUAUGUAGUCUGAGCACAGCAAUACCCCCAUGUGUACCUUUGCCAGGUAUAUUUGGAUGUUGAAGGGGCACAUUUGUGACACAGCCAUUUAAGUUAUUUCAAACUUUAAAUUUUUACGCUGUGUCCAUACCCCACUUGGGAGUUUUUUUUGUAGGUUAAUUAUUCCAGCUACCCCAUAAAGGCAUACCAUUUCUUAAAGAAGACACCCUAUGGUAUUUCAAAAGACGUAUUUUGAACCUUAGCAUGAAAUAAUCUUUCCGCUAGCUUAUACCAAGUGUAGUGGUAAUAAGCAUUUUUUAUGGCUUUUUUACACACACAAUGAGUUUGUAAUAUAUAUUUUGCAAAACUUAUGUGUGCUACAGCAGUAUAAUACAUCAUAUGUUGCUCCGCUAUUUCAUCUGUGUACAGCAAUAACCCCUUAUGUACCUUUACCAGGUAUAUGACAAUGUUGAAGGGGCACAUUUGAGACACAGCCAUUUACAUUUUAAUUUUUAUGCUGGGUCCAUGCCCCACUUUUGAAUUUUUUUAAAAGGUUGUGUUUUCCAAUUACUUCACAAAUACAUACCAUUUUCUAAAGAAGACACCCCAGGGUGUUUGAAAAGGCAUAAUUGAAACCUUAGCGUGGUAUCAUUUUUUCGCUAGCCUGUACCAAGUGUAGAGAUAAUACGCAUUUUACCCCUUUCUUAAACAUUUUUUUUUACUUUUUUAAAAGUUUUUUUAACUUUUUAAACGUUUUAUUUAGCUUUUAACAACUUAUUUUACUAUUUUAAAACUUUGCUUAAACUUUUCAAAAGUUUUUUUUAAAUUUUUCUUUUUUUUACUUGUAACUAGUGAUGUCCCGAACGGUUCGCCGAACAGUUCGCGAAUGGUUUGCGAAUGGUUUGCGAAUGGUUCACGAACGGUUCGCCACAAACGGUUCGCCACAAACGGUUCGCCACGGACUCAUCAUUGAGUAAACUUUGACCCUGUACCUCACAGUCAGCAGACACAUUCCAGUCAAUCAGCAGCAGACCCUCCCUCCCAGACCUUCCUACCUCCUGGACAGCAUCCAUUUUACAUUCUUUGUGAAGCUGCAUUCUUAGUGAGCUGUCCAGGCCUGUGAAAGUAAAACUGCCCAUGGUAGUGUGCCUCCGACACAGAGACACACUACAGGAACAUUAACCCCACGAUUGCUGCUAUUGUGGCAAUCUGAGGUUAAUUUUCAUUUUGGACGGAAAUAUUUCGGCCAGCGUCCUUAAGGGGAGUGCUGCAAUGACGGAAAAUUUCCUCCCAGCAUCCUUAAGGGGUUAAAAAAAACUUUUAAUUUGCAAACAAAAAGGUCCUUGUUUUCGCUUUCUUUUAUAAUUAAUUUUAAAAUUUUCUUCAAAUGUUUUGCUCCCAUAUUAGGCUUUACUCUUAUAUACUGACUUAUAUCUUCUUUUUGUUUUAACCCCUUCAGUGCGGAGUCAAUAGUACUGGAAUUUGCGCUAUAUGUCUGUUCACCCGUAGUUCACCUCUUUCAUAUUAAGUGCACCGACAAUUAUUAUAUAUCAUUUUGUUCAGGAGAAACAGGGCUUUAACGUCUCAUAAACUAUUCAUAUAUGAAACAAAACUUAUUAUGAAUAAAAAAAAACUGUGAGAAAUUAAGAUUUAAUUUUUUUUUUUUAGUUCUGCCUGACAUUUUUGCUGUAAAUGUCAUGAUACUGUUUGCUUUUACUGCAAUAAAAUUCACUUAUUUGUAUUCAGCAAAGUCUCACAAGUAAAACAGUACCCCCAUUAACAGAUUUUACAGUGUUUUGGAAAGUUACAGGGUCAAAUAUAGCACAUUCCAUUUUUCAUUUUUUUCACAUUAAAAUAGGCCAGAUUAGUAAUGUUACCUUUGACACUGUGUGGUAGCCCAGGAAUGACAAUUACACCCAUGAUGGCAUACCAUUUGCAAAAGUACACAUCCCAAGGUAUUGCAAGUGGGGUAUGUCCAUUCUUUUUUAGUAGCCACUUAGUCACAAACACUGGCCAAAGUUAGCGUACAUAUUUGUUUUUGAGUGAAUAAAGCAAAAAAAUUAUAUUUGGCCAGUGUUUGUGACUAAGUGGCUACUAAAAAUGACUGGACAUACUUCAUUUGCAAUACCUUGGGUUGUCUACUUUUGCAAAUGGUAUGCAAUCAUUGGGGUAAUUCUCAUUCCUGGGCUACCAUACGGUCUCAAAGGCAACAUUACGAAUCUGGCAAAUUUCAAUGUGAAAAAAAUUAAAUGCAAGCCUUUUAUUUGUCUCUCUAACUUUCCAAAACACCAUAAAACCUGUACAUAGGGGGUACUGUUAUACUUGGAAGACUUCACUGAACACAAACAUAAGUGUUUCAAACAGUAAAACAUAUUACAACAAUAAUACCAUCAGUAAAAGUGCCGUUCGUGUAUGAAAAAUGCAAAAAACUUAACUUUUACCGAAAAUAUCAUCUUUGUAAUACAAUUUAUCAUUUUGAAACACUAAUAUUUGUGUUCAGCGAAGUCUCCCGUGUAAAACAGUACCCGGUGUUCAGGUUUUAUGGUGUCUUGGAAAAUUACAGGGUUAAAUAUAGUGCUUGCAAAUUAAAUUCUCUGCACUUUCUGCCUGGGUUGUCAGGUAUGUCAAUAAAAUUUUAAUUAAUAAAAUCACAUAAUUAUGCUAAACAAAUACUGAAAUAUACACAUAGAAUUUUAAUAUAUAUACAUAUAUAUGUAUUUAAAUUCUAUGUGUAUACUUAUGUAAUCAUUUAUGUAAUUAUAUAUAUUUGUCUAUAUAAAUAUAUUUGUGGUUAUUUGUAUUAUAUAUAGAUAGAUAUAUAUAUAUAUAGAAUGUCAUUCUAAGUGUAUUUUGUUACAUAUAUAUAUAUAUUAAUAACAAAAUACAGUUAGAAUGAAAUUACAAAUGUAUAUAUAAUUUAUUUAAUUUUUUUAAAAUAUUUUAUUUUUUUUAAAUAUUUUAUUUAUUUAUUUUAUUAUUGUAUUUAUUCUUGUAAUUAUAUGUGUAUAUAUAAAUAUAAAAUAUAUAUGUAUUAUAUAUAUAAGAUAUCUUAUAUAUAUGUAAUGUCAGUCUAAGUGUAUUUUAAUACUAAUAUAUAUACUUAUAUUAACAUUAAAAUACACUAUAUAUGACGUUACAUAUAUAUAUAUAUAUAUAUAUAUAUAUAUAUAUAUAUAUAUAUAUAAAAUACAUUUAAUUAAUUUUAACAUGUUUAUUUUUAUUAUUUUUACUACUCCCCAUCAGCAGGGGGACUGUCUGACACUCCAGACAGUGCACCUGCUGGCAGAUCCACAGCCAGCUAUAGGGGGUAUGUGAUUGCUCUUUGAGAGCAAUCACAUGGCCCCUGGGGGCCUGAUUUGCUGGGGGAGGGCUGCCUGGGCUGUCAGCCAGUCCUCCCGAAGUGGAGCGCCGGGAAGGUAAGUAGGGCUCAAAGCCAUUACGGCGUUCUAUGCUGCCGCAACAGCUUUAAAGCCCAUUUAAUGCGGGACGGCAUAGAAUGCCAUAACGGCAUUAAGGGGUUAAAAUGUUGCUAAACAUAUUGCGCUGGAAAUUGUAAUUACACACAAACUUAAUUUGUUCACAGGUAGAUUCCUCUAUAAUGUGAAAUGAAAUAUGUCUUUUAUCUAAAAACCUUAAUUCCCACUGGUCUUAAUUUUGAUCUACAUAAUUUUUUAUAAAAUAUAUAUUUUUAUUAUCUUUUAUAGCACUACUUGCUACAGACUGGCCAUCCGACACAUUGCUACAGACAGGCACCAUUUUGGCAGAGCCUAGCCACUUAUUUUGAGGACAUGCUCCCUUGUAGCUUUCGUUUUUAUACUUAGGGAGCCCGCCCCCUUAAGCCCUAGAUCAGUGGGCAUUUUAUUUAGUCUUUUUAUACUUCAUGUCCGUGACUGCGACAGUCAUGUGGCGAGGCCAUGACGCCAUUUUGGAAUUGUCCCUGUAACACAUUUUCUGCCCUCAAUAAAGUGAAAUAAAUGCUUGUUUUCUGUAUAAUGCAUUUCUAAGUAUAUAUAAAAAAGAGGAACCGUGACUGGUGCGCUUAGUAAGUUUUACAAUAUACGUUUACAGCAGCUUCACACUCCAGGGGAAGUCUCCCCCACCCCCUGUGACAAAUAUAUAGAACAAAAGUUUGCCUAUAACAAGGUUUAGAUAAAUGCCCAGCCUUGGUAUAUGCUAAGUAGAGCACUUAUAGAAAAUUAGUGAGAUGGACAAUAAUACUCACAUCCAAUUUACAGGUGAUUAUUAACAUAAAAAGAAAAGAAAUAGAAUAUAGCGUAAAUUUGUGGAGGAGAUGAUUAAAGAUACACAAGUGGUGGAAAAUUCCAACUCACAUCUCUCAGAGCCUUAUAAAGUGACAGGCUCAGAUCACAAACACUUCUGUGCCGUAUGGUGGCACUUAACCCUUUUGGAUAUGUAGAUCUUCCUCAAAAAAGAUAAAAGCAGAGAGACUACUAUGGUGUAGCAUAUAAUGGACCAGUGAUAAUAUUACUUUAAAAAGUAAAUCAGUGCUCACCUUUACCAGAGCCCUUGGUACCUGGCCGUUUGAGUGCCUUUAAAAGGGAGGCACUACCCUUAUAGCAGGAGCAUUUCUAAGUAGUUUACAUUAACUCUACCUUCCAGGUAAAUAUAUUUUGUACUAUUUUUAAAUAUUUUUUGCUAAUUAGACUGUGAUGUCACAAAACCAUUAUUUUAGAAUUUUACUCCCCAACUUAAUCAGCUAUGGUACCAUACAACCUGUAAACACUUUUUUACAUUGUUGCCGUCUCACCUGCCGGCAGUAGCAGAGGUACCCUGGGGGUGGUGGCUGGGAGUAGUGUGAGGCAGAUGUCUCAUAUCCCUUCCCUUGGUAGCUCUGCUAGCCCCCUGCCCUCCAUCAGGGUGCUGUCUUGACCUUCCGGGCAUUCUUUGCCUUCCCCGUCCGCUGGGGUGGGCCUGCCAGUCUGGGUCAAGAGGGUAGGGAUAUGAAUUCACCUGGUCUUUCUUCCCAGGUGGCUCCGGACCGGGCCAUGUUCCAGGCCUCAUUGUAUGCUACACCGUAUCGCCUGGAACAUGGCCCGGUGCGGGUGUGCCAUAAUAAUUGCGUGCCUGAUUAUUCCUAUGGGGGGGGGGUGUUUAAUCACUGAUUGGCAGCUCCAUUUAUUCACCGACACCACAGGCGCGGUGAGUUUUGAGGCCAUCUUUGGGGCCCACUGGUGUGCCAAACCUUGCCCAGAUUCUUUCAUUUGGCGGGGUUGAUUGAGAACUUGGCUUUGUUGGAGCUCUUUCCUAUUAUGGUGUCUGUGGAGAUCUGGGGUGAUCUUCUCAGGGAUCGUAGGGUGGUCUUCCACUGUGAUAAUAUGGGGGUUAUGCAGGCCAUCAACAGUUUGUCUGCUUCACCCCCUCCGGUGGUUCGUCUUCUGUGGUGCCUGGUGCUGCACUGUUUGCUGCUGAAUGCAUACUGUAAUGCUGUACUAUGCCCGGGGUUGCUAAUAUUACAGAGGAUGCUCUAUCAUGUUUUCAGUGGCGGGAAUUCAGGAAUGGAGGCACCCGAGGCAGACGAGGUGGGUUUCCCAUGUCCAGUGGAUCUGUGGAGCCUUGCACUGACCGAACAAUGUCUUUGAUCCGGGGUUCAGUCUCAGAAUCUGCUUGGUAGCAUUAUGGUAAGGCAUGGAUCGAGUGUUUAGUGUUCAAAAGGCAGCUUGGUGGUUUUCGGUUGGAUGGUGAGUGAGUGCAGGGUUUAUUACAGUUAAUUUGGUUCUGGGAGGCCUCGGGCUGUUCCUCCUCAGCAGUGUCUGGGAAGUUGUCUGGGCUGAGUUUUUAGUUUAAGCUCACCAGGGUGUUGGACAUUACUAAGGAUGUCCUAGUUUUGUUGGUUAUGAGGGGCUGCCGAAAAGGGCCUAAGCAUUCGGACUCUCGGAGACCAGUUUCCGGCGCUCUUAGGGUGGGCAUAUUCUUGGUUCUGCUGCAGGUCUGUUUCUUCCCAUUAGAAGUGGCAUUGUUUCGGUUGGCAUUCUCUUUUGCCUUUUUUGGGGCCAUGCAGUUGUGCGAGAUGGUGAGCCCAUCCAAACUGGUCCCUGGGGUUUGUUAUUAGGGAAUGUCUUUGGCGAAGCAGAUGCUGUGAGGUUUCUGAGUCAGAGGUCCAAGACGGAUGUUCUAUUGAUGAUUUUAUUUGUGGCAAAAAUCUUGAACUAAUCACAAAACCUUUUCUUAUAUCUUAUUCUGCUUUUUAGCAGACUCUAUUUUGGUUCUAAGCAAUGGCUUCUUUCAUAUCUCCCUCCUCUACAGGCAUUUGAUCUGCAGUGACUUCUGUAGAUCCUUCAAAAUGACCGAUGGCCUCCUAUUGUCUUCCCCGCCAGUCUCUUCCUAGAUUUUUGUGGAUGACCUUUUUUAGGUAGUGUGCAGGUAUGGGGAGUUUUUCAUUUGGGUUUGCAUAAAGCGACACUACUAACAAUGGAAGCAUGCCGGGGUACUACUGGCACCAUAACCAAUACAGCACCUCCAAGCCGUGCAACAUAGACAAGCCCAAUAAAUAGAGCUCAAGUCAGUCCAGGCCUAUUCCAGCCUCAUUUAUUGUUAGCAGGGCUGUAACUGCUCAAAGCAUGUGUCUUUGUAAAGUUAAUUACUAUUUGUCUAUGGAAAUUAUGUUACCAUGCGGACUAUCUAUGUGAAUCUGUCCCACAGCACCUUAAAACCAUCACUAGGGGAAAUAAAUAAUAUUAAUUAGCAUUAGUUGCUAAGUUUGUGUCAGCAAGGGGAUUUAGCUCGGUAUAAAACUGUUAGCAUUAAUCCUUUGCACAGAGGCUGCAGGGCUUCGCAGGAAAGGAAAUAUGAAGUACGAAUGAUUUAAUAUUUCUCAGAAAUGUAACUGUGUGAAAAUAUAAUGCAUGGUUACAUGUUUAACAAUUGCCAUUUUCACUUGAAAAUAUUUACUGUACACUAAACCCUGUAUAGAUUACAAGGAAAAUUGUGUUCUAAAACUUGAGAAUUAGGAAAAAAGGUAGGACAGUGUUUCAUUAAUUUCACUUUGCAUAUAUUUACUGACAUUUCUGCCUUCUUUCCUGCCUUCCGAGUCAUUUAAUAACCGCUGUAUGUGUCUUGGGAUUGCCUUUGGAAUAUUAUUUUAAGUGCAAAUUGUCACGUCCCAGGAUUUGUAAUAUUAUGUUUACUUAUCCCUAUAGUUAACUAAUAGAUUUCUGUGAGGUGUAAAAUAUAAAACUAUAUGUGGAAAUUCACACCACUCUAUCCUGCAACUGGGUGCCUCCAUCUUAGCUCCCUGUCAGUCAUUGUUAUAAGCUCGGUCUUUUGCACCUGGCAGUCUGCACAGAGAAAGCAUACCAAGAAUAGGGGGAAAAAAAAAACAGUGCUAUUUCUCCUCUUUAUUUGCAAUGAUACCCGGCUUUACCUUGUCUCAACUAUUAUUUGAUAUAAUGUGUUAUAUCUUUAAGACUAAUAAAAAUGAAAACGCAGCAUCUUCUAAAAAUAGGUGAUUCUCAAUGUUUUAUUCAAUGGCGGAAUUGCCACAAAUCAGCUAUUGUGGGCAUAGAAAUUUGACUUAGCCAGAUUGUUCCUUUGUACUCAGGAUUAGAUGUGAUUUUGUUGUCACUAACCUGACUAGUUCAUUCAAUGCCAAAAAUACACCCACAGUCUGUCCAUCAAGAUAAUGACACCAAUCACGUCAAUAUUUACUACAUCUGGUUGCUUGGAAUCACUUUCUUUACAAAUAAUAUUGUUCAAUUUAAUGUAAUUUGGAGGAUUUUCAUGUUAAGAAUCUUGCUAACAUUCACCUACCUUGUCAUGUUAAGAAUCUUGCUAACAUUCACCCAACUUUUCCUACCAGGAAGUAAUCUGGGUUUUCAAUAGAUGAAGGGAUUGUUGGACUUCUACAAUUGACCUUGCCAUCUUGGGCUUAUGAUUUGUAGGACUGAAGAGUUUCAGAGAUAUUUAUUAAAGAAUGUUUUUUUUUUCCUUCAAACUAUUUUUUCCCAAAGAUUAGAUAUCUGUCAGUAAACACAAGGUAAUUUUUCCAGCUGAUACACUUUACUUUUUGCAAAGUAUCUGCCCAGGAGAAACCUCCCUAUGUGGUCACAACGUCCGUCAACAAUUGCUCGAAUAAAAUUGCUGUCGGGUAGUAAUUUACCCCAUUACAUGUCUAAAUAGAGCAAGUACAUGUGAAGAAAACCUAUAUUGGCUAAGGAAUCUCAAUAUGGCUAAAACAUGUUUAUGGUGCAUGGUUUGGCAAGUGUCAUCAUCACAUGCUGGAUUUUCAAUACAGGAUAAACACAGCACAACUGAAAUGUGGUUUUAAAUUGUUUUUUUUUAAAAAAAGUAUAUUUGACUUAUUAUUAUUAUUUAUAAAAUAUUUUACCAGGAAAGAUACAUUGAGAUUUCUCUCGUUUUCAAGUAUGUCCUGGGUCCACAAAUCAUUGCAUUGUUACAUUAGGUACAACAAAAUACAAAAACAAUAUUAAUACACAAUAUAUACAAAAAUUUAACAUAGAACAGGCAGGAAAUAUAUAAUCAACCAUGACACGUGCAUUCUGUUUUGAGGUAUGUAGAGAGGGAUCUCUUAAAAGACUUAAAUAAUCUCCUAUAACACAAGAGCUAAUUUGAAUGUUACCAGUGUAUGUGCUCUAUUUGUUCAGAGUAUAUUACUUAGGGGCUUAUUUACCAAUCUAUGAAUUGUGGCAAAUAGACAAAUGGAUUGCAAAUUCCAGGUCAAAAUUGAUGAAUUGGAGAUAUUUUUCUAAUUUGGAUCAUAUGUUUUAAGAUUUGCAAAUUUUUCUCUCAAUUUCUAUAAUAUCCCAGUUUAUUGAAUAAAAUGCUUUAGGGUUAAUUCAUUUAAAUGUUUGCCAGACUUUAAUUCAUAGCUAUGGCAUUUAAAGGUUUGCCAGACUAUGGCUGGUCUCCAAUUUGGAUAGCGGAUCCUCUGUCCAAAAAUCACCCUGUUUGCACAUACAGUUUCCAAUUGCCACCCAUUUAUUGGUUUGUAAGACUGUGGCUGGUCUCCAAUCCUAUGCGCAGUACCAGGCGGUCAGCUCCGGCCAUUGAGUCUUUCCUGAGCUCAACUUGAGGUAUGUACCACCAUUAGUCGACCAAAAUCAGAGACACUCAGCCAGGCUGUAUCUGCUCGGCUGGGACUGGAGAAACAGGGUGGGAAAAGUAGUAGUUCUGGUCACAGAAAAAGGGUUCUCCUUGACAUUACUCUCUAACUGAGAGUCAAAAGAUUAUUAGUUGGCAGAUUCUUGGAAUCUCUUAAUCUUAAACUCCCCAGCCAAUAGCAACUUUUUAGUCUGGCCCAUAUUUCGAAUGUAAAUUGUGAUUUUUGUUUUAAUGUGAUACAUUAACAAAAGUUUCAUUUAUAAUUCAUGUUAUGUUGCAUACUUCCAUAUUUUAUAUUUUAGAUUGUAAUCCUUUAUGUGAAAUGCUGAACUAUCCAAUCUCAGGAUACUUUUGCCAAUCAUAUGAAAAGAUGAUCAGUGUCUGCAUGCAGCACUAGAAGUGUCUAUAUCCAAGGAUGCCUGGGCAUAUGUUUGCAUGUUUUGUAUCUUAAUUGUUGCAAAGGUAUAUUAGGUCAGCUGCUUGCGGAUCUGUAACCAAAUAAUUGACUUCAUGCUUGGCCAUUUUCAAGGUUAGUUAUCAGAGGAGCUUUCUACUCCCAACUUCAACACUUAAUGUUCCACUAAAAUCUGCCUUAGGAUCAGUAACAGUAGACUAAUUGGAUUUGCACCUGAGGGAAGUGGACCUUCAUUUAUUCACACAGAUUAAGAAAACUGUGAGUUCUCUAUAUCCCACACAAAACAAAAAGGUGUUACAGAACUCAGUAAAUUGAAGAGGUCAUGGUGCCUGGGUUCUGUAUGUGAAGUCACUAUGAAAUGCUGCCUAUUCUGUUGCCAGAGGGGUAGUGUCAUUAACAAACCCACUCUGGCACUGGCAUCACUAAAUGGCAUGCGAGAGAGCAGCGAGGAAGAACAAGAAGGUUCAAGCAGCUCCACACUACACCCAGGGAGAGAUAGGUAGAGAGCCUGAGUGAGCCUCAAUUUUGUUGUAAAAAAAUACCAUAAAUUAAAUUGAAAUGUGAAUGUGUGUGAGAUAAUGUAUAUGUGUAACUGAGUUUGUCAUUGAGUGUGUGGCUGCGUGUGUAUCAAAGCAAAAGAAGGUGAUGCACAUGUAUUACACAAAGAAUCCAAAAUCAGGUGCAGAUAGAUAGGUGUGGUAUAGCUCUAAAGCAGUAUUUAAAGUAAUCAUUACGUAUGACAUCACUUUUGUUUCUAAUUUUGUUGUGUACCUCAUUCUGCACCGGCUGUACCAAAUUGUAUUGUGAGUCUCACUUUUGUAAUUAGUUCAUGUAAUUCAAUUGUUUAAUUAAUCAAUUUGUAUGAGCUAUAACUAUAUGUGUGGCACACUCUGCACACUCUGAAAAAGGGUCAUUGUGAGAGCUUAAACAUUGGUUUAACCAAGAAAUAAAGUUUGCUCACUGGAACAACUGAGCUGAGUGUGCACAUACAUUCUUUUCUAUUGAAGAGAGUGUGUGUGUCUGUCAAUGAGUGUUUAGGCGUCUGUCAGUGAGUGUGCAUCAGUGAGUAUUUGGGUCUGCCAGGAAGUGUGUGUGUGUCUAUCAGUGAGAGUGUGUGUGUGUGUGUCUGUCAGUGAGAGUGUGUGUGUGUGUGUGUCUGUCAGUGAAAGUGUGUUGGUUAUACGGUGUGUGUGUCAAUGACUGUGUGUCUAGUAAACAAUAAAACAAGGUGGGCACUCCCAAUAUGAGAAAUAAACUAGCCCCUGAAUGGAGCUCUAUGAAAAUUGGAAAUAGGGUGCUCACUUACAUAGGGCUCUAUCCCUCAAAAAAACAAAUUUAAGUAGAUACAAAAUAAGUAAGGAGCACAACCAUAACUAUAAAUAUACAAAAAAUAAUAAUUUAAAUGGGCACACAGAACAUUGGAAUAUCUCAUAACAUAAAAAUCCAAGAUAUAGAGUCAUAUCAUAAUAUAAAGUAACAACCAGAACAAUUCUGGAUAUGUAUAUAUAGACACCAAUUGCAUACACAAUAAGUAGCAAAAAAAUGUUAGUAUGUUAGAUAGUAGAAUGACACACCAAUAUAAUCAAAACCCAUAAACAUCAAUACAAAAAAAAGAAAAAAAAGACAAGCAUACCAGACCUAGUGAGAAGCAGGGACAGAGUCAAUCACCAAAACGCCCCAACGUUUCGGCAAAAGUGCCUUUAUCAAGGGAGCCUGUUUAGAGAGACUAGAUCCUGUUCUUAUCCAAAAAAGAAAAACAAACAUUGAAAACACCUGAAGUGAAUGGGUGGCCACCCAUAACAAACGGGAUCCUCCCAACCAUAAACACCAAGGAAACCGGAAACAUUUACAUAUAAACGUGCAUAUAAAUAUACAGAGUCAAAAAUAGGAUAUCCAAUUAGAUGACAUAAAUGUAAAAUAAAAAUGUAAUGGACCAUAUGACAACAUCAUAUUAUGAAGAUACAAACAGGAGUUUGAGUUUGAAUCAAGAUGAAUGUAUAUGUAUAAAUAUCAAAUGUACCAGAAUACAUGGCAAUAAAAAAAAAAAAGAACUGAAAUGCUUGAGAAAUAUAGUCAUAAAUACCACAACCAACUCUACUUGAUAAAAGAGAUCCGAUUGGGAACAAAAAUUUAUUUUGGAAAACAGAGUGAAAGAGAGGCACGAGCCGCAUCAGGCACUUCAAACCUCCGAACCCGGAAGUAAACAGAAGAUGGAACGCACAUGCAUUCCACCACAUAGAGCUAUGAAAGCUCAUCAAUGUGUAUGCGCAUGCGCAACACGUACAAGCGUCUUACCUCACAAAAACGGACGGGACAAGGUGGAACGCAUGUGCGUUCCAGCAUAUGACAGUGUGUGAAUCCAUCUGUGACAGGCGCUAGCGCCGACCGCCAAGGUUGGAAGCAAUAGCCAAAUUAUAAAAUACAUAGUAUCCAGACCAUAUUAUAAGAGAAAAUCAUGAAAAGUAAAAGCCUCAUACUGCUCCAGUGGGGAGCAUAGACACAAAUCAAAAGUGUACUUACAACCCCUAUUGUAAAGAAAAUGUGAGGCAAAAUAUUGACAUACUAUGGAAGUAUAUUAGUGAAUGGAAAAGAAAGUAAACCCAAUAAUAAUAAUAUGAAAAUAAAAAUAAAGGGAAAAAUACAAAAUAAAACCAACUGAAUAUCCAGUUAUAAGAAUAGAAAUUGGCUAAAAACAGUGUAGUUCCCUAGCGCAAUCAAUGUUGUCGGACACCCAAAAAUAAAUCAAAAAAUCAAAAAAAAGAAAGAAUGCUUCAAUACAUGCUUAUUUGAAAAAAGUCCGAAGGAUAGAGUCAAGGAUGCAUGCUUGUAUAGUCAAUGCAUCUCAAGCCAUAUAAAAAGAUUCCAGGUAAAAAGUACCAUCAUCUUAAAGAAACAGAAUAUCAAAUAUAUACAUGCAUCAAAGCAAAUCAAAAUAUAAUUAAGCAGUUAACAACCAGCUCAUACAAAAAAAAGAAAAAAUAUAUAACAGAAACUGAAAAAAUAUGCAUAAUGAUUAUGCACAUAUGUUUCUUCCGUCAUAUGGACCCUGUCACGAUUCUGGGAACCCAACACGCUGGCACACACACACACACACAAAAGGUGCCGGACCUUAGAGUGGCCGGGCUAAGCACACACAGAAUAGUCAGGAAACAAGCCGAGUAAGGGGAACCAGAAGACAGAAUAACGUGAAACGAGCCGAGGUCAAAGGGUAGGAGAAAGUCACAAAGUCGGAUAAACAAGCCAGAGAGUACGUAACCAGAAACACAAGGUAAGUAGCAAUACUAGCAAGCAAAGACCACAACAGGGCAGGGAGGAACAGGAAAGGUAAGUAUUUAAACCAUCAGGUUAAUUCUGAUUGGAUAGUUUCCAAUCAGAAUUAACAAUCACACGUGGGAGGUAUCUAGACCUCCCACUGUGAUUGAGGCACUGUGCCUUUAACACCGGGUCAGGUGACUGACCCCGGCGUGUACAAACUUGGGUGGUCUCCCAGCGUGCAGCGUCAUGUAUGCUGCUGCUGGGGGACGUGGAGGGAACGGCGGGCGGCAUCCGAGGCUGGAAGGAUGCCGCUCGCCGGACCCAGGAGGAGGAGGGGACCGCGGACGGCUGGAGGGUGAGUGCCGUGAGCGGAGUGCAGCCUCCCCUCGCAGCCGCCCGCGGGAUCCCGACAGACCCAAAGAGGAAGUCGCCAGGAAUCUGACAGAUCUUCAUGAAAGGAGUCCAAUCGUUAGAGGGCCACCCACAGGUGAAACACCCAAACAGGGAACAUAACUAAAAAGAGAGAGAAAAAAUAAAAUCAAAGAAAAUAAUCACAAAUCCGGCAAAACCCUUGCAGAGAUAUUAAAUAAGGGGAACCACCAAGUUGUGGUCCCAUCGGAAAAAUAACAAACGAUGAAUAUUGUCCCGGUGUAUAGCAAAUUAAACAAUUGCAUAUGGACAUUUUACCUGAAGGGAUUGAAAUCACAAUCUUCAUUCAACCCUUGAGGGAAUAAUGUAUCCAAGCGAUAUAUCCACCACAAUUCCGCACGCUUAAGUGAAUCUGCAAGGGAACAACAAGGAUAAGGUGUCUUGAUACGUUCAAUAGCCUGAAACCGUAGUUGUGCCACUGAGUGUCCUGAAUCAAUAAAAGGUUUGGCAAAAGAGAUAUGCCAUUUCUUAGUGCGGAUAGUGCUUUUAUGUUCGCCAAUGCGUAUGAUUAAAGGUCUAGACGUUUGGCCUACGUAGCCAAAACCACAGGGACAUUUAAGGAAAUAAAUAACCCGGUCCGUCUGACAAUUGAAGAAUUUCUUGACGGCAAAUAUUUUUCCUGUUCUGGGAUGUGUAAACUCAGGACCAGUAGUCACAUUACUGCAGUUAGCACAAUGUCCACAUCGGUGCAUACCCUUAAUGGGUGCCAGCCAAGUGGUGGAUGGUUUAGAAGAUGUUUUGGCUCUAGAACGUGACACCAAGCUUUUAAUAUUCCAAGAAUGCCACUUUGUCAGUCGGUUUUUGAAAAAGGUUGAAUCAUGUUUACUUACCUGAUCAUCCAAGAAAUGUAUACUAUUGGCAUCAUGUUCCAAAGUAAACUUAAUACUUGGUACAUAUUGAUCCAAAUCCGCUUUGAAGGAUAGGAGGUUUGCCUCUGAGCCAUUCAAAAAAAACAACAAUUUAACGAAACCAAACAGUCACAAAUCUGAACAGGGGAUGGGGAUAGACGAAAUUUUCCUCAAACUUGGCCAUAUACAGAUUGGCAUACGAUGGAGCCAUACUGGCCCCCAUCAUAUUCCCCUGUAACUGUAGAAAAAAAUCAUUUCCAAAUGUAAAAUAAUUGCAUGAUAACACAAAUUCCAGUAACUGUAAAACAAAGUCACCCAAUUGUGAAUCUAACUCGAAUCUGCCAAGAGCCUGUGCUGUAGCCUCCAUGCCACCCCUGUGAGGGAUGGACGUGUACAAACUGCACACGUCCAUCAUACACAGAAGUGCAUCUCUGCAUGAUGAUCCCAAAUUAUCCAAUUUGCCCCCAAAAAUCGCUGGUGUCCCGUAUGUAUGACCUCAUCCGUACCACCAACACUUGAAGAAAUAGGCCUGCCACGAGGAUUCAAAAGAUCCUUAUGAAUUUUGGGCAACAGAUACAGAAAAGGUAAACGAGGUGUUGAAGUAUUAAGAAAAUCAAAAAUCUUUCUAUUAAUUAAACCAUGAUUAAAAGCCUCAAGGGUAAUGGCCUCAAUCCUUUCCUGGAACUCCUUCGUAGGGUCCCUGGAUAGUUUCUCAUAGUGAACCCUGUUAGACAACUGUGUCGUAACUUCAGCAUUGUAUUUGUCAAUGUCCAUGACGACAAUGGCCCCACCCUUGUCAGCGGCCUGGACGAGGAUGGAGUCGUCGCUUCUAAGGGCACCGACAGCCCUCCACUCAUCUUGUGUAAGGUUGGAGGAACCUCUCCGGAACCAGUUGAUUUUGGAAAUCUCCAAUUGACAUAACUUUAUAAAAGUUUCAACUGUGGAAUUCGUAACAGGUGGAGUAAACUUACUUUUAUUUUUACAUCUGGAUAAGUCCACAGAAUUGACCCCAUCUCAAUCUCGUCCAUUUGAGCGUCCAAAGGUGAGUUGUCACCUGCAAAAAAAACUUUUAAACGUAAGGAACGAAAAAACUCGUAAAAUUCAAUAUCCAAGUCCAAUUUAUCCCCCUCAAAAGAAGGGACAAAACCCAGACCCUUAUUAAGCACCGAGAUCUCACUUACUGAUAAAUCCCUCCUGGAAAUAUUCACUACUAAUGUCUCCAUGGACUCCUCUCCCUCUCUGGAUAACUCCGAGGGGGAUGAUUUACUGCAUUGUCUCUUGCCUCUCCUGGUCUUAUGCCUCCUCCUCUGGGGCAUCGCUGUUCUAAAGAAUUGCUAGGUUUGGCUGAUCGAGUAGAGGAUUGUUCACUGUCAGUGUUGGCAGGAGAAUUCCUACCAAAUGGGCGUUCGCCCUGGGGUGUGUUAGAUCUCUGACGAUGAAAUUGCCAAUUAUAAACUUUAUUAUGAAGAUAAUCUAUCGUAUCUCGUUUAAAUUUAGAUCAUUUCCUAUUAAGGGUGUCUGUCUUAUGUUUAGACAAAAUACUGCUGAUCUCCUCUGAAUGUUUUGUGAAGGAUUCGUGAUUCUCAGUACUCAAUAUUCUGCCUUUUAUUCUGACUGUGUGUCUGACAUAUAUCCACUGACACGUACAGUAACUGACAGUGUAUGUGUAUCAGUGAAUGUGUGUAUGUGCCAAUUACUGUGUGACUGUCAGUUAUUGUAUGUCAGUGUAUGUGUACCAGUGAGAGCAUAAGAGGGGCCAUUGUUUGAUUCUUUCACCAGGGCUCUGUGAUUCCUAGUUAUGCCCCUGUGUAUUGAUGAGGCUCAUGAGAUUUCAAACAUCCAUGUCUGACAUGUUGGGUUUGCAUUGCUCGUUGUAUUUAUGACCUACAGUCUGACAUUGCCAUAAGAAUGUUCCUGGAAGUUAGAUUCAUCCUACACCUGAAAAAUGUUCUAUGCAAAAAGAUCAUAUUAUUAAUUUCUUUGCCCAUUUAUGUUUUACACUUUUUUGCAAUGAUACCUGAUGUAUUUCAGCUGUUUUUCUUUCUGUUUGUUUCAGAGUGAAAAAUAUUGUAUAUUGGUCAAUAUGGCACAUAGUCCUGUCCUACCUCUUGCCAGCCUCCCAUUAUGAUCACCUGGGAUGCAGACUGCAUGGAUUUGAUUUAACUGGAUACUUGGAGGAUGGAGACAUAUUAUUUGGUGCAGUGCUCCCCUUUCAUAUAGAUAAAUAUUUUGAUAGGAAAAAAAUUUCAUUUACAGAGCUCCCUCGACAGGAACCUUGUAAAAUGUAGGUUUUCCAGUACCAUUUCAUAUCCAUCGCUAACACAGAAUUCACAUUUAAUAUGAUAUUUUGCAUUCUGUUUAAUUGUAGAUUAUACUACCUUUGGUGUAACUAUAAUCUUAAUUUUAUUAAUGACAGGAGGCGAAUAUUUGCUUAAGUCUCUCUUUACUAGAACUCCACAGCAGCACAUUAACAUAGAGAUAAAAGCACCAGAGACAAAAAAAAUCAGGAAUCUAUAAAAGGCUUCUCCCAACUAACUAUUUCCUCUUUCACGCUGCGACAAAUAAAUUACAUAAACAAUACACCACAAAUACAAUAAGAGGAGAAACAAACAUAACAUAACGAUGAAUGCCAUCCGAAAUUGAAACUGUGGAACCAGUGGGGGAAGCCUUGACCUUUAUCCUGUAGAGUAGUCUGAUCUAAGAGCCAUUAAACUGAAACGAGAUAAACAGAGUCGAAAACACUGAUUAGCGAAUUAAAUGUACAGAGAAAACAUGAAUCCCCAUUGUAAAUACUGACAGUAUAAUAUCCCAAAUAGUGAAAAAACCUGAAUCCCCAUCAUAAAAUACUGACGGAACCAUAUCCCAGAUAAACCCUAACUCCCCCAGACAACCAACCUAGCCCAGGAGACCAGGUGAAAAAACAACAAGUCAAACCAACAAACAACAAGGGGAGGGAGAAACUGGGAGGGAAAUAUUCGCCUCCUGUCAUUAAUAAAAUUAAGAUUAUAGUUACACUAAAGCUAGUAUAAUCUACAAUUGUAUAGAAUGACAGGAGGCUUCAUAUUUGCUGUUUUAACGCUCGGACAGCAAAGACCAAAGAAACACGAUCCGCCGUACCAAUCUAAACUCUGCGAAGAUAGCUCCUCGUAACCGGCGGGAAAGCAUACGAUGUCUUGGAGAAAAACACCCACCAUGUCGAUACCUGAAGUGGCAGUGUUACGGACUGAAGUGAACCGAAAAAACCUAUACGCCCCGCCAAUGCCAACCACAACCAAGUGGUACAUGAAGGGCGAGAAAAAGAACCAUUUAAACAAACGGUGACGUCGAACACUGCCUAAAGGUGGGAGCUCUACCAAAGUAAGAAUAUGACCCUUGGGUCCGACUAAGGCUGAUAGACAACUAAGGUCCGAAUCGCCGAACCCAUUUGAGUGGACUCGAACUCGGAACAAGGGGAUCGAACAAGGGAAAAUGCAGGGAGUGUCUGACCUUUCGGUCUGGGACGUACCUCGCAGGGGGUUCGGCAAGCCCGUCCAGGUAGACCGUACAGCAAGAUGUCCUAUAUCUAUGAAGAGUCGCGUCCAGGUCCCAAUGCAUGGAAAAUGAGAAAGAUCUCUUCAGAUAGUUCUGGUAUUCCUGAAUGUCCUCAAUUCCUCCCAACCUGCCAACCAGGUUGUAUUGUUGCCCAAAUUACUGAUGCACAAGAUACCUAUCUCACCAGGGAGAAAAUAAAGGCCAUCUUACCAGAACUGGGCAGUGCGGUCCCUAGAAGUUUCUUGAGGGCCAUGUCUAAUUCAAAGUAACUAAUGAAUAUACGUUCAAUCGUAGACUCAUGCUGGGACUCCGAGGGGCUCAGAUCCCUUUAUCCCAAGCACCUCCAGCGGUCCGAAUUGCAUUUAGGACAGGGUCGUCUGCCACCCCAGACUCGGGGCCCCGUCUGGGAUAUCAUCCGAAAGUGGAGGCAAGUGUGAAAUUCCGGGUCAAGGGUCCAAUCCCCUAUAAAAGGACACAUCUUACACUUCCUCAUAUGUUCCGCUAGCACAACUCACUCGUGUAGCGAAGAACAAUCGGCUUGCCAAUGCGGACUUAAUAGUAUAGGCACUGCAGUGGGCCGCACUCAGGAUCUCCUGAAUACUAGACAGGUGCUUAACCAGCAAAACCGCAGUGCCCCAUCGUGUCUAUGUCUGGGUUUGCGGCUACUUUGUUUGGGAGCCCAGCUGGGAAUACCGCUCAAAUUAUCCUGUGGGCUUCUCAAGCCAGCAGUCUACGGCCCCAGAAACGCACCGAUGGUGCUAUGUGAUCAGGCAGAGACCAUUCCAAAAAAAACAGGUGAGCAAUGGAUCAAGGGUCGAACAGGGGUUCGUUUAAGGCAAUCGACGAGAUGACCUCUUCUUCCACUGUCGUCGGGGCCCCUGUAGUGGACUUUGUUCUACAUCUCAUGGUGCCACUAGGAACCGUCAUCAUAAUCCACAUUCCCAUCGUCCUCUCCCUCCGAGGGGAACAGGUCCGCCCGCAAUUCAGCUAGGGCGGACAUGGUGGGGAGGGUUACGGGGACCUUCACCCCUGCGCCACAUAGGCAGUGUCGUCUGGUCAUGAAGGCCGAUCGUAUCUCCGGAGUCUAAUCUUUCCGGGCGUCUGGUUCCGGGCCUUCACCAUACCCGUAGUGCUUAUGCGCCUUUGACUGCUCUCCACUUGGAGAGUCUGACUCAUUCAAGUCGUCUGCCUUUUUAAGAAGGUGGUCACUGCCGCAUCCUGUGGUCAUCGCCUCCCCUGCGCCAUAUAGGCAGGGCCAUCUGGCCGAUUGCAGAGGGGUUAGCCGCUCCUCGGAGUCUUAUCUUUCCGGGAGCCUGGUUCAGGACAUUCACCCUUCCAGUAGCGCUCAUGCGCACUUACCUGCUCUCCUCAAGGAGAGUCUGACUCAUUCAAGUCACUGGUUCAGGGCCUUCACCCUUCCAGUAGAGCUCAUGUGCCCUUGCCUGCUCUCCUCUAGGAAAGUCUGACUUAUUCAAGUCGCCUGCCAUUUUAAAGGUGGGCCCUCUAGCGUUACGCUCCUGAUAAGUUUAAGGGAGGACCCUGGCUGAAGCCUAAUUCCAUGGAGGCGGUCACUGCCAUAGUAGUCAUUGUCUGCGCUGUUAACCCGGGUAAGGGUUCUCAGGUGCAGCGGUCCCAGGCAAAGUGACCUCAAGGAGUAUAGAGGACAAGUGUCACCAGCAGGGAGAUAGGGGCAGUACCCCAUAUAGUGACCGAGACAAUUUGGGCAGCGCAUGCAAUGCACAAGCAUGAGUAUGGGGCAGUAGGCUUGGCAUGGAGACAUUCUGGCACAGACAGCACAGGCCAGAUCAAUGGGGCACAGACAAAGCAGGCCAAUCAAUGGGGCAUAGACAAAGCAGGCCAAUCAAUGGGGCACAGGCAGAGCAGGCCAAUCAGUAAGGCACGGACAAAGCGGGCCAAGUCUUGGGGCACAGACAAGUCAGGACCUUUAGAGAUGUACAGGUGAGGAACUGCACAUUCCAUUCUUCCGAUAAAAUGUACCUUUCGCUCUUCAGAUAAGAUGUACAUAACACUUCUUCAGAUUAAUAGCACGUAACACACUUCUGUGUAACUGUAUUUAACACUAUUCUGUGUUACUGUACAUAAUCUUCCUUUGUGUAGCUGUACGUAACCUUCUUCUGUGUAACUGUACGUAACCUUCUUCUGUGUAGCUGUUCAUAAAACUCUUCUGUGCAGCCGUACAUAACAUCCUUCUGUGUAAACAUACAAUACGUUCUUCUGUGUAACCGUACCUAACACUCUUCCGUGGAACUUUACGUACAUUCUUCUGGGUAUUUGUACAUAACAUUCUUCUGUGUAACUGAGCAUAGUAUAUUACUGUGUAACUGUACAUAGCCUUCUCCUGUGUAACUGUACAUAGCUUUCUCCUGUGCAACUGUAUAUAGCGUUCUCCUGUGUAACUGUACAUAGCAUUUUUCUGUGUAACUAUACAUAGUAUAUUACUGUGUAACUGUGCAUAGCCUUCUACUGUGUAACUGUACAUAGCAUUCUUCUGUGUGACUGUACCUAGCAUCCCAUUGUGUAACUGUAGAUAACGCACUUCAGUUAAAUAGUGCCUGACACUCUGUAAAUAGUGAACUUGCAUAUUGAGUACACCUGUAGUCAGGGAACUCACCAACUGAGUUACCUCACAAGAGGUGCUCCAUUGGUCAAUAUGAUAAAACAGAGUGCUGCAAGCAAUCAUCUGAACAAACAAAAAUGGGGGUUGGGGGAGGUGAGUAUAAGUGGUAACACUGCCAGUUGUGCCUGUAAUCCUUGAGGGGUUGUGCACAGCUCUAUAUAGCAUGCUUGUGAUCUAUAUCAUCCACUAUGGUUCCCAGUAGCCUAACCUGCCAGCCAAAUGGGGUACAAAGCCAGGACAGCCUGAGGGUGCAAUGUGCCCAAGUCAUAGCUGAGUCUCAGUCAAAGCUACAGCACAUGUGCCUGCAAUCAACAGAAAUAAUGCGGUAAGUCUGGUAACUGGCCGGUCGUGGGGAAGUGGAUGCUCGGGGCCGCCACACUGCAUGGGAAGGUAACCACCCCCCCACCGACGCUGCGGGAGCAGUCAUACCACAAGCUGAAGCAAGGGUCGGGUGGGGGGUGGAAGCAGAGGAUCUCACUUGGCGGAUGGAGCCGGUGGGCGGGAUCCAACACGUGGGACCGCCGGAGUCUUACUCCAGGGUCCCGGCGGUUGGUAACGGAAAGCGGUCGGAGGAUUGCUUUCCGGCGGCCGCAAAACGGAUGAAAAGUGAAGGGGGCAAAGCCAUCCGGAAAAGGUAGAGGGAGGGAGGGAAAAAGGAAACCCCCCCAAACCCGAGAAAAAAAUGAUCCCCAGACAGGGGGGCCCAAAACAGGAAAAUGCAGAAAAGUAAUUAUAGAAAAUACAUUCCUACAGCAAAAAAGUAGGGACAGAAAAAUACAAUCUAAAUAAAUAAAUCAUAACGGCAGUAGGAAGGUAAACACAUUCUAAACAAAUAAAUCCCUGCAGGAAUAAGAAGGUAGAUGCAGAAAAACAGAGUAAAUCAAUCAAGCAAUCACUACAGCACUAAGCAGGUAGGUGUAGAAAAUACAGUAUAGCUAAAUAAAUCAAACCCUACAGCACUAAGUAGGUAGAUGCAGAAAUACCCUCUAAAUAAAUAAAUCAAUACAGUAAUAAACAUAUAAAUACAGUAAAAUAUCUACAACCACCCAUAUAUAACAGGAGGCAGUGGUACUCUGACCUGUACUGACUGCGGAGCAGCAAAGAAAGAGGAAAUAGUUGGUUAGGAGGAGCCUUUUAUGGAUUCCUGACUCUUUUGUCUUUGGUGUUUUGUUAAUGUGCUGCUGUGGAGUUCUAGUAAAGAGAGACUUAAACAAAUAUGAAGCCUCCUGUCAUAUAAAACAAAAUUUUACACAAUAGCGUGCAAAACACACAAAGUGUAGGGGUGGUAGUAAAAAGUAACAGUGCAACUCCACAGUGUUUUAAAACCACUUAAAAAACACAGAUAACAUACAAGUAAAAGAUAAAGAUAGAGGAGUGCAAAUACAAAUGUAUAUGGUAUACUUAGAGACACUGGUCAGUCCUUCAGAUGUAACCUAUAUACAAAAAGAUCCAAACAUAGUAUAAUACUGUUUUUCCAAAUAAUAUAGUAAAUAAAUGUGGAUUUUUCACUCACACUUUGCAGAGCCACGUAUAGUAGGCUCUGACUAUAGUUGCUCUUUGGAAAUUCCCUGGUGUAUUAAACUCCACCACGCCUUCAGGAUUCUCCACUUGGAUCAGGAUACAGGAGAUAUAAAAAUUCCAAAACAGAGUGGGGAUACUUUUCGAAAUUUAAUAAUAUUCAGGGACAUAUAUAAAGUGCAUAAGACAAAAUAGCAGCACUAUAUGUGCAAAGAUAUCUAUAAAGUGCAUAAAAAGAAUAACACUAACGCGUUUCGACUAAAAUAAAGUCUUUUUCAAAGUGCAUAAAGUAAUGGUCGCCAUGUUGGGUAUUUAUAUCCUCACGGUGUUCUAAUUUGGCGCCCAAACAUCUCCGUCGUGGUGUCCUCCUCCUACUUCCUGGUUCCGGCGGGCGGCUUCCACGUUCCCGCCCUUUUUCACGUCACGUUGCGUCUGACGUCAGACGUUUUUCGCCGGACCGGAAGUACUUCAUAUUGAGUUCAUGAAGCUAUUGCAGCCAUAUUUGAACGUUCUUAAAUCAUAUAGUCUGAAUAAAGAGGUUCUGACACUAAUCUUUCUUCAAAUUUAUGUGUCUCUUAUCCUAAAACUUAUUUCAUUAUAAUCAUACAUUUGAAUAUCCAAAACAUAAUUACAUAUAUCAAAAUCUAAUUAAUAACAUAUUAUAUAAAAUACAAGAGGAGAUAAAAAAAACGGAGAGAGAGAGAAAUUUAGGGGGAAAGAGAUAUUAUUAAUCAAAAAGAUAUAAAAAACAAUAUAGUUGGAAAGUAUAUAUUGUUAAAAAAGUGUGUAUAUUAAUAACCUUAAAUAAAAUAUUUAAAUAAGUACACUCAUCUCAAAAUCCAUAUUGAGACCUUUGGGUGAUAGUGUAUCCAAAUUAAAAAUCCAGCCCAUUUCACAUUUACUUAGGUUAGAAUUAAUGUCACCCCCUCUCCAAUGCUUAGUCACAGCUUGAAUUCCAUAAAACUUGAUUCCACUUGGGUCUUGAUUAUGAUGUUCUAAAAAAUGUAAAGAAACACUAUGUGUUUUGAAUCCUUUUUUAAUGUUGUAUAUGUGUUCCCGCACCCUCGUGGCCACACACCUGGACGUCUUGCCCACAUAUUGCAGGCCACAAGGGCAUUCUAGCACAUACACAACAUUUUUAGUUUUACAGGAAAUAAAGUUUUCUAUCUUAUGUUCUUUUAGGUUAACAUUGGAGUGGAAGGACAGUAUCUUCCUUUCUUUUAUUUUAGAUGUUCUACAUCCCAUACAGCUACCACAGAAAUUAAAUCCUUUUAAUAAAGCUUUCUGACUAUUUAAAAAAUUAUUGUCAGUUUUUUCAAUAAAACUCGAAGUUAAAAUCUGUUUGAGAUUUUGUGCCCCCCUAUAUAUAAUUUUUGGUUUCUCCCCUAUAUAGGGUGCAAUGUCAUCAUCCUGUUUAAGUAAAUGCCAAUUUUUGUUGAGAAUACGUUUUAAUUCAGAAUGAUUUUUAUUAAAAUUAAAUAUUAGUGGGAUCGUAUCUUCAUGUUUGUUAUCUUUCUUUUGUUGGUAAUUUAACAGUUCUUCUCUUUUUAAUUUUCCAAUUUCUUGAAUAGUACUUUCAAGGUUUUCAUUUUUAUAGCCUUUUUCUAAAAAUUGUCCUUUCAAUGUAGAGGCCUGCAGGUUAUAUUUUUCUAUUUCCGAGCAGUUCCUUCUCAGUCUAAGGAACUGACCUCUUGGAAUAUUGUCCAACCAAGGUGGAAAGUGACAGCUCCCCUUUUCAAUAAAGCUGUUCACAUCCACCUGUUUAAAAAAGGUGCAGGUUUCAAUUUUAUCUUUCUUUAUAUAAAUAUUCAGGUCUAGAAAAUCAAUCGUUUGGUUCUUAGAUAGGGGUCUACAAAAGGGCAUCUUAACGCUAAAGGAAUAUAAAUUUCUAAAUACAGAAUGCCCAAGAAUACCCGUUAUAUAUGUUUUGCUAAAGUUACAUAAAGAUAUACAGAAUCCACCCGGGAGACCUAUAGUCUCAGGGAUAGGAUCAUUAUUAUCACCCCUAUCCAAAUAUGUUGACACCUUUUUACAACCGAUAGUUAAGACAUGUCCCUCCUUUCUUAAAGACUCUAUGAGUCUACUACAGAUUUUAAAAGAUGUUAAGUGGGAAAAGGAUUUCUUGCUUGUCACGUGUGAUGUGGCCAGCCUCUAUACGUGUAUUCAACAUGAUAAAGGCUGCGAAGCAACAAGAUCCUUCCUCCAAAAUUCAAAAAUGUAUUCGGAGGAGCAAAUUGAUUUUAUAUUAGAGUCUAUUCAAUUGAUUUUAAACAACAAUUUUUUUUGGUUUGAGGGGGAUUUUUAUCUGCAGUGUAGAGGAACGGCUAUGGGGACCAGGUUCGCCCCCAGUUAUGCUAAUCUUUUUAUGGCCUUCUGGGAGGAACAGUUUGUUUUUUCCCAGCAUGACUGGGUUGCGAACCUGGUCCUCUAUAGAAGAUACAUUGAUGAUAUCUUUUUUAUUUGGAAAGGUGGAAAGGUGAUGAAUCAUUGGUUUUAGAUUUUUUAAAUUAUCUUAAUAUCAAUCAGUGGAAUAUUAAACUAACUCAUGUAAUAAAUAACCAAACGAUUGAUUUUCUAGACCUGAAUAUUUAUAUAAAGAAAGAUAAAAUUGAAACCUGCACCUUUUUUAAACAGGUGGAUGUGAACAGCUUUAUUGAAAAGGGGAGCUGUCACUUUCCACCUUGGUUGGACAAUAUUCCGAGAGGUCAGUUCCUUAGACUGAGAAGGAACUGCUCGGAAAUAGAAAAAUAUAACCUGCAGGCCUCUACAUUGAAAGGACAAUUUUUAGAAAAAGGCUAUAAAAAUGAAAACCUUGAAAGUACUAUUCAAGAAAUUGGAAAAUUAAAAAGAGAAGAACUGUUAAAUUACCAACAAAAGAAAGAUAACAAACAUGAAGAUACGAUCCCACUAAUAUUUAAUUUUAAUAAAAAUCAUUCUAAACUAAAACGUAUUCUCAACAAAAAUUGGCAUUUACUUAAACAGGAUGAUGACAUUGCACCCUAUAUAGGGGAGAAACCAAAAAUUAUAUAUAGGGGGGCACAAAAUCUCAAACAGAUUUUAACUUCGAGUUUUAUUGAAAAAACUGACAAUAAUUUUUUAAAUAGUCAGAAAGCUUUAUUAAAAGGAUUUAAUUUCUGUGGUAGCUGUAUGGGAUGUAGAACAUCUAAAAUAAAAGAAAGGAAGAUACUGUCCUUCCACUCCAAUGUUAACCUAAAAGAACAUAAGAUAGAAAACUUUAUUUCCUGUAAAACUAAAAAUGUUGUGUAUGUGCUAGAAUGCCCUUGUGGCCUGCAAUAUGUGGGCAAGACGUCCAGGUGUGUGGCCACGAGGGUGCGGGAACACAUAUACAACAUUAAAAAAGGAUUCAAAACACAUAGUGUUUCUUUACAUUUUUUAGAACAUCAUAAUCAAGACCCAAGUGGAAUCAAGUUUUAUGGAAUUCAAGCUGUGACUAAGCAUUGGAGAGGGGGUGACAUUAAUUCUAACCUAAGUAAAUGUGAAAUGGGCUGGAUUUUUAAUUUGGAUACACUAUCACCCAAAGGUCUCAAUAUGGAUUUUGAGAUGAGUGUACUUAUUUAAAUAUUUUAUUUAAGGUUAUUAAUAUACACACUUUUUUAACAAUAUAUACUUUCCAACUAUAUUGUUUUUUAUAUCUUUUUGAUUAAUAAUAUCUCUUUCCCCCUAAAUUUCUCUCUCUCUCCGUUUUUUUAUCUCCUCUUGUAUUUUAUAUAAUAUGUUAUUAAUUAGAUUUUGAUAUAUGUAAUUAUGUUUUGGAUAUUCAAAUGUAUGAUUAUAAUGAAAUAAGUUUUAGGAUAAGAGACACAUAAAUUUGAAGAAAGAUUAGUGUCAGAACCUCUUUAUUCAGACUAUAUGAUUUAAGAACGUUCAAAUAUGGCUGCAAUAGCUUCAUGAACUCAAUAUGAAGUACUUCCGGUCCGGCGAAAAACGUCUGACGUCAGACGCAACGUGACGUGAAAAAGGGCGGGAACGUGGAAGCCGCCCGCCGGAACCAGGAAGUAGGAGGAGGACACCACGACGGAGAUGUUUGGGCGCCAAAUUAGAACACCAGUAAGGAUAUAAAUACCCAACAUGGCGACCAUUACUUUAUGCACUUUGAAAAAGACUUUAUUUUAGUCGAAACGCGUUAGUGUUAUUCUUUUUAUGCACUUUAUAGAUGUCUUUGCACAUAUAGUGCUGCUAUUUUGUCUUAUGCACUUUAUAUAUGUCCCUGAAUAUUAUUAAAUUUCGAAAAGUAUCCCCACUCUGUUUUGGAAUUUUUAUAUCUCCUGUAUCCUGAUCCAAGUGGAGAAUCCUGAAGGCGUGGUGGAGUUUAAUACACCAGGGAAUUACCAAAGAGCAACUAUAGUCAGAGCCUACUAUACGUGGCUCUGCAAAGUGUGAGUGAAAAAUCCACAUUUAUUUACUAUAUUAUUUGGAAAAACAGUAUUAUACUAUGUUUGGAUCUUUUUGUAUAUAGGUUACAUCUGAAGGACUGACCAGUGUCUCUAAGUAUACCAUAUACAUUUGUAUUUGCACUCCUCUAUCUCUAUCUUUUACAAGCCUCCUGUCAUGCUAUAAAAUUGAAUUUUCACUUACUUUCACAUUUUUUAUUAUAGAAAUGUCUUCUCCUUAUAAGUCUGCAUUUAACUUGUUUUCAUAUAUCUCCACUCUUCAUCUAACAUUAAUUCCAUUUAUACAGAAUUAGCCACCUUCCGAUUCUCAAUGCCAAACCUUGUUGUGUUAUUUGUGUUAGUACACUCUUGUUCAUUUUCAGAACGGAGAAGUAAAGUUUAUUUUCAUUAAUUUCAAAUUUAGUUUUAGGUAUAAGAAGUUUCUGCAGUUCCAUAUCACAAUAUAUGCAGUAGACUUGAUUAACAGAAACCCAUCUUUGCUCCCAAACAAAACAUUGGGCUUCCAAGUCUAUGACUCAUGUGUGGGAGCACAAGAAGAACUGGAUGGGAGCCUCAAAAUGAUAACAGGCCAAAGGCAAUCAGUCCCCAAUUUCAAUUGCAAAAAAGUUCCUCCUGUUUCUGCAGUCAUUGGACAUUCAACAUCUACCUUCUCUAUACUCAAUGCUCAUGUAUUGGGAUUAUACAGAUACCCUCAGGUGAGAAGCAUAAUGAUAUCAGUUUGUGGUACUGAACUACAUUGAUCUGUUUUGUUUAUAUUACAAAGACGAAAAUGAGAAGAAUUAGGAGCAAUGCUGUGAUGUUAAUGCUGUAUAGUCCAUAUUUAUAUCGGUAUACAAUCAUUGUAGCACAUUCCACAGUCACAAAAUAUUUACAUAUUACAUAUAAUCUUAAAUAUCCCAUUAAAAAGAUAUAAAAAGUAUUUAUAAUCUCAGUAAAUGGUACACUUUGUACUUAUUAUGUUGUUUGUCACCUUAGAUUAGUCACUAUUCAACCAGCUCUAUCUUGAGUGACAAAACACAGUUCCCCUCAUUCUUCAGAACUGUCCCAAGUGAUUUGUUCCAAUCCAAGGGGCUGGCACAGCUAGUGUUACACUUUGGCUGGACCUGGAUUGGUUUAUUGGCUGUAGAUGAUGACUACGGACGUCAGGGCAUCCACGUCACUAUGCAGGAGCUCCUCAGGGGAGGAGCUUGUGUGGCAUUUUCAGAAUAUAUAACUACUAACAAUUUGAAGCACAUUUACCAUGUGACAAAAAAAAUCAAAGAAUCCACUGCCAAGGUUAUCAUUUCUUUUAUGAAAGAUACUGAUAAAGUUUCACUAUUGGAUGAGAUGCUGAGGCAAAAUUUAACGGGUAAAGUUUUUGUGGCCAGUGAAGCUUGGUCAAUCUCAAACUUGCUAACGGUGGAUAAAUAUUCUUCACUACUUUCUGGCUCAAUUGGCCUGUCUUUCCAUAGCACAAUAAUUCCAGGAUUUGGAGAGUUCUUGAAUACUAUUCAUCACAACAAAAAUAGGGAAGAUCCAUGGACUAGAAUUUUCUGGGAAAUGGCUUUCAGGUGUAAAUUUAUAGACCAGACAAGCCUUACAGGUUCAUUGGGUAAUUCCACAUUUUGUACAGGAAAUGAGAGUAUGGAGAGUAUUCUGGACAUCUACUAUGAUUUAUCCAGCUCUAGUAUUGCCUACAACCUUUACAAUGCAAUCUUUGUCAUCGCCAAAUCUUUAUAUAAUAUGCAAACCUGUCAAAAGGGUAAAGGACCAUUUACAAAUGGGAGUUGUGCUGAUCUUCAGACUAUUAAGCCAUGGCAGGUAAGGAUUUGUGUUGGACAGUUAGAACUAAUAAGGGAAAAUGUUUUUUAAAUUCCAUGUAUGUGAAAGUCUCAAACCUGCUAUGUUUAUUAGAUGUAUGCUGAUGAAUGGUAAGUCCCUUGCAGAUACUAAAUGACAAUAGUCAGGGAUCUUUCCAUGGUCCAUCUUCCUCCACUUCCAACAUUCUUCAGAGUGCUCCCACCAUGUUUUAUCUAUCUCUUCAUAUUACAUUUUUGUCCAGCUCCUUCUUUUGGUAAAACAUUGGACAACUGGACACAAAAUGGAAAGUAACACAGAACCAUCGACUGGUGUACUCACAGGAGACACACCACAAGUGAAAGGAACAUGGUGCAAUGGAUAAGCAGGAGACAGCACAAGAGACAGAUGAGUGCUUGUGGGAAUGUACACAGUGCUGGGCAGAAGGCAACACAUGAAAAACAAGAGAAAUAGGGUGUAUUACAUAGAAUAGGAGAUUAAGGUCCAGCACAUAUUGAAGGUUACAUCAUUAGGUACAGGUGAUAUAUGGGCCAUAUAGUUAUUAAGGGAAUGUGACAUGAAAAAAGAUAAGACUAAAUGGUGUGUAACUAGCGGACAUGUGUGGUGAAAGCCAAUGGCAAUGUCUAAGAUACAUAGUGGGCUAAGGGAAAUUAGGUAAACAAUGUACUGACAGACAAAAGACUUGUCUUGGAAUCAGCACAGCAUCUUAAUAUACUGGCAUAUAUAGUGAAGAAAAUCUUUAUGGCAAGUAUUGUUUUCUAAACUGUACACAAUCUAUUCCUUUAGAAGGCAGUGGAGUAACAUGCUUCCAUUGGACAUGUGUUUAUUUCAGGGAGAUCAUGCCAAACAAAUCAUAUUGAUUUUUUUGAUUGGGUAACUAAAAUUAUAGAUCAGGGUGGUGCAGUAGACAUUGCUUACCUAAAUUUCAGUAAGGCUUUUGACACUGUUGCACAUAGAAGGCUUAUCAAUAAACUGCAAUCUUUAAGUUUGGAUUCCAAUAUUGUUGAAUGGGUAAGGCAAUGGCUGGGUGACAGGCAACAGUAGUCAAUGGAGUAUAUUCAAAGCUUGGACUUGUCACCAGUGGAGUACCUCAGAGAUCUGUACUUGGACUCAUUCUCUUUAAUAUUUUUAUUAGUGAUAUUGCAGAAGGUCUUGAUGGUAAGGCAUGUCUUUUUGCUGAUGAUACUAAGAUAUGUAACAGGGUUGAUGUUCCAGGAGGGAUAAGCCAAAUGACAAAUGAUUUAGGCAAACUAGAAAAAUGGUCAGAGUUGUGGCAACUGACAUUUAAUGUGGAUAAGUGCAAGAUAAUGCAUAUUGGACGUAAAAACCAAAGGGCAGAGUACAGAAUAUUUGAUAGAGUCCAAACCUCAACAUCUGAGGAAAGGGAUUUAGGGGUGAUUAUUUCUGAUUAAUUAAAGGUUGGCAGUCAAUGUAAUAGAGCAGCAGGAAAUGCUAGCAGAAUGCUUGGUUGUAUCGGGAGAGGUAUUAGCAGUAGAAAGAGGGAAUUGCUCAUGCCAUUGUAUAGAACACUGGUGAGACCUCACUUGGAGUAUUGUACGCAGUACUGGAGACCAUAUCUUCAGAAGGAUAUUGAUACUUUAGAGAGAGUUCUGAGAAGUGCUACUAAACUGGUUCAUGGAUUGCAGGAUAAAACUUACCAGGAAAGGUUAAAGGAUCUUAACAUAUAUAGCUUGGAGGAAAGACGAGACAGGGGGGAUAUGAUAGAAACAUUUAAAUACAAAAAGGGAAUCAACAAAGUAAAGGAGGAGACUAUAUUUAAAAGAAGAAAAACUACCACAACAAGAGGACAUAAUCUUAAAUUAGAGGGACAAAGGUUUAAAAAUAAUAUCAGGAAGUAUUACUUUACUGAGAGGGUAGUGGAUGCAUGGAAUAGCCUUCCAGCUGAAGUGGUAGAGGUUAACACAGUAAAGGAGUUUAAGCAUGCGUGGGAUAGGCAUAAGGCUAUCCUAACUAUAAGAUAAGGGUAGGGACUAAUGAAAGUUUUUACAAAAUUGGGCAGACUAGAUGGGCUGAAUGGUUUUUAUCUGCUGUCACAUUCUAUGUUUCUAUGUUUCUGUGAUAUAUUAAUGAAGGAAUCUAAAUAAAACUUCUCAUUUAAAAGUCUUAUACAAUGAUUAAUCUUUAUUCCAUCUUCAAACAUUACAUGAAAGAAAAACAAGGUGAGAAAAAUAAAUAUAAAAACUGUUUGAAAUAACCAGUAGUGUUGAAAAGCAAUGGUGUGUAAAAGACCGUGUGUGUAAAAGACGGUAUUACAUGAGAUGAUUUCACAAAAAUUGUCUCAUGGUUUUAUCUCACAGGUUGUCCUUCCUUGACCAUUUUUGUUAAGUACUAACCACUGCAUGAAGUCCUCAAGACUUGCCAUAUUGGAGAUGCAUUGACCCAGUGGUUUAGCCAUUACUAUUUGACCCGUGUCCAAGCCACUCAGAUCCUUUUGAAUGUCUAUUUUUUCUGCGCCCAAUACAUACAAUUCAAGAAUUGACUGUUCACUUGCCAUCUAAUAUAUCCCACUCCUUGGCAGUCGCCAUUGUAAUGAUAUAAUGAAAGUUAUUCACCUCACCUGUCAGUGGCUUUAAUGUUGUGGCUGAUCUGUGUAUCAACAUUUUUAUGUAUUUAUUUAUUUAUGUAUGUAAUUUUUUGUUGCUAUGGCAAGAUAUAUAUGUAUAUAUAUAUAUUAUAAAAAACUAAAUUGAGAGAUCUGGCACUCUACCUUCAAAUUGUCUGGAUCCAAAUAAUCAAGGUGUUGCACAGCAUUAGGGUUAUAUAUAAAAACAAUGAAGAGAUGAGAACAGUCAAUGGAUUUUCAAAAAAAUAUUACAUUAUAUUUUAGCAAGUGAUAGAAAUCAACAUUUCACUCUGCAGGUCUUUAUCAAGACGUGUAAACACAAGUACAGUGAAUUUAUAAGGCAUCAAGUUUGACAUGUAAUAACUUACCCAAUGCUGGUGUUUUUCUUACCUCAGUCUGUGCCCUGGCGCCGUGUAGUGCAAUGAGAGUGACUGCGCAUGCGGGGAGGACGUGCACGUGAUGACGUGAUGCGUGCAAUGUCAAAAAUAUCUUAGUGAACGCAUCCCGUUACUGUGGUGACGCUAAAGAAACAAUGUGAAAAAUAAUGAUGAUGCAAUUACUAAACUAUUUUUGAUGUUGCACUUUUUUCAGGGAGGCAUGGUACACCCUAACGAUGUUAAGAGGUUAACCAUCCAACAUAACACAAAAAAUAUCAGCAAAGGCAAAAAUGUUAUACCAGUUAGUCAUAUUAUACAUUACCAAAGAUUAAUGAUCCUUUAAUGUGGUUUUCUCAAAGUGGACGGAAUGGAAGAUGUCUGCAUAUUUAGGCAUGCCUAGGUGUCAACUCUCAACUAUCCAGCUCUUGCUCCUCAGCUCUCCAGACCUUUCACUUACAAAUCUUCCUUCUUAGAUUCUCCCUACUUCUUUUUAUUUCCUUCAAAACCCCCUCCAUUUUCCCAUUAGCCACUCAAAAUAUGUUUACUAAUGGGAGUAUUGAUUUUGAUUGGUCAGGGAUGCCUGCCUUCUGGUAGUACUGUAUUCACAUAACCUGCUCAUCUACCUUUGGCAGAUAUGGUGGUAACAUAUGCCAACCAUUUUAUGAACAGGUGGCAUAUUUUGGGGUUUUCCUUUUCAAGAGCCAGUAUAAUUUAUCAGUAAUAUAAUACCAAAUCAAGAAUUUCACUUGUUGAUAAGUCAUUAUCCCCCUGUAACAGCACUGGUGGGGUUUAACUAAUUCAGCUCUACAAGCAAAAAUUUAUACCUGAUUACCUCUGGUAGGAAGAGGUUCUGUUACCUUAUCACAUGUCAAGUGGAGGUUAAUGUAUUAUGACUAUUGCUGCCUUGGCACAUUGUUAAUACCUUAUAUUUAUACACAUACCUUAGACUUGUGAAUGUAUAUGUACAUAAAUAUAUACACACACACAGUUACAUGCACAUACAAAUCUAUUUAUGGAGCAACAUUGUAUAUCAGCUGACAUUAGUAGUUUUCAUCACUAAAGGAAAACUACAGUGGUGGAUGUUCUGGUUUCAUAAUAUUCUGUAUAAGGUUUCCAGACUGAUAAUAAUAAUAAUAAUAAUAAUAAUAAUAAUAAUAAUGUUGUAUUAAUUGGUAUCCUAUAGAAAUUAAGAUGAUCCUCAAUUACUUAUAUUUAGAUAUUUCCAUGAAUGUUAAUUUGUUAACAUUUAACUUCCCAAGAGUUCAAAAGUUUCAGGUCUGAUCCUGAGUCAAUUUAGGUGUCUUUGUUUACAAACUUUAUGUCCACACAAGGUACCUUGUUCUACAUAUUUAGUGUCUUAGAGUAGAAAGAAUAGACAUCAUUGGAACAUUUCAGCUUGUUUAUAGACUAGACAAUUAUCCACUGUUUUUGGUUUAAAUAGUCCUACAGAAACUCAAAUUUUCAGGAUAAAAUAACAAAUCUAUUGCAUUGCUGCAGUUUUGUUAUACUAUGGUCAAGUACAACUUUGACCCUGAGAAAAGUAAUUGAAAGCAGAUUCCCAAAAUACUUAACAGUUUAAUUCCCAAUUAGGUUGACUGGAAAUGAAAUAACGCCAACCAUCUUGAUAUAUACGUAUUCAUAUAUGAUCAAACAAAUUCAUAAAUGCAUCUUUACACAAAUGUUCUGACAUAUUAGUCAUGAAGAAAGGCCCGAACAACUGCAUUGAUUUUCUUUAGAAAAAAAGGCCCCUCAGAGUGGAUAUAACAACUAUACAAAUAUAUUCAGGGUCAGUACAAACCGCUAUUUGCUACUCUGUUCACUAGCAGGAAUAUACAACAGACUAAAGGUCACCCAUGAAGACUAGAGAGGCGGUCUCGCUUACAGCAGAGGAAAGGGUUCUUUACAAUAAGAACAAUAAAAAUAUGUUGAAUUCGCUGCCUAAAGUUGUAUUAACAGAUAAUCAGAUUUAAGAAAAAAAGGCUUGGAUGCUUUUUUUUUGCAAAAAAGACUAUUCAAGGACAUAAAUUAUAUGCAUGUGAACAGGUCGUUGAUCCAAGGAUAAAUCUGAUUUCCAUUAUGGAAUCAAUAAGGCUUUCCCCCCCCAUUUUGUGGCAUCAUUUUAACCCCUUAAGGACGGAGCCAAAUGUACACGUUGUGAACGAAACAAAAUGUAAACAAAACCUGGCAUUUGCGCUACAUGUCUGUCCAACCGUAAUUCACCUCUUUCAUAGUAAAUGCACCCACCCUUAUUAUAUAUCAUUUUAUUCAGGGGAAACAGGGCUUUCAUUUAAUAUCAAAUAUUUAGCUAUGGAACAUAAUUUAAUAUGAAAAAAAUGGGAGAAAAUACGAUUUAUUUUUUAUUUUUUUAGUUCUACAUGACAUUUUAACGGUCAAUGUCAUAAUACUGUUUGCUUUUACUGCAAUAAAAUACACAUAUUUGUAUUCAGCGAUGUCUCACGUGUAAGACAGUACCCCCUAUGUACAGGUUUUAUGGCGUUUUGGGAAGUUAGAGGGUCAAAUAUAGCAUGUUACAUUUGAAAUUGAAAUUCGCCAGAUUGGUUACGUUGCCUUUGGGACUUUAUAGUAGCCAGGAAUGAAAUUUACACCCAUAAUGGCAUACCAUUUGCAAUAGUAGACAACCCAAGGUAUUGCAAAUGGGGUAUGUCCAGUCUUUUUUAGUAGCCAUUUGGUCACAAACACUGGCCAAAGUUAGCGUUAGUAUUUGUUUGUGUGAAAAAUGCAAAAAACGCCAAUUUUGGCCAGUGUUUGUGACUAAGUGGCUACUAAAAAAGACUGGACAUACCCCGUUGCAAUACCUUUGGGUUGUCUACUAUUGCAAAUGGUAUGCCAUCAUAGUAAUUUUCAUUCUCGGCUACCAUAGGUCUCAAGGCACCGUACCAAUCUGGCAAAUUUUAAUGUGAAAAAAUGAAAGCAAGCCUUAUAUUUGGACGCUGUAACAUUAAAAAUCAGCAACGAAAAAGUAAGAAAUUGCUGAACAAAUAUUUGUAGCCAAAAUAGUAAAGUAUCACAACAAUAAUAUCGUCCGUGUAAGUGCUGUUUGUGCAUGAAAAAUGCAAAAAUGUCACUUUUACUGGCUAUAUCAUCAUUGUAAUACAUUUUACUGUUUUGAAACACUAAUAUUUGUGUUCAGCGAAGUCUCCCGAGUAGAACAGUACCCCCCAUGUACAGGUUUUAUGGUGUCUUGGAAAGUUAUAGGGUUAAAUAUAGUGCUAGCCAAUGAAAUUCCCUUUACUUUCGGCAUGGGUUGUCAUGAAGGUCCCGCUAAUUGUAAUUAAUUAAGAUACCUAAUUAUGUAAAAAUAUUACAUAAAUAUAUAUGUAGAAUUAAUAUAUGUAUAUAUAUAUAUAUACGUAUGUGAAUCUAUAUGUGUAUAUCUAUAUAAUUUUUUUUAAAUAUUUUUAUUUAUAUAUAGGUAUAUAUAUAGUGAUAUAUAUGUAUAUAUUUAUGUAUGUAGAUAUAUAUAUUAUUUCGUUCUAUGUGUAUUUUGAUAUAAAUAUAUAUAUAUUAAUAUCACAAUACAGUUAGAAUGAAAUAACACACAUCUAUAUAUUUUUAAAUUAAUUUUUUUAAAUUAUUUUUUUAAUUUUAUUUUUUAACGUAUUUACAUAUUUAAUUUUUAUAUAUUAUAUAUAAAUAUAUAUAUAACAAUAAUUAUAUAUAUUUAACCAGUAUCAGUCUACGUGUAAUUUGACAUUAAUAUAUAUAUAUAUAUAUAUAUAUAUAUAUAUAUAUAAUUAUAUAUAUAUAUUAAUAGUAAAAUACACCUAGACAGUGUAUGUGUGUGUAUGUAUUUGUGUAUAUAUAUACUUAGAUCAUAUAUAUAUAUAUAAUAUAUAUAUAUGAUCUAAGUAUAUAUUUUUUUUUUACUCUAAUACAUUUAAUUUUAAUUUUAUUUUCAGCCAGCAGGGGGACCACCUGUCAUUACAGGCAGCCCCCCUGCUGGCAAUACAGAAGCCAGCUAUCCCCGGCCAUUUGAUUGUGGGGUCCUCGCUAGGACCCCACUCUCACAUGGCCAGGGGUCACCGGAGGAGAAGGAUUUGCCGCGGGGGGGCUCCCUGGGAGUCCCCCCCACCGCGAUCGCCAGCGUGGGACCGCCGGCGACCAGGUAAGUGAACAAAAACCGGAGGGCGUACAAUUACGCCCGGCGGUGUUUAGAGCCGCCUAAAAUAGGGCGUAAUUGUACGUCCUCUGGUCUAAAGGGGUUAAAUGGCUACAAGUGGUUUUUUUUUUGCUUUCUUUUGGAUCAACAGCACAAAAGAAUGGGUAUCAAGGUAAUACUUGAUGGACUUUGGUCUUUUUUUUUAAACCUAGGCUACGAUGUAACUAUGUGACUAUGUAACAAUGUAACAGACAAUUUCAGUGAAAUCAGCUCAUGGAAUACUGUCUGUCAUGGAACUGGUCCUUAGGUCACAGAAUAACUCACCACGGUCAAGGGAUUCCAGAAAGCAGGACAACGAGAUAACUAAGAAGGGUCAAGUUACUCAGAGGUCAGAAUGGUCAAAAGAAUAGCUGGGUCAAAAACACAAUAAACUACAUGCACUAAAUGGAUCAAGGAAUAAUAGUACAUGAUAAUUAAUUGCACAAGAGGGCAACUAACACUUGUCAUGGCACCUUAUUAAAAUGAUUUGACAUAGCCACACACAAAAAACAUAGGGAGGCGUUGAGGAGAGCGAUGACGUAGACUUCGUCAUAAGACAGAGAGGAAGCGUUUGGCAUCUGAAAUGCCAUAAGAAGAGGCAGAGGGAAGGAGAGACUUGCGGUUCCAUGUGAUUGGUUGAAGUACGUUCGCUGAUGCCUUGACACUGACGGACUGUGGAGAAUAUUCAACAAGUCCUUUUAAAUAUCCCUGUGUUUUAUCCAUUGGACCUUCAGACCAGUGUGGUAUAGUACACUGAUGGUUAUUUAAAAUAGCUUGAGUAUUUUAUUUUCUCACAGUGGUUUUCUUUUAUGUAAUGUGUGAAGAUUAAAUAAUAAUUAAGUGUUGGUAAAGACCUUUAAAUGAGCGCAUUUAUUAGAAGGAUUACUUUCUCAAAUUUCUGCUAUCGAAGCACGCUAAGUCACUGCCAUCUAGCAGACCAGAAACACAUUGACAUUUGUAUAGCUCUGAAAACAAUGCUUGCUAUAAACAUUUCCUACACUAUAUUUGUCAAUAUAUUGUGAUGCUCUGCUACCCUCUUGUGGAUUAGAAACAUAUAUAUCUCAGAAGUUAUAAAAAUAUGCCAGAUAACCUUUAGAAAGUGUUUUUCCAAAUCAAAUUCAUAAGGUUUACUUACCAGGAUUAUUCUUUAUUCCCUAUUAACACUUUAAUAGGACCGUUGCACUUUAAUAUUUGUUUUUUAUAUUUUUUUAAAUUUAUAAUACAUUUAAUUAUUUGAUACCUAUCCUGACACAAUUGUUGCUGCUAUGAAGGUGACAAUCUGGCACGCAUAUGACAUUGACAUUGGAUAGCCUCCCCCUUCCCCCCCAAGGAUUCUAGAUGAGGCACCUUUAUCAACAUUCCCUCUUGUGAGUGCUUUUAAAACAGCAAAUUAUGAUUUUUUUCAAAACUAUAUUUCACUAUAUUUCUUCUGCAGAUUUUUCUUCUGCAGAUUUUUCUUCUGCAGAUUUACAGCUGUAUCCCCAUACACAUUGAACAUUGUCUAUUAAACUUUUAUUUUUUUACACAAAUUACAUUUAUCUAUGCACCAUGCAAGCAACACAGUCUUUUUUUUUUAAAAGUGUGAAUUUGGGGGGGUGUGGCUACGCACUGCAUGGAAGCAGUUGCAUAAGACAAGAGUUCCGCCGAAACUAUGGGCCCAACAGCGUAACUCACAAUAAAUCUGCCACUACAAACAGCUCAACAGGCCACCAAUUAUAUCUCAACAACGAUGACAACAAAAUCGAACAAAACACUUAAACAAAAAAUGAUUGACUUACAUCUAAGCUCUCAACAAGCAGAGCACUCGCGGGACCAAGAUGGCGCCGGAACACCCGGUUCACCUGCAUCUGAAUCCGAAGCAAGAGACAAUCAGAGCUGUUAUAAUACCACAGCCUCGAUCCCUACCAUGGACGCCUCAGUGACAAGUUAAAAUCAGCCCUGUGCUCAGAUUUCCAACGGAUAGCGUCAGACAUUAGAACUGACAUCCAAGCACUAGGUGAUAGGACGGCCCACCUAGAAGAAAAAACGGAGGGACUACUGGAAGCACAAAAUGAUCAGGCCCAUACAGCACUGGAAAACAAGAUUAGAGACCUAGAGGGGAAAUUGCAGACAAUGAAGAUAGAGACAGAAGAAAUAAUAUUAGAAUUCGGGGUAUACCUGAAUAUAUAGGUCCACAAGACCUCACCCAAUUUGUACAAACACUGUUUAAGUCUCUAAUACCAAUGCUGACAGAGGCAGACCUCCGCCUAGACAGAACCCACAGACUACCAAAACCAUGGCAUCUGCCCACUACUACUCCCAGGGAUGUCAUAACCAGAGUCCACUAUUUCACAGUCAAGGACCGAAUAAUGCAGACAUCAAGAGUCAAUACAACCCUUCCAGAAGAAUAUGCAGAUAUAAAAUUGUUCAUCGUUCUCUCAGCAGCCACCAUGACCAAGAGGCAAUCAUUUGCGCCCAUCACUGCAGCCUUUAGAAAUGCCAACAUUGUGUACAAGUGGGGAUUCCCUACCAAGCUGCUCAUCAAGAGGAAUGGAAUGGACCGAUCAAUUCUCACUCCCGAAGACGGCAUAAAGUUGCUGGAGGAAUGGAAUAUUCCUGUCCCACAAAGCGAGAGACCAAGAUCUGACAUACUGCCACCACGCAAAAUGCCAAGGGACUGGCCACAAGUUCUGUGGAUCACAACUACCCAACGAGACCAAGGGAAACACCGUCCUUAAACUUCAUCCCGCUACGCACCGAGACAAAUAACAUAAUACUUUUUCACGAUGUUUGUUUGUUUGUUUCACUAGUUGAACUAUGUUCAAAAAGUGUAUAGAUACCGCAUAAGUAGCCAGCAACUCUAGGUCCACACUUGGCGAGUUGUCAAUAUUGUUAAAACUUUAUUGUUAAAAUCAUAAUUACCUUUUCUUUUGGUGACUAAUACUAGUCAUUUGUGACACGUAGCCACUACUAACCCCCACAUACGGCUUAUCACGUAAGCCUUACGACACCCAUCUGCUUACCUUUGCAUCAGGCCCUAGGGGCUAACGGGCAAGUGUAUAUAGUUUUUACUCCUCCCCCUACCCCCAUACCAAACCCACCCUAACCAACCCCCCAGUCUAGGUAACAGUACAUAACACUUAAGCUACUUCCUCAUUUGACAAGGUCAUAGAUAACUACACAAACGCCACCGACAAAGAAAAAGACACCAUGCAACUAAAAUUCUUUUCACUAAAUACUAAAGGUCUGAACUCAACCACGAAGCGCAGACUUGCCCUCCAAGAGGCUAAAAGUCAAGGAGCGCAUGUGGAAUUCUUUCAGGAAACCCACUUCAAGUGGGGAUCCAAACCCAGGUUUAACUCUUCUUGGUUCCCAGUCGAUUACCACACUUGCUACCAUAAGAAAAAGAGAGGUGUAUCAAUACUAAUAAAUAAGAAUGUUGUUUUUUAAUUAAUCUGUACGAUUGGAGACAAAAAGGGCAGAUAUCUUAUAGUCCAAUGUCGUCUAAAUAACCAGCCAUAUACACUAAUAAAUCUGGAUAGCCCUAAUGAAAACAAAUCUGUAUUCAUGGAUAAUGUAUUCUCUCUCUUGUCAAGGUACAGCUUUGGGGAGGUAAUUCUUGGAGGCGAUACUAACUUUCUACUGGACAUAAAUACGGAUUCAUCCACCUCGAAAACGGUAACCACUACAAAUUUAAAACAACGCCAUAAACAAACAUCUCAAAUUUGUCAAACACUAACGGCACACAACUUUGUGGACCCAUGGAGAAUAUCACAUCCAGCAGAUAUAGACUACACCUGCUAUACUGCUGCACACAAUAGUUACUCUAGAAUAGAUAGAUUUUUUAUUAAAGCCGCAUCACUAGAGAGACUAAUAAACGCAGAUAUUGGCAUUAUUUCCUGGUCGGAUCAUGCCCCCACUACACUGACUUUGACCGAACAAUUCCCCUCCAAUGGUCAGUCGGCCUGGAGACUUAAUGAAUCCCUGCUCAAUGAACCAGUAAUAAUGUCACAUUACCGCGGACCUCCAAAAUAAUUUCGCAGAAAACGUAUAACCUGGCACAUCACCAGAUUAUGUAUGGCUAGCCCAUAAGGCUGUGAUGAAGGGCAGCUUCAUAAAACAUGCCAGCCAGGCCAAAAAAUAUGCCAACCGCAAUACUUAGAAAUAAUGGAGGAAAUAACCUCGCUAACACAUAAAAAUAAACAAUCACCAACACCUACUAAACAAGCAGCCUUCUAAAAGCUCAAUCUAAACUAAGAGAUUUGGAACUGGCUAAAACCACAUGUUUGUUACAAAAAACAAACAUAAAUAUUUUACUUACAGAGCGGGAGCAAAGUUGGCUUCACAGCUCAAGCAAAAAUCAACCGCCUCCAGGAUUGCCUUCCUAAACAGCAGUAAAGGUACAAAAAGUAUUGAUCCGAAGAAAAUCGUAAACAAAUUCUCAGACUACUAUCACAAAUUGUAUAAUCUAAAGGAACAUAGAGAACUCACAGAAAUUGACACCUUCUUAACAGACAUAAACUUACCUACCCUGACACAAAAUACCAUACGCCAACUCAAACAACCGAUAUCCUCUGACGAAGUGUCCAACGCAAUAGCAGAACUACCAUUGAAUAAGGCCCCAGGACCAGAUGGUCUCCCAAACAGAUAUUAUAAAGAAUUCUCCCGGGUCCUAACCCCCCACCUUCUGAACCUAUAUCAAAACAGCAACGAAAAGGGAACCUUACCAACAGAACUACUCUUAGCACACAUCUCAACCUUACCUAAACCCGGCAAGCCCCCUAGAACCUGCAAAAAUGUUAGAACAAUAUCUUCUAUUUUAAAUAGCAACGCAAACAUUUACGCAAAAAUCAUAAGCAACCGUCUAGCGUCUAUAAUAGAAAGGUUGGUCCACAACGACCAAUCGGGGUUUGUCAGGGGAGCCCAGGGCUCAGACAACACCCGAAAAGUGCUCAGUAUACUGGCCACAAUGGAGAGGGGUCAGUUAGGGGCUCCUCCUAGCACUAGAUGUGGAGAAGGCAUACAACAGACUCAACUGGACAUACAUGCAACAGGUGCUCCACAAAUAUGGAUUCCCUACAGAAUUCAUCAGAGGAAUUAUGGCACUAUAUACAACGCCAGCAGCCAAAGUGGCCCACGGCGGUUUCCUAUCUGACACCUUCACAAUUUCAAACGGAACACACCAGUGAUGCCCUCUUUCCCCUCUCCUCUACAUUCCAUCCCUUGAACCAUUGGCCCGGAAAAUACGUGAUGACCCAAAGAUACAAGACAUCAAACUUUCAGGACGUGACUAGAAACUGGCGCUAUUCGCCGACGAUAUUUUAGUAAUGUUAGGAAACCCCCAGAUGUCAGUAAUACCUCUUAUGGAAACCCUGAAAGCAUUCGGAGACAUAUCACAUUACAGCCUAAACCAGGAUAAAACCCAAGCUCUCCCCAUUACACUCACCUCACCCAUCAAAUCUAGGCUGAAAGAAAAAAAAACCUUUGACUGGAAACAAUUAUCACUUACUUAUCUUAGUGUAAACAUUGCGCCCUCAAUAGGUGAAAUACUUAUACUAAAUCACCUCACACUCCCUCAUCAAUGCAAAAAAGAAAUUCAUAAAUGGUCGCAAACUCACAUAUCCUGGCUAGGGAAACUCAACGCAUACAAAAUAACGAUACUGCCAAAAAUACUCUAUAUAUUCAGAAUGCUUCCCAUUCCGGCCCCACAAAUAUUCAUCAAAUCCCUACAAAACAUAUGUAACACAUUUAUUUGGGGGAACCAAAAAUCACGCAUAUCAAGCACUAUACUCUACAAACAUACAAAACAAGGCGGAGUGGGGUUGCCCAACAUAAGCCUAUAUUACAAGGCUUCAGCCCUGUCGUCAGGCAUCCUACUACACACCACAGAGGGAACUAUUCAAUGGGUGGACAUGGAAAGAGCCCAAUUUGACAAAACUAAAGCACUAGAUUUCCUAUGGACACCAAGAAAGCACGGACCGAAUAAGCCAGAUCUAUUGCCAACCAUGAAACUGACUGUCCAGACUUGGACAAUGUUUUUAGACAAAUUGGGGGCCAUGGACACAUUCCACCCUAACGCACCAUUAACAGCACUAAAAGCUAUAUCACCAGAUAUGCGUAUCCAGACAUGGUCACAAGUCGGAAAUCACGCAUAUUCACCAAUUAUUACAACCCCAAGGGGUGAUGACCUUCACAGACAUACAACAGAAAUGGGAAUUACCUGCCGUCACUAUUUUCACAUAUUUAGAAUUGAAGGGACUCUUCACUACACAUGCCCAUAGCCAACAUUCUAAUCCCAAUCAAGCCUCCCCACCAGCGAAGGCGAUAAUAGAAAGAUGCUGGAAAGGCCCUACGAAACAAAAAAAGCAUCUCCCUAUGUUACAAAACUACACCGCACUGCAAAAUAUUGUGGGAGGCGGACUGUGCCAUCCAAAUCACAGAUGAAGAAUGGAUACAUGCAUUAAAUGAUCUAUCUAGAUGGACAAAAUGCUACACCCAUAUAGAAGCACACAGAAAACUGCUCUAUAGAUGGUACUGAACCCCAAGUAAACUUCACAAGAUAUACCCCAACACGUCCCCCAUCUGCUGGAGAUGCUCGGCAGCAGAAGGCACAUAUAUACAUAUAUGGUGGACAUGCCCUGACAUCCAACCCCUAUGGAGAGAUGUACAUCCCAGAUGUUAAGAACACCCCAGAGAUCAACCUACUUAUGCGGUUAACUUCACAAUUCAAAAAAAUCACACAAACAACUGAGUGCAAUCACCAUUCUAGCAGCCCGCAACUUACUGGCUUUACAAUGAAAAUCCACAACAUGCCCAACCAGAGCCCAAUUAUGGGACAAAAUACAACAAUACUACAUAUAUGAACGUAUGACCAUCCCAGAUACUAAGAAGGCACAAUAUUUCACACAACAUGGUCUCCCUGGUUAACCCUACAUGACAACAAUCAGUAAAGAGCUUAUAAAUCCACAAAGAUGAUCUUAUAUACCACUCCACUACACACAUAAACACAAUGUAUAGAACUGCAACAGAAUGCAUGUCAAUACCCAUCAACUGACACUAUAAACGGAAUACGAUGCCUAACGUAGGCACACGUAUGAUGUACCACAAACACAGAGAGUGGACUAUACACAAAGGAAUAACUAUUCAUGAUAUCCGAAUGUAUGUGAUGCCUAAUAUCGCCAAACAACUUAUAUAAAGCCUUGUAUAAAGCUGCAUCUUACCUAAAUGUAUAUUGUACCUACCAUCACCCAUGUAUUCGAUGUUACUUGUAUUGUUACAAUGCUUUGCAAUACCCACUGUUGAGUCCUGUGGCAAUGACGAAAACUAAUAAAAAUUAUACUGAAAGAAAAGUGUGAAUUUGCUGAAUGACAGAUUAACCUUUCUGGUUAAUAGCUGACUUACUACAUCCAAAAUUCACGAGUGAAGCUAAGCUAUGGAAGAGAAAUCUUCUUUGAUCAAAAUGGUGACCCACCCGCAGUAUACGAUAUUGUAAACUGGCAAGUGAGCGCAGAUGGCUCCAUGAAGCACGUGAAAGUGGGCAGCUACGAUACCACAACAGCAGAUAGAAAUCCCUUUCUUCUUAAUGCAAGUGCUGUGAUGUGGGCAACUGGCCAAGGGCAGGUAAGAUGCUAAAAAUAUUUUCAUGCAUCACUAAUAUCGUUCAUAGCAUUGUAAAAUGUGCAGACAAAAAUAGAGUAGCUUGGCAGAAUUCAAAGUUUAGACAUAUCAAGUGACUAUCAGAUUGAUUGAUUGAUUGAUUGAUUGAUCAAUUAAUUGUCUGACUGACAGCCACUAGUGUCUGACUGACAAAUGUAAACAUUGCCUUUUUUCACAAAAAGCAAUGCUUGCAAUUGUCAGAGUGCUUGGACAGCACCUAGGCAUCAAAACCUCUACAAUAAACUGUAGAGAAUUGUCCCUUUAAUUCCUGACAAUAUGAAAAAUGUCUCAUUAUUUUGUUGAAUUACUUUUUGGUAGUGUUUAUGAUGGCCUCCUAGAUGUCAAGGAAUUGACAAUGUUGGCUUUUAAAUAACAAAACAAAAAAAUAACAAGCAGACAAAAAACAAUAAAAAAAACAAAGUUAGCGUAAAGUUUUAGGAACAUAUUUGGAAAGAUCAGAUAGAUGUCCUUUAGAUGUUAAAUGGUCAUGUUCUGUUUUGGAGUUUUCCAGGAAUUAGUCAUCAGGGACAUAACAAUACUCAUAUUAUAAAAUAAUAGUUUGUUGAACAUUAUCCUGCAGGUUCCUGUCUCUGUCUGUACUCAGAGCUGUCCAGCAGGAUUUAGGAAGGUGCUGAGGAAAGAUUUGCCUAUCUGUUGCUUUCAAUGUGUGCCUUGUUCCCAGGGUGACAUUUCCAAUAAAACAGGUUAGUGUAUUUAUUGAAACAUUAUUUACAAAAAUGUUGGUAUUUCUAGUUUUAAUUAUUCAGAACUACUUAUCUUCUAAAUAUAAUAUAAAAGUGAUAAAUCAUGCCCCAAGGAUAAAUGGAUAUUAAUAAUGUAUUCAAAUAUUAUAAAUAAAUAUUAUUAUUAAACAUAGCAAGUUAAAAAUAAAUCAAUAUGAGUAUACUUGGUAUAUUGUUUGCAUUUUUUAAGAAUUAACAAGACACAUUUCAGUUUUUUUCAUUUUAAAAUUUUCUUUCAGGCUCACUUGACUGCUUCAAGUGUCCAUGGGAUAAGUGGCCCAAUGCUCAGAAAGACAGAUGUCUCCCAAAGAACAGAGAGUUUCUUUCCUUUGAAGAGCAUUUGGGUGCUGCAAUAACUGCUACAGGGGUUAUCUCAUCUUUGCUGCCAAUUUUCAUCUUUGGACUUUUCAUGUGUUAUAAGAACACCCCAAUUGUCAGAGCAAACAACUUCUCUCUAAGUUGUCUUCUCCUUAUGUCAAUGUCCCUCUGCUUCCUCAGCUCAUUAGCUUUUAUAGGUCACCCUCUGCCUGAGAAAUGUCUAUUACGACAAGUUGCAUUUGGCACAGUUUUCACACUUUGUGUAUCUUGUAUUUUAGCCAAAACAAUCAUGGUGGUUUUAGCAUUCAUGGCUACAAAACCUGGUAGCAUUUUAAGGAGAUGGGCCAGACCUUGGGUUUCAUACACGAUUAUUGCUUUAUCCACCUCUUUACAAUUAAUUUUGUGCAUCACAUGGAUAUUAUUUGCGCCUCCUUUCCCAAAUGACAACAUCCAUACCCAUCCAGAAAUUAUCAUUGCUGAAUGUAAUGAGGGUUCAUCUACUGCCUUCUGGUGCAUGUUGGGAUACCUUAGUCUCCUGGCCACUAUCAGUUUCAUUGUUGCCUUCUUUGCUAGGAGACUUCCUGACAGCUUCAAUGAAGCCAAGUUUAUCACUUUCAGCAUGUUGGCCUUCCUUAGUGUCUGGGUGUCCUACAUCCCAGCAUCUCUCAGUUCCAUUGGGAAGUACAUGGUGGCCAUGGAAGUUUUUGCCAUCCUAUCUUCAAGCUGGGCCAUGAUGACUUGCAUGUUUGCUCCAAAAUGUUUGAUUAUAUUGUUGAGACCUGAGAUGAAUUCAAGGGAACAUCUCACGGGAAAGGUUAAAACAUAAAUAUAAAAGACUAAACAUUAAAUCUAGUAGCAUUUGUGAAAUUGAACAUAUGAAUAUUGAAUCUCUGUUAUUUCUAGGGACACUGGAAUUAAGCCCUAGAUCCACUUUAAUUGAUUUUAAAAAAUACAUAACAUGUUAAAAAAUACCCCCUUUGAAGUUCUUGAAUUUAAUGCAUACCCUGAGAGGCUACAACUACAGCUUCUGUUACUAAAGAGAAACAUGUACAUAUCUUUUGGAUAAAUAGCAAAAUCAUAUGUGAGGCUGAACUUGAUGGACGCAAAUCUCUUUUCAGCUACGUAACUAUGAAAUAUGUAUAUUUUUUCGAAAUAAAAUGAAGUAAAGGCUGUGUUGUUUAAAUAAACAAUAACUAAACAUGUGCAGUUCCAGUAUAGCUGACAAGUAGACCCCCCACUAAUUUAAAUGUAGCACAGAGUAUAGAAAUAGAUAAAAACUUUAGGACAAAUUAUAGUACAGUCACAGAGAACUCUCUUUUGAAGACACGUUACUGCACUGGCAUGUCAUUUAUUAUAGAUUAUUGUAUGUAAAUAUAUUUAGACUCUGCCCCUACAACCUCACUGCCCCAUCCUUUCCCUUUAACAUAUUUGAACACACAUUUACUGAGCUAUGUAGUGGUCAAGCGAGUGGGAUGUCCACUUCACUGUGAUUGAGAAUGAGGAAAUAAUUUGGAAGUUAAAUGGAAACUACAGUGUUAGAAAUGCAAAUGAGUAUUCCCAGGCUGGUUAAAGACAUUGUGCUGCCUGGGUCCAAGGAUGAAAUGUUGCCCCCUAGGGCAAAAACCAUCAUAUCCAUUAUGUUAUGCAGUGUAUGCAGUGAAUUCAGUGUCUGUGCAGGGGAUGCAGUGUGUGUGGUGAAUGCAUGUGUGCAUAUGUAUAGUGGAUGAAGUGUGUGUGUAGUGGAUGAAGUGUGUGCGUAGUGGAUGCAGAGUGUGUGUGUGAAAAUUAGAUAUCGUGGAUGCAGAGUGUUUGUAUAGUGUAUGCAUGUAUGUGUAGAGGAUGCAGUGUGUGUGUAGUGGAUGCAGAGUGUGUGUAGUGGAUGCAUAAUAUGUAUGUGUAGUGGAUGCAGUGUGUGUGUAGUGGAUGCAGUGUGUAUGUAGUAGAUGCAGAGUGUGUGUGUAGUAGAUGCAGUGUGUGCAGUGGAUGCAAUGUGUGUGUUUGUUGUCUCUUGCAGACUAUGUGUGUAGUGGAUGUUGAGCUCAUUUGUAUACACCUACCCAGAAUCCCUUGCAGCAGUGAGAGCACUGUUAAAGUGAGAUUUUUGUGGAAAAGCAAGUCUUAUGGCUCGAUUGAUGUGUGUAUUUUAGUUUAGCAAUGUAUUAACUAUCCAUUUACUUCAGGUGGAUGGGGUUUUCAUCCACACUUUUUUCCCCACCACAACCUAUUUGAUAUGUAUAUAUUUAUUUUCUCACCCCUCCUGGGUGGUAUGUUUAUUCCACAUUCUUGAGUCCUCUACCAAAGGCCUGGGAGUUUGAGGGUUCUGUGCAGUUCUGGGUUCUGAUUUUGAGGGUUCUGUGCAGCUGUUCCUAGAACUGCAUUCUUCUGGACAGCAAUCUCAGAUAUCCAACCUGGAAUCUGUUGAAGCCCCAAGUGUUCCUAUCACAACUGGAACCUCUUACUGCCUUCACUUUCCACAUCCUUUCUAGUUCUUCUUUCAGUCCUUGGUAUUUCUCCACCUUCUUAUGUUCCUUCUUCCUGAUGUUAUAGUCACUCGGUAUUGCCACAUCCACCAUGACAGCAGUCUUUCAUUCCUUGUCUACAACCAUGAUUUAGGGUUGGUUAGCACUUGCUUGUCUGUCUGUAUCUUGAAGUCCUACAUGAUCUUAGCCCUGUCAUUCUCAACUACCCUUUGUGGUAUCUCCCAUCUGGACUUAGGCAAGUCCAAUCCAUAUUCUGUACAGAUGUUUCAAUAACUUGGUUGUUGGUGCUGGACUGUACCUUGGGUCUAUUGACCUGGUGCUGAGUGACUGUUCCUGUGCUGCUAGGAUUAGUGCCUUAGUGCUGUGUUUCAGUCCACUGGUAAAAUGUUGUCAUGUGAGCCACAUCCACUAUCUGCCGGUGGUACACCCCAUGGAGAGGUUUGUCUUACCAAGGAACCUCCUCUUUUUCUGCAUCUUCUAUCUGAUGAAGUCUUAGGCAUUCCCUUAGCAGGUUCAUCUUUGGGAGCCAUCUUCAUGCUGUACUUGUGGAUGAUCUAUGGGCUGUGUCUUUGACAAUCAUCAAGCCACGACCUCAUUCCUUCCGGAAGGUGUACAGUCUCUGGGUGCUGGAUUUCGUGUGGAAUCCUCCAUUUAUAGUGAGUAGUUUUCUGGUCUUGACAUCCAUGUUGACCAGUUCUUCUCUACAGCUUUUAUUUGGCCUUCUGGAACUUCUUUUUGCUAUCAUCCGCCCACCCUUCUCUACUCCGAACGACAUUCUGAUGUCCUUGCUCUAUAUCCUAGUUAGGUGGAUCAGUGAGUCAAUGUGGAAUUCAUUCUUGUCCUAUGGCAAAAAGGCCUAUGUAGAACAGCAUUGGGGAUAGCACAUCAACUUGGUAUGAUGCCUAUUUUGAUGUAUUGUCCUGGAAUUGGCUUCUAGAGUUGCCCAUCGAGUGCUUGAAGAAGGCUCUUAUUGUCUUGCUGACAUUGUAGAGAUCCAAGCAUUCCAGUAUCCAUAUGUGUGGAAUUUUGCCAUAGGUCUGUCUGGUGUUAGAGUUCCUUGUGAUUGCUUGGUCUACCAGUAGUUGGUGUUCUGAUCCUCUGGUGUUGUUUCCAAUCCUUUUCUGAGUAUUGUUCAUAUAUAGACUCAUAUGCCCUUGGAUCUUGGAGGCUAUGAUGCCUGACAGGAGUUUCCAUGUUGAGAGGAUGCAGGUUAUUUGUUGUCACCAUUCAACUACCAACUCCGUGACAACGUUCUCACCAUGACAUCCAGAUGUGGUCGCUCCAGAAGUGCCCAACAGGGGAUACAAACCUGGAUCCUUCUGUGUCCCAGGCCUGCUGUUUUAUCUCUGAGCCACAAUUCAGCUCAUGUAUCAGCCUGAAGUCUGAUCUUGCCUUAUCUCCAGCACUAGGGGGCUGGACAUUUCCUGUGGCUGCUCCUGUCAAUCUCAGUCCACCUGAUGCAGAUGCCAAAUCUCUCUGAGGGCAGUGUCAGUUCAUUGACUUUGGUUCCUGUAUUUGUAUUCUUGAUCCAGUGUUCUCCAAAUGGCUCCUGACCUUGGUUUAUCUUAUUGUUUAUCCCGACCUCUGGCAUCCUCUGACUUUGGCUUACCUUCAUUUAUCCUGACCCCUGACAUCCUCUGACUUUGGCUUACCCUUGUUUAUCCUGACCUCUGGAAUCCUCUGACUUUGGUGUAUCCUCAACAAUCCUCCUGCUUGUGUCAUUGCCUGUACUGUGACUUGGAGCUAUAUCCUGCACAGCCUCCAUGCACAGAUUCACAGUCCUGGUGGCUUCUAACCUUAUCACCUUGGACUGUGACUAUCUGCAAGGGUAAGUACAAAUCUUUGCCUACCGGUCUACCACCUCAGGUGAGAUCCUGACAGUUCCCUUGUGAAGGUCCUUCAUGACCAGUAUCGUUAUGCCUUGUGUUAGCCAGUCAGGGUGGGAGCCUGUUGCUAGUAGCUGGUUCAUGCAGCACUGUUAACUUCUUUAUCCAGUAGUUGUGGAUCAUGUCAAGUCCUGGGGCUGACCAGCUCUUCAUGUGUGCUGCUCUCUGUUGGAUAUCUUCGACUUUUUUUGAGGACCAGUUCCUAUUCUAGCAGCAUGCAGUGGUCUGCUUUCAGGUCUAGUAGCCACUGGGCCUCGGUGUUAUGAGAUGCUUCUUUCUCCCAGAUAUUCUUCCAGUACUGUUCAGUCUCAGCUUUGGGUGUCUUGCAAGGGGAUGUGGUGGUUACCCUGUAGCUGUGCAUACACCUUGGAUGGUUCUUUGGUAAAGAGAGCAUUGAUACUCUUAGCCUUCUAGUGUAUCUGCUCAGUCUGGUUGCCAGUUUUGUCAGUCUUUGCUUAGCAGUUUCCAGCGCCUCUGGUUUGGACAUAUCCUUGUACUUCCGCAGCAGCCAGGAUCUAUCUUUGAUCAUUCCACCUCUGUUAACUUGAUCCAGCUUAUAAUCUUCCUUCCGUGUUGUCUUUAUCUUGGCUUCCAGUCGUAGUCUCCAUGAUGGGCAUUGCUUCUCUUUGAGCCUGAUGUUGUUGUCAAGUAGCUGGAGGACCACUACUGCUGUUUGUCUCUGUGAUGGUGCAGGACGGGAUUGUGGACAAUGCUUCAUUAACUGCAGCUAGCGUCUUGUCUGGUGGCUACUUUUCAGCUAUCUUCGGUAGUCUUGUCCACUGGUCAAUGACUGCUGGUUUUUCUAGGAUCAUUUCCCUUAUAUCUGUUGUUAUACCAUCUUGGGGUAUCAAUUCAGGUAAGAAUGUAUGAAUUGGAACUUCUUCCUCCUCAUGGUAUAUGGUUGAUUUCUUCUGUCAUCCAUUUAUUUCCAGUUGUAACACUAGAUUUCUCUUGACGAUGUUCAAAUGUUGUGUAAGCUGUUUUGGUGUUAGGGUAGAUGAUAUAUGAUAUAUUUAUAUAUAUAUAUAUGCAAAUAGGAGGUGUCAGGAUCCUAUCCUGACAACGAAGUUUAUGUUUGUUUAUUCCUGUUGCUUUAAUGACUAGUUCCAGCUCUGCACCACUAGUGGCCUCCCUAACCACUAACCUUUGACAUCCUCACCUGCCUGGGCAAAUCAAGAAGCUACAAAAAGCUACACCCAAAUUACCUCAGGGCCUUUACAAGGAAGUUGAUGCUAAUCCUAAAAGACUUCAGUUCCUGGCUCCUGCAAACGUUCCUGUGGACCUACACUUCUAUCCUGCUAACCAGCGUCAUACAAAGCUGUUCCAAACCAGCCUAACCUUCACUUCUGUCCUGCUAACAAUCUUUAUUCCAAGCUGUUCCAAACCAGCCUUACCUACACUUCUGUCCUGCUAACCAUCUUGAUACUAAACUGUUCCAAACCAGCCUAACCUACAAUUCUACCCUGCAUUUUCCUGCCAACCAGCUUUAGACCGACCUGCACCAAACCAACCUAACUUACACUUCUGCUCUGCUUAAUUCUGCCAAAUCAUAUUUACAACCUGUAUAACACCAAUCUGGACUUUACCUCUAAUAUUGCAAGGUGUUAUUUCCAUCCGUUAUUAUUCCUCCUUCCACGAAGGGACUGAUUCUCUAAAGUCUUCUUUUCCUAGUUUUCUGAAACCUUGUUGUUCCGUUCUGUUCUAUUCUUUUAUACUUGUCCCUCUAUAUUCUUCCUAUACUUUAAUCUAUAGGUUCCCUUAUUAUCUACAUUCUGUUUUUUACAUAAGGCAUAUUGCCUAAACCUUUCUGUUUCUCUUAUUUUCCUUCUCCCUAUUAUUUGAUUUAUAAGAUAACCUGUUGUAUUCUAAUAUGUCCGAACUCACAAAUAAAGCCUCUGUUGUUAACACUGGCCAAAGUCUCUUACCUGACCUGCUCAAGAACAUGACAGGUGGCCUAGGCCCCACAGCCGGCACCUUAAAGUGUAGAGGGGCAUCAAAAUGCCACCUGGAGCUGUGGAAAUGUUUUCACUUGCAUGGUUAAAAUUACAGGUACAUAGUAACCAGACCAUUCAUUGUGAUGGAAUUAUCUGGUAAUCUACUCACUGUCCACAUCAGUUAGUACAGUUGCCAUCCUUAUCCCUCAAAUUGAAACAAUCAAUGCCAUGAUCUAUAGUAACCCUUACAAUUAGCUUUCACUUAAAGGGAUACUAUAAGUGCCAGUAAUACAAAGCUGGAUUCCUGGAACUAUAGCUCCCUCUGCCUCGCACUGCCCCCCUCACCCCUCCCCCCCACACCCUCCUCCAUGGUAAAUAAAGGGUUAAAAACCCCUUUAUUAACUUACCUUACCCCAGCGAUAAUGUCUCUUGUCUCUCAGUUGCGGCUCCACCUUCUCAGAUGUCCCACAAUGAGCCGGCGUCACUGCGUGCAUGCAUUAUACCUCCCCAUAGGAAAGCAAAGCAUUGAAUCACUGCAUUCCUAUGGGGAAAAAUCUGAAGCUGGAUGUUCUCAUACAGAGCAUGAGGAUGUCCAUCGUCAGAUACCAGAACAAAGGUCUGUUUGGAUGUCUAAAUCACCUCCAGUAUCCAUCUGGGAGAUAGCCACCAGAGGCAGACUUAUUGCUGCAAUGUAAACAUUGCAGUUUCUCUGGAACUGCAAUGUUUAACAUUCCAGCACUACGAACAAUAGGGACACUGUACCCAGACCACUUCAUUACUUGAAGUGGUUCUGAGUGCCUAUAGUUUCCCUUUGACUACUGUUGUUGAGCUUUAUGAACAAGCCUUCAUCAUUUUACUUUUUUUUAAGGCCUGGCUUGUAUCCUUUACUAGUUUCUAUAGUGGCCUGUUCAGCUGCCACUUGAGGCCAAUAGUGUCAUGUAAUUUCACAAAAAUUAAUAAACGAUAAACAUAUGGAACAUUUCUGGAGAAAACUAGCUGGGGAUAUGAUUAUUUUGGAGAUACUACAAAAAAUUAGAUCAUGAAUUCAGGAUUAUAAAUUUGUUACAAAAUGCUGUAAUGGCAUUGUGUGUGAUAUUUUGAGACUGGUGAUACAAUGUAACCAAUUCCUAUGUAAAUACAAGAACUGAAUUAAAAAAAAAAUACACUUUAGUUUAGAAAUGCUCAGUUCAGAGACACCAAUUAAACGUAGGUACCCAAUGCCAUGCAUAUUCAUUGUUUUGCUGUAGAGACAUUAUUAAUAUAGGUGAUAUGCAUAGUGUAUACACAAAAUUAUUAUCUAGAAGAAGUAGUAUUGUUUUAGAUCAAAGAAAACUUUGAUAAUUUGUCUAUCUACACCUUCCAAAUUGAUUGAUUAAUGCGUGCACGCUUUCCCUAGAAGUAAUUCACACCGGAGACAAAGUUUCUGAUCAGUGAAAAACCAAGGAAUGCUUUAUUCCCCGGAGUGGGGGCUCCUUUUAAAGCAGAAAUACGUCAUGUGCAGAGUCACAGUUAAACAUACAAUAUACAUUCAACAAUUGGUUAACAGUCUAAGGGGUCUUGUCUAAACCCCCCCUACAGGAUGUAGUGUCGUCAUUACAGACUUCUCCCGCAUAUAUUCCAGCUCCUGGAUACACGAUGACAGGGGGAGUGAGUAGUUUCUUUCAGUUACUUUAACAGUGAUUCUCCAUUUUGUUACACGUGGCAUAUAGCUGUUAACUGGCACAAAGGAAGUGGAGGAGGAGUUAGUAAAGGAAGCUGUUAACACAGGAAUUUUGGUUACACGAGGUUUGCUUGAUGGGAAGGGGGAUGCUUAGCAGGAUGUGAGGAAUUUACAGAGGAAACAGCAACUGAACACAUUGUGGGGGGGGGAAGGGAAUAUUUACUCUAGCAGCCAGUUUUAACAUAGUGAACACAGAAUAAAUAGACAUUAGUAAAUAGCCAUUUUAUUUUAAUUCAUCUGUCCAUAACAGUAUGACUGAUUAGAACAUGGGGAGGGUUAACUUGGCUAUAUGUCAGAUCACAGGAAAAUAUUUGCUAGUUAGAUUUCUUCCUUGGAGGCACCCAAACUAGUACAUGUGCCCAGGUGUUAAAUUCUGCACCACAAAGCACAUUCAAGUUCACUCUUACUCAGACUUUCUGACUACACACACUUUGCUUCGUUUCACUUAGCAGACCAUUUGAAUAGGCCACAAGGUGAGAGAGAAGGUGUAAGCAACCUAGAGUCCUUACUGUUAUGCCUAACCUCCACCCUGUACCUCCUUAGGGUCGACUUAGAAUCCUGGGGCAAAGGGUAUAAAGUCCAUGGAAUGCAAUUGAGCCAUAUGCUCACUGGAAGUCAAAUCUAAUUGGGGUGAGCAUUAAUGGUACUCUGUCGGAGGGAAGAUACCAUUACUAUAACAGCAAUGUGAGUCAUUAGGAUUUUCUGUUUAUUUCUUCUUAUUUUUAACUGUUGUUGGUUUAAAUAAUUUGCCAUCGCUUUUAUGUAUGCACUGUGACUAUUUUUUGUUCUAAAUAAAACAUAUCAACAAAUAAUACAUAUCUGUGAGCACCAUAAAACAUAUCAACAAAUAAUUCUAAUCAUGUGUAGUUAAGCAAUGAAAGAAACAAUUCAAAAAGUUAAAAUCUAAUGUCACUGGUGGUGAGACAAGUUAAAUACACAAAGGAUCCAACAACAAUUACAUACAAAAGAAAACAAAACAAAGAAUAACAUCAGAAAAGAAAAAGAAAAGAGAAAAAGUAUGAGAAGAAAAUGAAACCAAAAGACAAGAGAAAAGGUUAGACAAGAAAAACAAAGAAGUAACCUACCAACCCCAUAUUAUUAUUGUUAUUAUUAUUAUUUUAGUAUCAUUAUUUUAUUAUUUACAGAGCGCCAACAAAUUCUGUAGCACUCACAUAAGGAAUUUUGAUACCAGCUGGACUUAAAAAAACACAACAAAAACAAAACAAAAAGUUAUAAAAAAAAAGUGCUGAGAUUGGAAGGAACCAAACAGAACUCCUCACUGGCAGAGUAAACCAUUUGUUCCUGUUUUUUGUUUUUGUUUUAUAGCCUAUUAGCUAGUCAAUCAAAUCCAACCUCCAACUGCGUGACACAACUUCCUUAACUGACAAAAAAAAAGUGACAACAAAGUAACCAGAUCAGGUUGAAGGGUAUAGCACAGUUUAUUUAACUGCAGAAUCAAGGGAGAAUGUUGUGUGCCACAACUGGAGCAAUUUAGGACAUACCCAUCAGAUAUAUUUAAGCCAGCAGCGAAUGGUCUGUGGAAGAUUAAUGUGUGUAAACCUUGCAGGAACUACAUGCCAUCUAAGGAUAAUUUUAUCUGUGAGUUCCAGAUGGGGGGUGCAAUGAGUGAGACCAGCAGAGAACCAGAGUUAUCCUAAUCAUCAUCUGAAAAGUAAACUGUGGGUCCAUUUUCCCAGUGUAACCCAUGAGCUGGAUACCUCGAAACAUAAAUUAGUUCUAAUGUGGUGAAACAGAUAGAGAUACUUUAAGGAGAACAAAAAACAAGUCGCAAGACAGUGCUGAGAACGGACAACAGCUCUAUUAGCCUGCCCUUCGGUGGAUCCCCGCACAGAUCUCAAGCUGGUUUUAUCUCAUCUUGUGCCAUUACAGAGAGAACCAGGACAUGCAUCUCAGACUGAUUCCACCCAAAAGGGUAGAACAGAUCCAAAAUAUAGGCUGGCUCUCUCUGCACAAGAUAUACCGCAACCCCAGAUGAUCAUUUCAAUCUUGUUAGGCAUCAUCAGUGAGGUAUAGCCAAUAUCUCUCAAGGCACCAUGUCUGGAUUACCCUUUAAACUCAAGGAGAGCAAAAAACUAGUCGCAAGACAGUGCUGAGAACGGACAACAGCUCAAUUACCCUGCCCUUCGGUGGGUCCACGCUCAAUCCUCAAGCUGGUUUUAGCUCAUCUUGUGCCAUUACAGAGAGAACCAGACCAUGCAUCUCAGACUGAUUCCACCAAAAAGGCAGAACAGAUCCAAAAUAUAGGCUGGCUCUCGCUGCACAAGAUAUACCGCAACCCCAGACGAUCGUUUCGGCCUUGUUAGGCAUCAUCAGUGAGGUAUAGCCAAUAUCCCUCUAGGCACUAAAUAUAAAGAUAAAGAUACCUUGUUUAGCAAAACCAUGUUUAUGAGAAAAAUUGAGUAUCGGGGGGAAUAUUUAGAGAAUAUAUGUAGGAUACUACAAUUUUCUUUCAAAAAAAUACUAAAAGAUUGGAAAAUUGCAGACCCACACCCCAAUCAAAGGUUUGGGAUAAAUAUUUUCAGAUAGGAGAGAGAUGUAUCCACUGUUAAUUUAAAUAAAUAGGGUAAUUUAUCGGUAUAAUAAUCCCAUAUCAGAAGGUAAUGAUCGAAGGGUGAAGGGGCCGAAUGACCAAAAACAUUGAAAAUUUCCUCUGUGCAAUUGUCUUUUAUAUAUUUAAUUAUGUUUCCACAUUGAGUGUGUGAGCCUGUCUCCAAGUCCAUCAAGCCAAUUCUAUUGCUAAGCUGUUCAUUUAAGAAAGCAACUAGCAGCCUAGCAUCGGUUGCUAUGUUUGUAUCAGGGGAUUUAGCUCAGUAUAUAAAUCUGAGCAUUAAUACUUUGCACAGAGGCUGCAGGGAUUCGCAGGAAAGGAAGUAUGAAGUACGAAUGAUUUAAUAUUUCUCAUAAACGUUAAUGUGUACAGACACUAAACCCUGUAUAGAUAACAAUGAAAAUUGCAAUCUGAAACUUGAAAAUUAAGACUCGAGGUAGGUCAGUUUUACAUAGAAACAUAGAAUGUGACGGCAGAUAAGAACAGUUCUGCCCAUCUAGUCUGCCCAAUUAUCUAAAUACUUUCAUUAGUCCCUGGCCUUAUCUUGUAGCUAGGAUAGCCUUAUGCCAUGCUUGAACUCCUUUACUAGCUGGAAGGCUAUUCCAUGCAUCCACUACCCUCUCAGUAAAGUAAUACUUCCGGAUAUUAUUUUUAAACAUUUGCCCCUCUAAUUUAAGACUAUGUCCUCUUGUUAUUGUAGUUUUUCUUCUUUUAAAUAUCGUCUCCUCCUUUACUGUGUUGAUUCCCUUUAUGUAUUUAAAUGUUUCUAUCAUAUUCCCCUGUAUCGUCUUUCCUCCAAGCUAUGCAUGUUCAGAUCCUUUAACCUUUCCUGGUAAGUUAUAUCCAGCAAUUCAUGAACCAGUUUUGCAGCCAAAAAAAACAAUAAUUUCACUUAUACAGGAGUCUCCUUCUUUGCAGAUAUUCAUUGACAUGUCUGCCUUGUUUAAUGCCAACCCUACAGUCAGUCCACGCCACUGAAAAGACAUAAAUCAAUAGGUAUAUACCAGGAUAUUUAUUGAAAUGUGAAUGCCACAAAUCAGCACCAUGGUGGGAACAGACAUUUUGAUCCAGAAUAUUUUAUACUUAGGCUAAGAAUGUGAUGUUGUCUCUGUCAGGACUAGACUAUUAAAUAGAAAAAAUACACUGAGAGUUGUUCAUCAAGAUUAAGACACCAGCCACCAUAACUGGUGACAUCUCAUCAGUAAAAAUUUGUAUUACGUUUAGAGAUAAUAUAGGAAGUAUCUUGGAUUUCCAAUGGAUGAGAUGAUCCCAUGGACUUUUACAAAUGGACUCAUCAUCUUGGACUUGUGUUUUGUAGGGCAGAAAGGUUACAGAGAUUUUCUUCAGUUUUAUUGUUUCUCAAAAAUUUGAAAAAUAGGGUUAUUUACCUCAUUACAUGUUCAAAAACAGCAAAUAUAUGUAAAGAAAGAUAAUAUUGGCUAAGGAAUCUCUGUAUGGGUGAGCAAUGCGAUUGGGUAAGUUCCUUAUAGUAAUUGUUUUGCGUUGUGUUUUGGUAUGUGUCUCAAUCAAACAUUGUGCAGGGUUUUAAUUCAAGAAAAGACCAUUAACAUCUGACUUAUCCUGAAGAGUGAUUAUAUAUUAAAUAAGUGAAGAAUUUGAUAAGUUUGACCGUUAGAAACUAACUAGAACUCACUAAACAGAAUCCCCAAUCUAUAUUCCUAUGAAAACUGUGCGUCCAGGAUCCUGAAUAUGUUUGCGUAUAGCACAUUACGGAGAGUGAAAAUCAAGGAGCAAAUGCAGUUUGAAGUAAAUGUGUUAUAAUAUAAAGUCUAUAGCUAAAUGUUUCUGCAAAGAAAAUGUGAAAUACAUUAAUUAUGAUAUGCUAAAAAAAAGAAAAUCCAAAAGUUUUUUUUUAAGAAAAAUGUAAAAUACAUUUAUACAAACAUAGUGCAAUCGUUUGCAGAUAUAUAUUCUAAACGUAAUAAAUCAUAGCUAACUUAAAAAAUAUCAGUGCAUGUACUGUAUUUGUUCAGAGUAUAUGCUGCACUGGAUAUGUUCAGUGCUCUAUUGGCAGUUCUACCAGUUCUUUUGCAUGUAAUAGUGCUUUUAUGCAUAUAUCUAUAACAUAUACAUGCUUGCUGCACAAUCAGCUGAUUUUUGCAUAAUCAGAAAUCCCUGCAUAUACCUACUAAUACCUGUCUAUUAGAUGCCCUAUAAUACUAUAACACUAAAAUAUAUAGCUAUGGUGGAAUUACUGAUACGAUAUCCAAGUAACCUUGUUUUUUCAGAAAAUCACUAGUGCUUAUUCUUAUAAUAUAUUCACAUCAAGAGAGGCAUUUGUGGACCAUUAAUACAAACUGAUGUGAUUUACAUAUUUAGUAUUUCAAAUAGGACAUUUGUUCAGAUUCACAGACUGCAGAUAACAUCUAUGGAGUGUAAUAUCUUACUAACAUACUAUUCUGAUCCGAAGUAAUAAGAUAUCACCACUAAUUUCACAUUCAAAUGUAGUCUCCAAUUUUGAAAUCUAUUAACUUAUCUCACCAGCCAAUAGCACCCUUUUAGUCUGGUCCAUAUGUAAAUUGUAAAUUGCAAAUUUUAAUUUUUCUUCUUCGAUAUAUUAUUUUGACACAGGUUAAAUUGUUAAUUCAUGUUAUGUCCCAUUCUUCCAUAUCUUCUAAAUUGUCUUUUACUCUUUGAUAUGCAAGGCUGGACUGUCCAAUGUCAGGAUACUUUUGGCAAUUUAACAACAUGAUCUGUAUUCAACUUUAGAAGUGUCUAUAUAUAAGGAUGUAUUUGCAUGUUUGCAGCAGGGGAAGUUACAUUAGAUCAGCAGCUUGGGGAUCACUAACCAAAUAAAUGGGCAUCAUACUUGACCUAGGUUAGGUAUACUUAUCCUAGGUUAGUUUUCAGACGAUCCUUCAACUUCCUCUUUCAACUCUAGAUUGGUUACAUAUCUUUAUUUAUUCACAUUUAUGAAGACAACUGUGACCUAUCUACAAAAAGCUACAGAAAACAAAAGUGCAUAUUUUACUGAUGAGACUCAUAUCUGACAUGUGUGAUUUGCAUUUCUCUUUGUAUGUAUGACCUACAGUCUGCUCUAACUAUAAAAAUGUUACCCAAUAUUAGAUUCAUCCUGUUUGUGAAAAUCCCAAGCUGAACAGUACAGUACAGUCAUAUUAUUCUUUGAAAGUACAAGGAAUGGUGCAGUGCCUAAAGUGUCCUUAAAAAUCUAUAUAUAAAAGCAGGAAAAAAGGAAAAUAUAUAGUGUAGUAUGUCACUGUCCAAAUAAAUAGAAUAAAACAAAAGAAACACACUCACAAUUUCCUGGAGCUAAAAUUUUAGCUCCAUCUUGAAUGCCUGGGUGGAACAAUCCCCGCCUAUGGAUAUAGUGUGGUUCUUGGUGGUUGUGGUCACUCAAAUGGUGGAAACAUAAGAAGCUCUGCGGAUAUGGGCUUAGGAUAUUAUAGUGUAGUUCCCAAUUUUAAGUAUAGAUGGCGAUUUUUCCCUUCAGAAACAGAAAUAGGAGAAAAAGUAAAAAGUAAAAAAAAAAAUUGUGUUUACCGUAAGGCACAGAAUACAAUUAAAGUGGUAAGAAAUUUACUCACAUUUGAUGGAGCAGAUGUGGACUUCUCUAUCCCUCGUGCUUGGGUUGUAGAAUCCCCACCACUGAUACGGUAAUUCAAGCAGAAUGGCAGCAAAAAUUGGUCCAAUAAAAAAGUACUUUUAUUGAAAGGUAAUUAAUAUAAAUAUAUAAAACAAGAAAAAAUACACUCUAAGUGAUGUAGAUAAUAAUAAUAAUAAAUACACUUAAUGCAUUUCACCUGGCAAGAGGCUUUCUCAAAAGUGUUUUGCCAGGUUAAACGCAUUAAGUGUAUUUAUUAUUAUUAUCUACUUCACUUUGAGUGCAUUGUUUCUUGUUUUAUAUUUUUAUACAGGGGAUUGUUCCGCCCAGGCGUUCAAGUUGGAGCUACAAUUAUAGCUCCAGGAAAUUGUGUGUGUUUCUUUUGUUUUAUUCUAUUUAUUUGGACAGUGACAUACUACACUAUAUAUUUUCCUUUUUUUUAUCCCUGCUUUUAUGUAUAUUUUUAAGGACACUUUAGGCACUGCAUCACUCCUUGUACUUUCAUCUGUUUGUGGACGGGAUGAGACACCUCGGCUCUGGUGAUUUAGCUGCCGUUUGGACUGUUCCAGCUAUUUCUUAACGCUGAAUACCCUUUAGCAUUCUUUGCUUUGCUCAUCUACAUCUUAACCUUGUUUAAAAUGAUACCUGACACAUUAUAGCUGUGUUUACUUUCUGUUUGUUUCAGAGUGAAAAUUAUUGUUUAUAGGUCAAUAUGGCACAUAGUCCUGUCCUACCUCUUGCCAACCUCCCACUAUGAUCAUCUCGGAUGCAGACUGCAUGGAUCUGAUUUGACCGGAUACUUGGAGGAUGGAGACAUAUUAUUCGGUGCAGUGCUCCCCAUUCAUUUAGAUAAAUAUUUGGAUAAGACUAAAAUCACAUUUACAGAGCUCCCUCGACAAGGACCUUGUAAAGUGUAAGUUUUUUCAGUCCCACCUUUUAUUAUUCUUGUAGAUUUAAUAUCCACCUCUAACACAUAAUCAUUAUUUGUCAUGCUGUAACACCUAGACAUCAACUGUAGUAGAUUUGGUGCACCUAGACAUCAACUGUAGUAGAUUUGGUGCUGACAGUGUUCCUUUUGGAUUUGGUUGUAACAGCAUAACUUUAAUGAUUGAGCAAUCUGUAAAAAUGCUGGAGCUGUAUUGAGCUCCAGGAAAGUGUGAGUGCACAUCUUUUAUUUUACCUAUCAUCACUACAGUUUUAAAUACUACAAUAUUAUUCCUUCUCUGAUUCCCUCCACAUGCAUUUUGAUUCCUUUCUUUCAACAUUUCCAUUUAACUUUUUUCAUAUAUAUCUUCUCUUUAUGUAACAUUCAUUGAAGUCAUCCAUAAUUUUGCCACCUUAUGAUUUUCAAUGUCAUACCCUUUUGUGCUAUUUUUUUGUACACUCAAAAUUUUCAUAAUGGGGACUUAAAGUUUAUUUUGAUUAAUUUCUAACUUAGUUUUAGGUAUAAAAGGAUUCUGCAGUUCCAUAUCAUAAUAUAUACUGUAGACUUGAUUAACAGAAACCCAUCUUUGCUCCCAAACAAAACAUUGGGCUUCCAAGUCUAUGACUCAUGUGUGGGAGCACAAGAAGAACUUGAUGGGAGCCUCAAGAUGAUAACAGGCCAAAGGCAAUCAAUCCCCAAUUUCAAUUGCAAGAAAAUUUCUCCUGUUUCUGCAGUCAUUGGACAUUCAACGUCUACCUUCUCUAUACUCAAUGCUCAUGUAUUGGGAUUAUACAGAUACCCUCAGGUGAGAAGCAUAAUGAUAUCAGUUUGUGGUACUGAACUACAUUGAUCUGUUUUGUUUAUAUUACAAAGACGAAAAUGAGAAGAAUUAGGAGCAAUGCUGUGAUGUUAAUGCUGUAUAGUCCAUAUUUAUAUCGGUAUACAAUCAUUGUACCACAUUCCACAGUCACAAAAUAUUUACAUAUUACAUAUAAUCUUAAAUAUCCCAUUAAAAAGAUAUAAAAAGUAUUUAUAAUCUCAGUAAAUGGUACACUUUGCACUUAUUAUGUUGUUUGUCACCUUAGAUUAGUCACUAUUCAACCAGCUCUAUCUUGAGUGACAAAACACAGUUCCCCUCAUUCUUCAGAACUGUCCCAAGUGAUUUGUUCCAAUCCAAGGGGCUGGCACAGCUAGUGUUACACUUUGGCUGGACUUGGAUUGGGCUAUUGGCUUUAGAUGAUGACUAUGGACAUCAGGGCAUUCAUGUCAUUAUGCAGGAGAUUCUCAGGCAUGGAGCUUGUGUGGCAUUUUCAGAAUAUAUAACUGCUAACAAUAUGGAACACAUUUACCAUGUGACAAAAAAAAUUAAAGAAUCCACUGCCAAGGUUGUAAUUUCUUUUACCCAAGAUACUGAUAAAGCUUUACUACUGGAUGAGAUGCUGAGGCAAAAUGUAACGGGUAAAGUUUUUGUGGCCAGUGAAGCUUGGUCAAUCUCAAACUUGCUAGUAGUAGAUAAAUAUUCUUCACUACUUUUUGGCUCUAUUGGCCUCUCACUUCAUAGCACAACAAUUCCUGGAUUUGGAGAGUUCUUGAACACUAUUCGUCACAACAACACCAGGAAAGAUCCAUGGGCUAAAAUAUUUUGGGAAAUGGCUUUUGAUUGUAAAUUUUUAGACCUGACAAACCACCAGACAAACCUUACAGAUUCAUGGGAUAAUUCCACAUUUUGUACUGGAAAUGAGAGUAUGGAGAGUAUUUUGGACAUCUACUAUGAUUUAUCAAGCUCAAGUACUGCCUAUAACCUUUACAAUGCAAUCAUUGUCAUUGCCAAAUCUUUACAUGAUUUGCAAACCUGUCAAAAGGGUAAAGGACCAUUUACAAAUGGAACUUGUGCUGAUCUCCAGAACUUUAAGCCAUGGCAGGUAAGGAUCUUUGUUGGAUGCUUAUUGUCGGUGACCAAUAAUGUUUUUAAGUUCGAAGUCUGUGAAAGUCCCAAACCUGGUAUGCUUGAUUAUUGGUUACAUGAUGAUGAGUGGAAAGUCCCUACCAGAUAUAAAAUGACAAUAAUCAGGCAUCCCAACAUGGUCUAUCCAAACAUUUCUCAGAGUGGUUCCUUCAUGUUUAAUCCACCACUUUACUUUACUUUACCACUUUUUGUCCAACCCCUUAUUUCUUCCAAAGGAAAUGAAGUCAGCUUCAUAUCUCCUAAGACAGUCAAAGGACAGUAAAUGUAAAAAUGGGAUAGCCCUUGGGAAAGGGAAAAGCAAAGGGACAAACACAUGAGAAACAGCUCAAGGGAUGGGAUGGCUAACAUUAGAUUAACAUAGAGGGAUGUAUUAAAGGCAGUGAGUUUGUGGGGUAAAUAUAUGAUCAAGAGGGCUUAAGUGGGUGGCUGUUUUGAGAAUGAAACAAGAAGAAGCUAACAAGAUUAAAUGGUGUGUAACUGGGCAACAAUGGCUCAAACACUAGGGGAAUAGAUGAAAUACACAGAGGGCUGAAGGAAAUUAGGUAUAUAUACUCAAGAUUAGGUUAUGAAAUCCUGGGAGAGGCCUGGAAGAUAAAUAAAAAAUUCAACUACCGCUCAGAUCCCCACACAAUCAGCCGAACGCCGCACGAAAUAUACUUUAACAUACAUUCAUCAUAAAAGUCACGAAUAACUAAGUGGGGAAAAAGUACCGAAAGACCGGCGGUCCCAAACGGCCUGGAAGUCCAGCGGUGUUCGUGCCGUUGAGUAGCCGAUUUUAGUUCCAGGCACUCGACGACCAAACACCGCUGGGCAAAAAGGAAAUUCAAGAUGGCCACCGUCUCGUGGUCAGUAGCCGAAUGACGGCCACCGGGGAAAUCAAUUAGCAGCCGAUUGAUAUAAUGUUGCAAUUGUUUAAUGGGAGCCACAUGACCCCCUGUGUGUGGGCUUCCAUUCGGUACUUUAUUCGUUUCAUGAACAGUGUGGAAAGUCACUGUUCGUGAAACUACCAUAUGAAUGCCAGCGGCUUUUGGUCGCUAGCAUUCGAAUGCUCUCUAUUACAGUUAUAAGCUAAUACAUAAACUAACAGAAUUGAACCAGCUUUUCUAGGACAACCUUUAGACAUCUAACAGAAUAAUCUGAAGUGGCUAGGUUUGCCACAACACAUAUUGAAUCCAACCAUUUAUUUAGUGAUCUUUGUAUUGAACAAGCAAUGUCGUUUUUUAAACAUUCUGAAUGAUAGAUUAACUUUUCUGGUUAAUAGCUGUCUUACUACAUCCAAAAUUCAAGAGUGAAGCUAGGCAAUGGAAGAGAACUCUUCUUUGAUCAAAAUGGUGACCCACCAGCGAUAUACGAUAUUGUAAACUGGCAAGUGAGUGCAGAUGGCACAAUGAAGCAUGUGACAGUGGGCAGCUACGAUACCACAAAAGCAGAUGGAUAUCCUUUUCUUAUCAAUGCAAGUGCUGUGAUGUGGGCAACUGACCAAGGGCAGGUAAGUUCAUAAAUCAUUAAUAUAUUUCAUAACAUUGUAUAAUAUUGACAAAUGAUCUAAAAAUGCUUAGCAAUAUUAAAACCAGAGAUAUAGAACAUGAUUUGAAGACAGCUAGGAUUAUUCACCAAAUUAGUAAAUAGCCAAAGUGCAUUCAAAGUGAAUUUCAAAUAAUAAGACAAACUGCGUGAAUUCAGCUAUGUUCUGAUUUUGCUAGUCUUGCCUAAAAUUGUUCAAUUAAGUUUGAAUUCAAAUUUAAUUUCUGAUAUUUCACACUUGAAAGAAGUGAAAAACCUUUUGAGACUCCUACCCUAUGAGAUUAAACUGCAAAAAAGGCGAGAUUGCAUCUACACAAGUAGAAUGAUAAUACCAGACUUUGUUUACAUAAUAUUACUUUAUUGAGGCUGCAAAAGUAAUUAUUUAAAGUUAUUUAUAGCUUGAUAAAAUAUCAAAACAUACAUAAUACAUAUUUCAAUAUAUUAAAAAAAUAUUGAAAUAUCACACAAUUAAAAUAUUUUCAUAAUAUUAAAUAAUUGUAAAAGUUAUCAUUUGCAAAUGUAUCCAACAAUAUUCAAUCAAGGGCAUAUUUGGAAAAAAAUGAUGUAUUUUAGAUGUUAAUUUCUCAUGCUCUGGUUUGUAAUUUCCCAGGUAUUAGCCCAGGAUCAUUUGAUCAUUCAGCAUUAGGAAUCAGCGACAUAACAUUAUUCAUAUUAUCCUUCAGGUUCCUGUCUCUGUCUGUACUCAGAGCUGCCCAUCGGGUUUUAGGAAGGUGCUGAGGAAAGACUUGCCUGUCUGUUGCUUUCAAUGUGUUCUUUGUCCCCAGGGUGACAUAUCCAACAAGACAGGUAAGUGUAUUUAAGAAACCAUUAUCAACAAAAAUGUUGGAAUUUUUAGUUUCUAGUAUUAAGAUCUACUGAUCUUCUAAAUAUAAUAUAAAAAAAUUAUAAAAUCAGUCAGACUCAUAAUAUAUAUCAAUAAAGAAUUCAAAUAUUAUAAUGUAAAACAAACAUAACAAAAGUAAAAAUAAAACAACAUGAAUAAAGAUAAAAUAUUGUUUGUACUUGUUAAGAAUUAAACAUGAGACACAGUUCAGUUUUUUCAUUUUAAAGUUUUCUUUCAGACUCUCUUGACUGCUACAAGUGUCCAUGGGAUGAGUGGCCCAAUGCCCAGAAAGACAGAUGUCUCCCAAAGAACAGAGAGUUUCUUUCAUUUGAAGAGCCUUUGGGUGCCACUUUAGCUGCUACAAGUGCUUUCUUAUCCUUGAUGCCAGUUUUCAUCUUUGUACUUUUCAUAUGUUAUAAGAACACCCCAAUUGUCAAAGCAAACAACUUCUCUCUAAGUUGCCUUCUCCUAAUGUCGAUGUCCCUCUGUUUCCUCAGCUCCUUAGCUUUUAUAGGCUACCCUCUGCCUGAGAAAUGUCUUUUACGACAAGUUGCCUUUGGCACAGUUUUUACACUUUGUGUGUCUUGUAUUUUAGCAAAAACCUUCAUGGUGUUUUUUGCCUUUAUGGCCACAAAACCUGGUAGCAGUUUAAAGAAAUUGGUCAGACCUCGGGUUUCUUACAUGAUUAUUGCCUUAUCCACCUCUUUACAAUUAGUGUUGUGCAUAACGUGGGUCUUAUUUGCUCCUCCAUUUCCAACAGACAAUAUCCUAGCCCAACCAGGAAUUAUCAUUGUUGAAUGUAAUGAGGGUUCACCUACAGCAUUCUGGUGCAUGUUAGGAUAUCUUGGACUUCUGGCCACCAUUAGUUUCACUGUUGCCUUCUUGGCUAGAAGACUUCCUGACAGUUUCAAUGAAGCCAAGUUCAUCACCUUUAGCAUGCUGGCAUUUAUAAGUGUCUGGGUGUCCUAUAUCCCAGCAUCCCUCAGUUCUAAAGGAAAGUACACAGUAGCCAUGGAAGUCUUUGCCAUCCUAUCUUCAAGCUGGGCCCUGGUUAUAUGUAUGUUUGUCCCAAAAUGUUUUAUUAUAUUGUUGAGACCUGACAUGAACUCAAAGGAACAUCUCAUGGGAAAAUUUAAAAGUUACAAUUAAAACCACAAAAUAAAAACAAAAUAAAGUAAAACGUUUUCUCUGAGAAUAUUGCUUAUAGUUUGUUCAUAUAGAUUAGAAACAUAAAAUAUUUUUGUAAAUAUGUGUCAGUUUUAAGUAAGUUUAAUAAUUUUUAUCAAAAUACAUAAAAUAUCACAACAUAUCAAACCAUACAUAUAAAACUUAAUCAAUCUGAUACCUAUUCUUAAAUAACAACGCACAAACACAACUAAACCACCCUAAAGGGGAAAAAAAGUACAUUUAAAUAGAUAGUUAAAUAAAUAAAUAAAACAAACAAAACAUUUAUUUAAAACACAUGCCAUGGAUAUUGAUCUAAGAGAACAUAGUGGUCACUGAGGAUUUGGCAUAAAUAAGUUGGUAAGUGUAAAUAUAUCUGGGUGUUUCUAAAGUCUUGCUUCCCAGAUCGUAAUACAUGCUUCCAUUUUAUUAUUUAGGGCAGCCAUCAUUUUUUCCAUUGUACAUGCAAAGUAUACUUUUAAAUUAUAUGGUCCAUUGCUGGAACUAGUCCCUUUCAAGCCUUUGCUAUACAGAGCCUAGCAGCAAUAACUAUUCUAUUUACCUACAUGAGAGAUGAUUUUUGAAGUCACCUUGAAAGGUGAUAUUAUUAAUAAGACCUGGGCUAUUAACAAAAGUAAUGAUCAUAUGACUUUAACAACCAUGGGUGGCAUAGACAGCCAUGUACAGUGUAUUCUAUUCAAUACCUGCUAGUCCAAAGUUGCCCCAGGCAUCAUUGGAUAUCUUACGGUUCUCUCUGUCUGCUGGGGCCAUAACUAGUGGCCACAGACUGACAGAUAAACUAUGUGCGGAGCUGAAAGUGAGGGCUUCACAUGGCCUUUUAAAUCUCUUAGCCACAAUGAUUUUGAGUCUGCCCCCAGUAUGCGGGAGACUCCCAGUGUCUGAAAAGAGAUCUUCCUGAUGGAACUUCUACAUUUUGCCAGCUGCCCAGCGCAGAUCAGGAACUGCAUCAUGAUGUCUGUACAGUGUGAACAGGAAAGCCCUCUGCUGAUGUCACUAACUGAAUCCUGAAGAGGAUUACAUUGUGAGAUUAAGCGAUGAGACUAGGAGUUUAAUUAGUAGCAGAAUUAUGAAUAGUAUAAUGUGUAGAAUUUUGUGUUGGAGUAUGGGUAGGAUUAGGAGUUGGAUUAUGAUAAGGAUUAUGUAGCGGAGCACUGUUUAGUGAAGAUAGCCUAUUCCCCCAGUAACUGGACAACAUGCAGUUCUGGGAGACAACUGAGGUUUAUUGAGCCACACUCGGCUUCCUAUACACAGACUCCCGGCAUGGGGUCUCCAUACAACAGAAUAUAAACCCCUCCCAGGUGUCCUUGUGUCUGGGAGAUAAUCGAGUCAAAGAAUGGUAACACAAUUAUAUUUUAGUUACAGGAAACCAGAUAAAAAAAAUACAUAAAACACCCCCAAACUACAUUCAAACUAUACAGGAACCCCACAUGUGUUAUAUCCCCAAACAGCCCUCUUUUUGCGGAUGAUAGCAAAAAGAGGGAAGAUGAUCAGGACAGAAGGAGUUGAAGUUCCAGAAGGCCAAAUAUAAGGAUGUAGAGGACAGCAAAAAGGCUUCUGACACAGACCAGCACCUAGUAGCCAGAUGGAAGAUGUUAGCAGGAACAGAAUACACAGAGAGACACAACCAAGUUGCUGGGAUUGUGUACCAGAACAUCUGCACAGAAUAUGGAUUGGACCAGGUGGUAGAGACCACAAAGGGUAGUCAAGAAUAUAUAUAAUACACAAGAUACAGCACACUCACCUAUCCACUAAACAGUAACUUCAAUGUUGAAAGAUUUUAUUUGUUUUUUUUAAGAAAACCUAAUCUAGGCAAAAAUAAUGGGGGUUUAGUUACAUUAUAUGAUCAUACAUUGCAGAAACCUGCCACAACGUCAAUGUACCCCAUCUUUGGCAGGUCCUACUCUAACAGCCUAAUGUCUGCUCUUAUGAGAUUAACCCACUUACUUGGGGAAAAAAUUCCAUCUGGGGCUCUCUGCAGUACAAGGCUAAAUAGGGCCCUGGGAUAGCGAAAUAUAGGCACAAAACAAAAUUGGCCAAGGCCCAAUAUUUCUGUGAAAAUCUGAACAAUAACAUAUCAAACCCUAGAAACUUUUGGAGAGUCAUAAAUACAUUACAAACUCCCCAAUCCACUCCCAACCCUCCACUGUCAAAGUGGAUAACCAAAUCCUGCAACUUCCCUUAGAUGUAGCAAAUGCCUUUAACAAUUAUUAACUACCCUGAUACCCAUACACGACCCAGUUUCAAUGCCCUCACUGAGGGAAGGAGGUUCUCACCCAAGAUAUGAUGGUACAUGGCCCCCGUCCAUUUGAUGCGGUGCAGUUGUCCUGUCCCCUUGUCCUGUCCCCUUAGCAGAAUAACACUUCCAAAGUAUAAUGUUUCCACCUUGAUGUUUGAUGGUGGGGAUAGUGUUAUUGGGGUCAUAGGCAGCAUUCCUCCUCCAAAUAUGGCGAGUUGAUGCCAAUGAGCUCAAUUUUGAGCACGGGGACCUUGUGGGCGCUGCAGGAUUUCAGUCUUUCACGGCGUAGUGUGAUACCAAUUGUUUUCUUGGUGACUAUGCUGCCUUGAGAUCAUUAACAAGAUCCUGGGACUUGCCUGACAACCCAGGCAGAAAUUACAGAUUGUUUAUUUUGCAAGCCACAUAUUUGACCCUGUAACCUUCCCAAAUACCAAAAAAAACCUGUACAUGGGGGUGCUGUUGUACUUGGGAGAUUUAACAUAAUAUGAUAUGAGUAUUUUAAAAUAGUAAAAUGUAGCAUGAUGAUUAUAUGAUCAGUAAAAAUGCAAAAACAAAUAUGAUCACUAACUUUGGCCAGGGUUUGUGAGUGGCUACUAAAAAAGACUGGAUAUACCUUAUUUUGAAUAAAUUGGCUUGUCUACUUUUACAAAUGGUAUGCCAUUAUAGGGUACAUUUUUAUUCCUGGACUUCCAUACAGUCUCAAAGCAAAGCAGUCUACAGCAAAUUAAUCUGGCAAAUGUCAAUGUGUAAAAACUGAAAAGAGUAAAGGGUUAUGUUUGACACUGUAACUUUACUGAACCCCAUAAAGCCUGUACAUGUGAUUAUGUGUGUUUUAUUGCUUUUAAUUAAAAUUACCCCCAUUUAAACAUGACCAUUUGCUAGAGUAAACAACCCAGGGUAUUCAAAAUGGGGUAUUUCCAGUCUUUUUUAGCAGCCACUUAAUCAUUAGAAGUCACUUUCCGAAUCAAUGUUUUUUUGGGGUUUUUUAUUAAAGUUACAGAGUCAAAUAUAAGGCUUGUGUUUCAGUUUUUUCACAUUGAAACUCGCCAGAUUGGUUACGUUGCCUUUGAGACCGUAUGGUAGCUCUGGAAUGAACAUUACCCCCAUUGCAAACGGGGUAUGUCCAGUCUUUUUUAGUAGCCACUUAGUCACAAACACUGGCCAAAAUUGGUGUUUAAAAUAGCUUUUUGCAUUUUUCACACACAAACAAAUAUUAAUGCUAACUUUGACCAGUGUUUGACUACGUGGCUAUUAACAAAGACUGGAUUUUGUGUAUUAUAUAUACAUACACACACACAUAUACAUAAACACACAUGUAUAAACAAAAUUAUAUAAGAAGAAAAACUGAACCAGGUUUUUUCUUGCCCCCACAUGCAAUAGUUCUAAUUUAAAUUAAAAAACUCAAAUGCGUAGUGAGACAUGAAAACAAAUAAAUACAUGGAAAUAUAGAAACAGAAUGUGACGCGGCAGAUAAGAACCAUUCGGUCCAUCUAGUCUGCCCAAAUUUCUAAAUACUUUCAUUAGUCCCUGGCCUUAUCUUAUAUCUAGGAUAGUCUCGUGCCUAUUCCACGCAUGCUUAAACUCCCUCACUGUGAUAACAUCUAUCACUUCAGCUGGAAGGCUAUUCCAUGCGUCCACUACCACUAGUAAUAAUUCCUGAUAUUAUUUUUAAACCAUUUCUAAUUUAAGACUGUGUCCUCUUAUUGUAAAUUUACUUAAAUAUAGUCUCCUCUUUCAUUGUGUUUAUUCUCUUCCCUUUAUGUAUUUAAAUGUUUCUAUCAUAUUCCCCUGUCUCGUCUUUCCUCCAAGCUAUACAUGUUAAGAUCCUUUAAUCUUUACUGGUAAGUUUUAUCCUGCAAUCCAUGAACCAGUUUAGUAGCCCUUCAAUACACUGUAAAAUACACUGUCAUCAUUUAAAUGGAGCGUUAAGGAUGGAGAAAAUAUACUUUGGAAGAACUGGAUAGGAGAGCUCCCCAAGCCAUAGAGGUAAGUAGACUCCAGACUGUCGAGAACUUCUAUUCCAAAAAAGAGGAAAUUGUUUUAUAAGCUUAUUCAAAAAUAUAUAAAUUGAGGCCAUCAUAGGAAACCAGUAGUGCCAGAUCAGCACCCCAUAGCAAAAGGAGGAACCCCCAGGCACAGGUAACAAACGCCAGACCACAUAAGUAAGGAUUCAAAUAUGCUGACAUGGAUUCUCCUUACUAUCCCCAAUGUAAGGAUACCAUUGUAAUUUAUUUUCUAGAAAGAGCCUGCUUCUAUCAAAAACCAGAGAUGAGCAUAUCUUUUUGCAGCCGCUCUGCUUCUCAAGAGAUUAAAAUUACUCUGGAAGUCUGCCAACAAAUAUCACCUUACAAUAGGAAAAUGGUCCAGCAUUUGUUGAUACUGUGUCUGUGAUACAAUGUUAUACACAUCACAACUGGACUUGUGCAAUGCAAAAGGUAAGAAAAAGAACUGUUUUGUCGAUGUGGCGGUUUGGUUUGCAGGAAUUUUAUCAAUGCAAUUCUUUUGCGUAUAAUGAUUGAGAAGAACCAAAAUGGAGCAAAAGAAUUCACCUAUUUGUGCACUGCAAUGUAAAAUGGGCUCAAAUAUUGCCGGGGCUAAUGGCUACACACCCACCCAGUCACAGCAAUGGUUGAUCUGCCUAAAUAGUUGAAGUCAAAGUGUUCUGGAAGAACUCUGCUUGCAAAAAUAUAGAUUUGUAUAUAGAUAAUGCUCCUCUUGUUUCUCCCUCUAUAGCACACUUAGUGGUUGUCCCCUAACCAUCGUUCAUCUUUUUUCCCCAUCAAUCAUCUUUUUUCACUUCAGGAGAUACAGCCAAUGUCAUUGGGCAGAUCUCUUGCCCAUCAUGGCAAACUAAUCUGCAUGUUUGCACCCCAAAAAACAGCUCCUUUUCCAUUUCCUACCUCUAUUUUUAACACCAAAGACAGAAUUCUGGCUCAUCCAUUUCCUGUUUUGUGAUACAUUCAUAUGUUGUUAUGGAGUAGCAAAAUUUGGAACAGUCACUGAUUGUCCAAAAUGUGGGCAAAUCAUGAUUUGUUUCAAAUCAAAACAAAUCUAAUCAAUACUGUAUUAGUAUUUUGAAAAUACUGUAAAAAAUAUAUGUAGAUAUAUACAUGAGACACUCACUUAACUCACAUAAUCAUGGUAACAUGGUGGAAUAGAUAGCUCCUAAGUACUUGCUUAUUCUAAUGAAAAGUUUAUGCAGCCAGAACAUUUGGUCCUGUCUGCAACUUCACUUUGCUAAUUAUCCUAUUUUCUUUCAUUUUAUUCUGUGUGUCCUGGGAAGUCUCUAAGAUCCUCACAUACAUCGUUGUGGAAAGACAGUGAUUAUAUAAUUAAAAUGUUUGUGUCUCACAGGAGUUUCACUAUUGUAUAAAAACUGGAAGAAAUUUCAUUCCACGCAGAGAGGAGACAGAGAUCUGGAGAGCAGGAAACAUGAAGUAAGUGGAAUGAUGUGACAAGCAAUAUCAACAUCUGUAUGUCUGUCUGGCUCGAUCACACUUUCUUAGAGCAGAGACUUUAUGCUACAGACAUCUCACACUUAUACGAUACACAGGAUCUAAAACAGGGCUAUUAAACCACAGAUAUAGAGGGCUAGAAAGGCAACUCAUUAAUUGGUUUAAUACUUAAUUCCUCACUAGCAAACAAAUGUAAUAAUUUCUUUAAAGACUAGGUCAUGUAAAAUUGUUUAUUUCAUAACAUUUGUCAUUAAUGGGUAAAUUAUUUUAAAAUUACAUAAAUUCUUAAUCUCUGAUUAUUUAGAUAAUAAUUUGACACCCAAGAUGUUUAUCUGCUGAUGAAGGAGUUUGAAUGUUGAACUGAAAUGUUUUAUUCUGAUUUACUUGGACCAGGAAGAGAUAGGUGUAGGUGGAAGAUUAGGACAAUGAAGCUGUCAGAGCUUAGUAGAAAUAGCUGUUUUUGUUGAGCUGCUAAGCCAGACAUGGGGUAAUGACACAGCUGGCAUUAUUAUAACAGGUAAUGCCCAAUGUGUGAUUAUUUUAUAGAUUUUCCUUCAAUUAUAUCCCUCUGUCCAUGUUUCAUGAGCAUUUCACCCUGUCUUAACUCACACUGUAAACCCUGUCCUACACCUAUACAGGUGAUACUAAAAAAAUUAGAAUAUUGUGCAAAAGUUAAUUUAUUUCAGUAAUGGAACAUAAAAGGGGAAACUAAUAUAUGAGAUAGACGCACUACAUGCAAAGCAAGAUAGUUCAAGCCGUGAUUUGUCAUAAGUGCUAUAAUUAUGGCUUACAGCUCAUGUCAGGUCAGCAGUCUUCCCCAUGAUUGUGAUUCCUACUGAACCAGACUGAGAGACCAUUUAAAGGCUCAGAAACCCUUUGCAGGUGUUAUGGCUUACUUAGCUGAUUAGAGUGGGGCACUGUGAGCCUAGAAUAUUGCACCUUUUCACAAUAUUCUAAUUUACUGAGAUUGUGGAUUUGGGGUUUUCAUGAGCUGUAAGCCAUAAUCAUCACACUUAUGACAAAUCACAGUUUGAACUAUCUUGCUUUGCAUGUAAUGCGUCUAUCUCAUAUAUUAGUUUCCCAUUUUACGUUGCAUUACUGAAAUAAAUUAACUUUUGCACGAUAUUCAAAUUUUUCAAGUAUCACCUGUUCAUACACUGCUUUCAGAAUGAGACAUCACAUUGAGAAACAGAGAGUAAUCUCUGUUUCUCAAAGAGAAGAAUGAGAAACAAAAAGAUCUGAUGGGCAGACACAAAGCAGGAUGGAGGGAUCAUUCCUGGAGAGAGAAUAGGUACAGUUACUUGCUGCAUACAGAACAAUCAUUGUCCAAAGGCUAAGACUUUAGACAUCAUUAAAUUAACCCAUUCAGUACCAAGCUUUCUUUAUUAAACAUAAUAAAAUAGCAUGAUUUCUAUGCAAGGUAUAAUAAUUCAAAAGAAUGAAAAGCAGGUUUUAUUUUUAAAGAAGUAAAGUAAAGAAGUAAUUCAGUAAAAACAGAGACUACAAAUUUCUGUAAGACAUUGAUAAUAUAUUAAAUCAAAUAAAAAUCUAAUUUAAAAAACAGCAUUACUAAUUACUAGCUGAAUGUUAAAAACAAACAAAAAAACACAGGCUAUCUCCAUCGAUAUCCUUGGAAUAUUUGAAUUCCCUUUUGGCAUUUCACCUUGUCCUGGUAUUACUAUCAAGUAUAAUAUUGGUUUCAGCCAUAAUAAUAUGCUUGAAAAUGUCUACAAUAUCACUUCUCUCACUUUGCAAGUUUGAUUUUUUUAUAAAACCAUAGACCGUUUUAGUAGUCCUAUUUGAGCAGCGUUUGUACGUUUGUUACAAUCACUGUUCUGUGUGUUCUGCAUGUAUAAAUUAUCUGUUUCAGGCUGAAAUCCAAAAUGUAUAUCACUAUAUGGCGCAUUGUCCUGUACCACCUCUUGCCAGCAUCCCACUGUGAUUUUUCGGGAUGCAGACUGCACGGAUCUGAUCUGGUUGGAGUGUUGGAGGAUGGAGAUAUCGUAAUUGGUGCAAUUCUCCCCUUUCACCUUGAUAAAGAAUACCCAGAAAUUCUAUUCACAGAGAGCCCUUCUCAGGCAGUUUGCAAUAUGUAAGACUAUAGCGUAACAGUUCAUUUUUUAUUUUCUUCUCAAUACAUGCUCUUUGGAACCUCCUCUCAACCCAUCAUCAUUUAACUUCUUCUCACAUUCUUAAUCCUUUUAUUUACGUUUGCUUUCUUGUUUUCCACUGUUGGAAUUUUCUCUAAAUUUCCAUUUAUUUUUAAGUUGUUCAUAUAUCUCUUAUUUAUUUUCUCACAUAGCUUUAGGGAUAUAUUAUAUAUCAUUCUCACAUAAAAUAUUUAUUUUCAGAAUGUAAACAUAAAUGAAUUAAUUUUGUUCUUAGGUUUAGUUUUGAAGUAUAUCAGCAGUUUUAUGCCAUGAAAUUCGCUUUUGAUGAAAUCAACAGGAAUACCACUCUACUUCAUAAUCUAACGCUGGGCUUCCAAGUCUAUGACUCGUGUGCUGGGCUUCAGCAAGAGCUGGAUGGAACCCUGAAGAUGCUAACAGGUCAAAAUCAGGGAGUCCCAAAUUACAUUUGCUCAAAAUUGCCACGUGUGUCCUCUAUUAUCGGACACUCGGUUUCCACCUUCUCUGUACUCAAUGCUCACGUACUGGGGUUAUACAGAUACCCACAGGUAUAAAUAAUAUUGCCAACUGUUGAUAGUUAUACAAUAUAGCUUGUUUUGUACUUUCAAAAUGCCUACAAUAUUUGUAUUUAUAGAUAUUUUAUUCCUGUGCAUUUUUAGCAUACAUUUGUAGAUGAUACAAAUUCAAAAUAACACAUUUUGUUUACUUUUUUUUUAUUGAAAAAAAUCAGUAUAGAAAUUUUAAUUUACAUUUUUCGGAAGACAAAAUGAUUUUAAUUUUAGAAGCAUGUGUAUUUUUUAAACAUUUAUAAAAUAAUUAUUACUGUGCUGUUAUUCAAGUACACUAUGGAAAAUUACACCAACAAUUCAUUUUCUAAAAUUUAAUAUGGAGGUUUUGUUUUUGUUUUUGAAUAUUUUGUUUCCUAAACUAUUUCCUAAAAAUUCAAUAUUUGUCAAAAACAAGUUAGGAAAAUUAAAUAUACAUAUUUUAAAUUAAAUAUAUAGAGUACAUAACAUAUAUAUGAAUUUUGCACAGGGAUGUGACAUUGUUUUUCAACUAAGGGGUUAAUUAAAUGUUUAGAGAACAGUUGCAACAAACUUUAUUUUAUUUACUUUAUAAAUGUUUUACAUUUCUAUUUCUAAGACACAACUCACACUGGUAAGUAUAUGCUGACUAAAUUUUGCAUAAAUCAAGAAAGUUACAUAUAAUUAUAUCUAUAUUUGUAUAAUUUAUAUAAACUGGACACAUUGCCUUUUAAGAGUAUCCAAUUUAUUUCCCUAGAUAAGUUACUUAUCGACCAGCUCUAUCUUGAGCGAUAAAACUCAAUUCCCCUCCUUCUUCAGGACUGUCCCAAGUGAUGUCUUUCAAUCCAAAGGUGUAGCACAGAUGGUGUUACACUUUUCCUGGACAUGGGUUGGCUUAGUGGCUGUGGAUGAUGACUAUGGACGUCUGGGCAUUCAGGUUAUUAUGCAGGAACUCCUCAGGGGUGGAGCUUGUGUGGCCUUUGUAGAAUAUAUAAUGACUAAUCGCAUGGAACAAAUUCCUCACAUCACAAAAAUUCUCAAAGAAUCAACAGCUACAGUUGUUAUUCUUUUUACUACUGAUGCAGAGGCUAUGUUACUUUUGGAUGAGAUGCUAAGGCAAAAUGUAACGGGUAAAUUUUUUGUGGCCAGUGAAGCUUGGUCCAUCUCAAAUAUGUUAACAGUGGACAAAUAUUCUUCAUUACUCUCUGGAACUAUUGGUUUCUCAUUCCAUAGCUCAAUAAUCCCAGGAUUUGGAGAGCUCUUGAACAAUAUUCAUCCCAUCAACACCAGAGAUGAUCCAUGGAUUAAAAUCUUCUGGGAAAAAGUCUUUGGUUGUAAAUUUUUACAACAGAUGACCCUUACAGGUUCUUGGUACAAUUCCACAUUGUGUACAGGAAAUGAGAGUAAGGGGAAUAUCCAAAAUACUUUCUAUGAUGUAUCAAACUUAAGAAGUGCCUAUAACCUUUAUACUGCAAUUCAUGUAAUUGCUAAAUCUUUACACAAUAUGCUAACAUGCCAGAAGGAUAAAGGACCAUUUAAUAAUGGAAGCUGUGCUGAUAUCCAUCAUUUCCAACCAUGGCAGGUAUGGAUCACAAAAUGUGUAUACACAAAAUAACAGUGAUGUAUAGAGAUGUUAUACUGCUGACUAUAUCUGUCAACACAAACAUAGCAUAUACAUAAAUGCAUAUAUAUAUAUAUAUAUAUAUACACAUAAAACACAUACAGGAAAGGCUAAAUAUUGUGUUUUUAAGUUGGAUUAAGCUAUUUGACACUAGUGCAAAUAUUGAAUAUUGAUUUACACACUGUUCCAAAUUAUUAUGCAAAUUCUAUUUAAGUGUCACAAAGAUGAAAUAUUUUGUUUUUCAGUUUAACUCAUGGAUGGCAUUGUGUCUCAGGGCUCCUUUGAUCACUGAAAACAAUCUCGGACACCUGUGAUAAUUAGAUUGUUUCUAAAUUGGAUAAAUCAUAAUAAAACCUCUAUAGAGGAAGGAGCAGACUAGGCAACUUCUAUCUGCUGAUAAUAUGCAUGUUUUAAUGUUUUGUAGAAAUGGAAAUGCAUAGGAACCGUUAAAGAAUAAUAGAUGCACUUGUUCUGUUCUCCAGCUGUCAUACUACAUCCAAAAUGCUCGAGUGAAGUUAAGCAAUGGGCGGGAACACUUCUUUGACCUGAACAGUGACCCACCUGCAGUGUAUGAUAUUGUAAACUGGCAGGUGAAUUCAGAUGGCACAACAAGGCAUGUCAUAGUGGGCAGCUAUGAUACGACUAAGUUUGAUGAAAACUCCUUUCAUAUAAACCAAACUGCUGUCCGAUGGGCAUAUGGUGAAGGACAGGUAUACUGUUACAAGAAUAAUUGUUGGCCUUAAUUGUGUGUUCCCAACCAGCUCAUCAUUAUAAUGUAUUCUGCUCCUAUACUAGAUUUUAAUAUAGUACACUGUUUAAAGGCAGUUUUGAUCAUUGAUGAAAUAAAAACAUGGAUUUAACUCUCUUUAGGUUUUGCAAAUAAUAAGAAUUAGAAUUUACAAAUGAACAAGAAAAAUGACCAUUAAUUGACUGACUUCCACUCCACUUUUUAUUUUUGCACAGGGCCUCAAUUAUGGACUCCACCUUUAUAACCUACCACCAGUUACUCUCUUUUUUGUUUUUUUAAUUCAUUAUCUUUUUAUUGUUUUCACACAAAAUAAGGAUAUGUGUACAAUUACAACAGAGAAUAUGAGGUGGUUACAUUCCGUCAUUCCGUUACAUUCCAGUUAAGUACAAAUUACAUACGUGACAAGUGGUACCGUUAAAACACGUUGCAUUAAUUCACAAGUGUUCAUUGCAGUAGUUAAUGAAAGAGAUAAAAAAGAAAACCCCCAUAAGCAGUACAUUCACUGUAUAUACCAGGUGUGUGGGCCUGAGUUGCGAAUUCUAGAUCGGAAUGAACAGAGAGAGAGCUGUGGUUUCCAGGUGUCCUCGGCACGUUUGAUAUCAGCUUAGUGUUUUUAACAUAAGAACAUGAAAAUCUAACUACAAAUAAUAACAAGUAAAACAAAGUGCCAAGUACAUGAAAGAUCUAAAGUUUGUUGACUAGUUACUCUCUUGGUGGUAGGUUAUGUAAAUGAGGGACAUAAUCUUGGCCUUUUUCACUGACAGUUGACUCUCUUGGGGAUCCAUUCCCAUUUGAAAUGGAGAGUACUGAAAUGAUGUUGAAUGUAGGUGUAUUAUUAACAGUUUAAUUGCAUCAAAUCUGUGCCAUAGCAUAUUUGUGAAAAUACGUAGCCAUGUGUAUUGGCGUUUUACUUGUAUUUGUUAUUUGGUGUUUAGAAGAUAUAAAUUUCUAGCAAAAAAUAAUCAUAACUCUCUUAACUAUCUGCCUAACUAAACAGAUUAACUAGAAGAUAUAAAAAAAAAUAUGGAAGGAAAAAGCCUUGGAAGAUGGAUCUAACAAUGAUCUAAAUUGAGGUACCUAAUGUCCCGAUCCAAGCCCCCAUUGGUGACAAGUAAAUGCUCAACUAUUAAUAUAAUGAUCGGAAGCUAAUGUCCACUCUUCAAGCCCAGGGUUCCCACAUAGUGUAAUAUCUUCAAUUUAUUUAAACUUAUAAAAAAAUUAAAAAGGCUUGUACUGGGGAGUGGUGAGCUCAGUCUGAAUGAAACUCACAACAUCCAGUUAUCUUCACUAUUUUACACAAUGAAACACUGGCUGUUUAUUGCACUUUAAUAAUUCAUAAGCACAACACAAUUAUUGGUUAAGGUUGAAAGCUUAGCUGACUUAGAGAAUUUUUUUCCAGUUUGAAUAUUUUAACCUUAAAUUUUAAAUUAAUUUAUUUGAAUUCUCACAUUUGUGAAUAACCGUGUUAGUGUUUGUCCCCUAAUAGUAUACAUGGAUAAUUCUGUGUCACUAUUGGACAAUUGGGGCCUGAAACAUGAUUGGCCAGAACCCAUGGACAUCAUAGCAAACUAUGGAGCACAGUAGGCUAAAGAACUCAGGUCCAUCAUCCAAAUGAAUAAAUAAAAUGAAUGACUGUUAACAGCUGUGAUCUGUUUUUUGUUCACUUCAUUGUUCGUUCGUUUGCAAUUAAGACAAAUAGAUGAAUCUGCAUAAUAAUUGGAUGACUUCUGAUUUGUUCCAUAGCUUGUAUACACAGGUAUAAUUGUGCCAUUGCUGCUAUUAUUCAUCUUUUUUGCCAUAUACUUAGUUUUUUUAACUUUACAAAAUAUAGCUAACUAAAUUAAUUUAUUGUUUUUUUUUGACGGAUGAUUAAAGUGUAAUGGAACACAACAGCUGUUUUAAUUUCACAUUAAUUUCUAGAAAGCUAGACCUCGUUGAGAUAUGAAGUUCCAAAUGCGCCAAAGAUGUAGCUCAGCUGGUCGAUGCACCAACUUUGAAAUCUUUUCAUACACUUCUAUUUAUAGCAGGACUAACUUGAGCUUAAGUUAAAUGGUAUGUUUUACACACUAAGUAUAAAAAGAAAACUCAGUCAGUACUAGGCUUAUUUUUUUUUACUUAUGAUCUUCCCAGUAACAAAACACUGAUACAUGUCAACUACAUGUUACCUGGAAAACUUAGAAUGUUCUGCAUUGCAGUGACAAAAGUAAUCCCUUUUACAUAUUUCUAAUCCAUAACUGCAGGUACCUGUUUCAGUCUGCACUCAGAGCUGCCUUGCGGGUUUUAGGAAGGUGUUAAGGAGGGAUAUGCCUGUUUGUUGUUUUCAAUGUGUUCCAUGUCCUGUGGGAGAGAUUUCUAACAGUAGAGGUAUGUUUACUAAUAUUUUCGAAAAAGCAUGCUUAAUGCACUUAAAUAAAAAAAUAUUUAUUGGUUGACCAUGCUACUGUUAUGUUUACUUUUAGACUCAGGUGACUGCUACAAGUGUCCAUGGGAUCAGUGGCCCAGCACCCAGAAAGACAGAUGUCUCCAAAAGAAAAGAGAGUUUCUCUCCUUUGAAGAGCCUUUGGGUGCUGCUCUAGCUGCCACAAGUGCUUUUUCAUCCUUGCUGCCAAUUUCCAUCUUUGGACUUUUCAUUCAUUAUAAGAACACUCCAAUUGUCAGAGCAAAUAACUUCUCUCUAAGUUGUCUUCUCCUAAUGUUGAUGUCUCUCUGCUUCCUCAGCUCCUUAGCUUUUAUAGGUUACCCUCAGGCUGAGAAAUGUCUUUUACGACAAGUUGCAUUUGGCACAGUCUUUACACUUUGUGUCUCUUGCAUUCUAGCUAAAACCAUCAUGGUGGUUUUUGCCUUUAUGGCCACAAAGCCUGGUAGCAGAUUAAAGAGAUGGGCCAGACCACGAGUUUCCUACAUGAUUAUUACCUCAUCCUCCUCUUUACAAUUCAUUUUGUGUAUCACAUGGAUUUCAUAUGCCCCUCCUUUCCCAAUAGACAACAUACAAACCAAACCAGGAAUUAUCAUUGUUGAAUGUAACGAUAGUUCACACACAGCCUUCUGGUGCAUGUUAGGAUACCUUGGUCUCCUGGCCACCAUCAGUUUCAUUGUUGCAUUUUUGGCUAGGAGACUUCCUGACAGUUUCAAUGAAGCCAAGUUCAUCACCUUCAGCAUGCUGGCCUUCCUUAGUGUCUGGGUGUCUUAUAUCCCAGCUUCUCUUAGUUCCACUGGAAAGUAUACGGUGGCCAUGGAGGUGUUUGCCAUUCAGUCCUCUACCUGGGCCUUGGUUGUUUGCUUGUUUGCCCCUAAGUGUUUUAUUAUAUUGCUUAGACCAGAGCUGAACUCAAGGGAACAUCUCUUGGGGAAAUCCAAAAGCUAA